AUGAGUGAUUCUGCAGAUAAACCAAUUGACAAUGAUGCAGAAGGUGUCUGGAGCCCAGAUAUUGAGCAGAGCUUUCAGGAGGCACUAGCUAUAUAUCCCCCUUGUGGGAGGAGGAAAAUCAUAUUGUCUGAUGAAGGCAAAAUGUAUGGUAAGUCAUAUAGAUCCAGCCAUUUUGAUAACAAUUCAAUAAAUAUUAUGUAAAGUUGUUCAUGUGCACAGAUUAAAGGGCCACCUUCUUAAGAAAUAAGCAAGUGCUAGCCAUCAUUAUUGGGCGAGCUAAUGAAAUUAGUGGCAUUUCGUUGCUGCUUUAUAUCAGGACGUAACAGAAGGGAGAAUGACCGCACUGACCAAUAAUUUUUAAAAGGAGAAGAAACUCCUGUUGUGGUAGUUUGAUCUGUUGUAAAAGCGUGGCAAAAUCUAAGCCCAUUCAGAGCUGUAAAGAAACUAUAAAUAUUACAUAAUGUGUAUUAGAUCAAACUUGUGUGCAUCGUUUUGCUUUUUCUCCUUUUUCCUGAUGGAGCUGAGAAUUCUAUGGAAGUGUCUAUUACAGGAUUUUUAGAACUGAUAAAUUGCUUCUUUAUAUUAAUCAUGAAGGUUUCAUCAAAAGCUUUAAAUACCUUCAGAUAGUUUUGUGUGUUUAAAAGAAACAUGAAAUAUUAAUUCAUAAGGUGGCGUCCUUGUUUGUGUUGAAAAUACGUACAUCACAUUAAAAAAUGUAAUCCAACUUGAACUUGUAUUUGGCAAUGCAUUUGUAAGAGCUCAAGGGUAGAUAAAGCACUUUUAUUGUAUACAGUUUAUUGUAAGUUCACUAACUUCCACCAUCGUUUCAGUUAAGGCACCAUAGAGUCUUUUCUUCCAAGUUGGGCUGCCAUAGAUUAUCAGUUGUGCUGACAGUAUUUCGUACAUAUAUUUGAUGUUUAUCCCAGCUAGGGGAUAAGUUGUUUUUACUUUUUGUUCUUUCCGAGUUGCUCCAGCUAAUCUCUUGACUUUGGAGACUUAAGCUUCUUUUCCCUUUCCUUCAGUCCCUUCCCUUUCAGAAAAUAUUGCUGACUGCAGAGUUUCCCCCCCUUUCUGGCUUCUCGCAUUGUGGAAAGCAGAUGGCAGGUUGUUGCUGUGCUCUUUAUUCUCCCCUAAUCACUGAGUGUUUAGCGAUUUCUGUCUUUUGUGCAGCUGGGCUUUCCAAGCGAUGCGGAAUCCUUACCUGAUGAAUCUUUCUGUGAGCAUUAGAGAGCAACUUAUUCCUCCACAAUUGCAAAUAUGUUUCGCACAAUGGGGUGUUUUGUCUUGAAACGCAGGCUCUUCCCCAGAAAGGAUCAGUAGGAAUCUGCAGAGCAAACUAGCAUGCACUGUAAGUGGAAAGCAGAUGGUAUUGCAGCUGCCACCAGCUGUGUACCCCCUCCCUCUCCCCCCCCCCCAGUACUGGUUGGAUGAUGUAAUGGAAACAAGGGGAAAAAAUUCUUUCUGUGGUGUUGGAGUCUCUCACAGCCUGUCAGUGUCACAGAGAGGGAGAAACAGACCUUAAGGCGUUAGUUUGCAGCUGUCAUGUGACCCUUGAAGCCAAAUGAAACAUAAUGUCUGGAAAAAUAGGCUUCUGAUGAAGCAUCUCAGCUGCUGUUGGCAGAAACUUUCGAGGCCUCCUUCCUCCGGCUGCUGGAUUCCCCCCUCCCCUUCUUUCGAUUUGUAUCAGACACCACAGUUUUCCUUCUUCCCUUGGCUUCCCCUCCCAACACUGGUAUACUUCCGUCAUUUUUGUUAUCUUUUAGUGAUCCAUGGGGUGAUGGUAGUUUCUUAUCACGAAAUGAGGAGAAAUUUGUUUUAUGUUGUGGCUACAUUCCCUGAAGAAGAAUACUGAGAGGUUUUCUACAAAGGAGGCUUCAUAUGAUUAAGAUAUUAUAGCCCGGUACCUGAAAUUCCUUCCCUCCCUCAUAGAACUAACUGUAUUAUAAAUUAAUUUUUGAAACAGGUCUUUUACAUGUGGUGCAUUUGGAUCUGUUCUUAUUAUCAUUAUUCAUUAAAUUUGUAUACUGCUCUUCAUCCAAAGAUCUCAGGUUCACAGCCUAAAAAUACGCGACGAAAACAUAAAAUACAUAAUAGAAACAAGAAUGAAAGCAAAACAAACCAAUACCGCCCCCAGUAGCAUUAUUUUUCUGUAGUUGCCUGACAAGAGAGCAGUUUCCAUUAGAACUUGAACCAGGUAAGAUUUGUCCAAUAGCAAAUCCAAAAUAAUUGUAAAACUUGAGAAAAAGAUCUGGGUAGGGGAGCCAUUGAGGGUACUGUAGAUAUAGCUGUGAAUUCAUUAUUAUAUUUUAUUUAAAAUAUAUAUUUAUUUAAUCUUUAUGCUGCUUUCAAUGUCCUUUCAAGGUGGCUCACAAUUUCAACCAUAACACAGCACAGCAAAUCAGCACUAUCAAUGUAGGCAUGAUGAAAUAACACAUUUUUGUAAAACAGGUUCCUUUAUUAUGUGUACUCCCUGAUUGUGCAUUGUUUUAUUGUUACAGAAAACCAAGCGGCAUUGCUGGUGAGGAAUGCUGAUAACUUGAACGCACUUCACCUAUGAAGUUGGUCUGAAAAUCACAGAAAGCCCUAGGCCCGAUUUAAAAAGAUGUGUCUUCAUAUGCUCCCUAAGAUUCAAUAAGGAGAGAGCUAGUUGUACCUCAGUUCUACAGAAGAGUUCCACAGAAGGGGCACCUUCCCCAUGCUACUGACCCUUGUGCUACACUUAGCAGCUGGAAUGCAAGAAGGUCUCCCCAGCAGUUCUUAAGGCCUUUUAGCAUAUUGGCAUCCACGGAGGUGGUGCUACAGGAUCCUAAUUGAAAGCAAUGCUCACCACUCCUGUAGGCUGUGUUCUGCAUUAUAUCUGCAGUUUUCAGACCAACUUCAGAGGUGGCCCCACACAGAGUGCAUUUUAAGUUAUCGGCGUUCCUUACUGCUGAUGCCACCUGGUUUUCCUGUGACAGUGUACAAUAAGGGAGUACCCACAAGCAAUGAACCUGUUCUUUAAGAGGAAGUGCAACCUCAAAUCCCAGGCAUAAGAAACACCCACCAACAAUGCCUGCAUCUGGUUGGAUUUCAGCUUCAGUAUGUUAACCUUCAUCCAGCCCACUACUAGCUCCAGACACUGGUCCAAAACUUGUACACCUUCACAUGAUUCAGAUGGUAUGAAAAGAGGAGAAACUUGGUGGCAUCUGCAUAUUGGUGACAUUGUGCCCUCAGAAUGACAGUUCCCAGUGCCUUAAUGUAGACGUUAAAGAGCAUAGGAGCUAAGGUGGAAGAGAUCUGAGUAUGUUUAGAGGAGAUAUGAUAGCCGUAUUCAAAUGUCUAAAUAGCUAUCACAUGGAAGAUGGAGCAAGCUUGUCUUCUCUUACGCCCAAGGGAGUAGGACCUUGAAAUAAUGGAUUCAACUGACAAGGAAGGAGAUUCCAACUAAACAUCAGGAAGAACUUCUGAUAGUAAGAGCUGUGGAGCGGACUCUUUCAGAAGGUGGUGAACUCUCCUUCCUUGGAGGUUUUUAAGCAGAAGUUGGAUGGCCAUCUGUCAAGGAUGCUUUAGUUGAAAUUUCGGGGGUUGGACUAAAUUACCCUUCCACUCUACAAUUCUAUGAUUCAUUGGACUCCCACAGCAUACUUGCAAAAGGGUCGGUCAGCAAUUUAGCGAAUAUAUCAAACAUGCAUUUUUAUUUAAUUGCUAUUACAGAACUGCUAUACACAGUUUAGAUUUUUUUAAAAAACACACACAUUAAAAUUCAGUUGGUAUUUUUAUAUUGUGGCAAUUCAGUGUUCAGAUUGUAGCUGAGCUUUGAUUUAAGGUACUGCCAUAAUUCUGGGGGGAAAAGAGAAGUACUCUCGGGAAAUGCAAGAUGACUGCGUUAGUAGAAUUUAUAUCCUGACUCUUUCUCAUUGGAUGAACUCAUGUUUUCAUUCUUCAAGCUGAGCAACUGCUUUGUAGUGUUUGAGGAUUUAUUGAAACCAUGCUAUGUUUUUGAGGACUUUAUAAUAGAGUCUUAUGGCCCUAAUAGCAUAAUUGUUCUCCAAGGAUUUUGAAAUCAAAACACUGUAAGUGUUUUUAGAUACCGUGUGGAAUAAUAAUAAUAAUAAAAGAAUACCUUCUGGUGGCAUUCUAAGCUUAUUUAUAGCGGAGAUAUUGCUGUAUUUCAAAGCUUUGACAGAGUUUGGAGUAUACGGUAAUUUGACAGCCACCCAUGAACCAUUCAAGACAGAAGUUCAAAGUUAGUACCAGUUUAUUUUCUGGUUGAAAUUGUCUUUAAAGUGAUAACCAUCAGAGCAAAGAAAGUGGGAUGGCAGUAGCUAUUUUUUGAUGGUAGAGGUAGGGAGAAGAAGUGGAGAAAAUGCGACCCAACUAAUUAAGAGGUUGCUGUAGAUCCUCUUAAAUCUAAUGGAUGCUUUUUAGUCCGUCAAAUGUUUUGCUCCUUCCAAAAGUUUCACUUCUGGAGACUCAGGGCUAAAGCGUUCUGACUGUUUCAGACUUUUAUCCUACCCUGUGAGUUGUAGGUGUGCCACCCAGGGCUAAUUGACUCUGAAUCAUUAGCAAUUCAUAUGUUGUUAAAUAAUAAAAUCAAUCUCUUGAAAAGAAAAGCAACUCUUAACUCAAGCAGUCAACAUUUCCUUUGUGAAAUUUUUGUUGUGUGGUGGCUACUUCUGUUGAUAGUUGUACCAUGACAGAUGCAAUUAAAAAUACAGAACGUUUCCUUUGAUUGUAAAUCUUGACUCUGGUAUUAUUCUCAUUCAUUAAAUCCAGCAGUCGUGGCCUUUUGAUUGAAAGUUAGUUGGCUGAUCUGUAUUUGUGGUUAGCUCAAAGUGUUGGCCUUUUUUGUUAGUUUUUUCUGGUGAUCCCUAUGCACUUUAUUUUUAGGAUACUUGCCUGUAUGUGUCUCUCCUUCAGAAGGACUAUAUCCAGAAAAGGCGCUAAUUUUCUCUGAGCACUAUUUUGAUUUGUAACCUGCAUUUGUCAAGGAAUUAUGGGUAAUGGUUGCUUUGGGCUUUAUAUGGAAAACAUAAACUGAAGGAGUGGGGAGAGAAAGAAAGGUUAAUGGAGGAUUAGACUGGCACAGGUGUGAGACGUGUUCUAAGACAACACCUAGAGUUUGGGUAAUGAUGAUUCUCUGGUGGUGAGGCAAGUUUGUCAUGAAUUUACUGCUCUGCCAAUGAAGUUCUAAUUGGCCUCAAUUUACCCUUCGGAAGAGUAACAUUCAAAUACUUUGAAUGCUCAUGGUGCGCCAGUAGGGUCUGUGUGUGUUUUAAUUUGAAGAUCUCCUACAGAGAGGUCCUGACUGAAAAUGAACAGACACUUAAAGGGGAAAAUAUGCAUUCCCAAAUUAGCGGUAAUCUGAGUUUGUAUUGUACCUGAUUACUGGCAUCAAUGAUAUAUUUCCAUGCCUCAGGUUAAAAUGCUACUCUUGGAGGAGUCAAAUUUUACAUCCCUGGUAUGAGGCAGUGUUAUUUUAAAAGCUUCAUUCAUAUGUAGAAUUAUUGCUAAAAUGUUUUGUAGAUGUCACUUUUUUGAAAUAGGAGAAGCAAAAUGUUUUAAGUUGUCAUAAUUGUCUGAUUCACAGCUAAGUGUAUGGGAUUUCCCCCCCCUCUUGUUCGUUUUAACUUCAAGAAGUUCCAUUUUCAUUACUACUGCUAUAAAAAUGUAAGUCAUAAAGUUUGCACAGCAUUAAGGACAAGUAUAUCUGAAUCCAGAAGUAGCAUUGGAAGAGAUGAAAUGCCAGAUGUGAAGUAUUGGGUUGCAUGUUUAUUCAACUGUUACUGUAAUCAUUGUACAAAGAUGUAGCCUUGCAAUUUCUGUCUCACAGCAACAUACACAAAAUAUACCCCAGUGAUGAGGCCUCUCGGAUGGUAGCUGGUGGAUAAGUUACAGUACACAAACCCGUCCACACGUAUUUUUGCAAACGAAAUGGUUGUUAUGCAGACAUUAUAUUUGUGCGUUCAGUUGUUUAUUUGUCAUGCUUGCAUUCUGCCCCUUUGCUAAGCAGAUCAGUAGUGAACAUUUCUUCCCCCAUGUUAUUCUCACAACAACCUUGUGAGACAUCUUUGGCUGGGGGAGAGGGAGGGAGUCAUGACUAAACAGGGAUUUGAAGGUAGGUCCUUACGGCUCCAACAUGCACUUCCCAUUUGUUAUGACACACUGUUUCAGCUCAUACCGGCUACACUAUGUGGGCCAUACCUGCAUACUUUGAAAUCAAAGAUUUGAUCAAUGUGCAAAAAUGUUCAUGAAAUGAAAUGCAGUUUCCAACAAGCUUAUCCACUAGCAGCAGCAACAACAAUAAUAUCCUGUCCAUCUGUCUGGGUUUCCCUAGCCACUCUGGACUGGGGUAUCAAUAAUAAAAUUAUCUUUGCUUUGUAUGAACAGAAGAAUAGACUGCAUUACUAUAUACCAGGCAUGUCCAACAGGUCAGUCGCGAUCUACCGGUCGAUUGUGUGGUGUCCAUGGUAGAUCGUGGUUGAUCGCGUGACCCUGAGCAACCGUCCCCCCCCCCAAAACCACCUCAUCAAGUUUGGCUUUCCUAAAAACAACUUUGCCUCACCCCCAAAACGCUCAACAACUUUGCCUGGCAAUCACAAUGGGUAGAUCACAGCCAGUAUUUUAAUACUGUGAGUAGAUUGGUGUUGGACGUGCCUGCUAUAUACCAAGUGAAGGAGAAGGGAGAUAUUGGUAGUGGUCAUGGGAGGGAAGAGGGAGAAGGGAGGAGGUCACAUGAACCUCCAAUAGCUCCUCCUACCGCCUUUGUGUGCAGGCUGCUGUUUACCUCUUUGCCCACCUAUUGGUCCUCCACAUAGGGAUGUUCCCUGCCCAUGAUAGACUGGGUCAUGCCAUAGAGCUUUUAAGUGAAUCUACUUCAUGGGUAGGCAAACUAAAGUCUGGGGGCCGGAUCUGGCCCAAUCGCCUUCUAAACCCAGCCCGCAGACAGUCCGGGAAUCAGUGUGUUUUUACAUGAGUAGAAUGUGUCCUUUUGUUUAAAAUGCAUCUCUGGGUUAUUUGUGGGGCAUAGGAAUUUGUUCAUUUCCCCCCAAACAAUAUAGUCCAGCUCCCCACAAGGUCUGAGGGACAGUGGACCAGCCCCCUGCUGAAAAAGUUUGCUGACCCCCUGAUGUACUUGCUCAUGUUAGCUACUUUAGCAUCACUCCUAAUAACAGCAAACUGAGCUGUGACUGAGAAUAUAAAUGAGGAUAAUUUUUAUUUUUGAGUAGGUUAAGUAUCUGCGAGUUCUGAAAGAUCCAAAACAUGUGUCAAAAGGCUGUGAUCUUUACAUUAAACGAAUCCAGACAUACUGACUUCCCACUGAGGUUAUUUCAUUGCUUUAACUCAUCAUCCUGUUUGUUGCAACAGUCACAACAUUUCUAGAGAGCUGGUGUUCCAAUUGUCACAAUUAUGAUUCUUUGGAAGAGAAGAAAACCAAGAUUCUGUUGAAUGUUCUUUGCCUCUAGCUCUUGAACUCCAGCUUCCAUUAUGACUGGCCACUAGCUUAUCUAGAUGAGAAGAUGGAAGUUUUAGUCCAACAAGAUUUAGGGAGUCAAGGCUGAAGAACACUGGUCCAAAGAUUUCUCUAGCAAAAUCCAGAAGACUGACAUGCAAACAUUUCACCAUUAUUACUUUUAACAGUUCUUGAGCAUAGCACAUGACCAGAGAGAAAAAGUAUCCAAUGCUGUCUGGAUCACCUCUCCUCAUAAAACUUACCUGCAAUCAUCAUCUGAGGCUCUUCUUUCUGUGCCUCCCCCAUAAGAGAUCUGGAGGGUGGAAGCAUGAGAAUGUGUGUGAUGGCUCCCAGUUUGUGGAAUGCUCUUCCCAGGGAGGUGUGUCUGGCACCUUCAUUAUUAUAGGUGCCAGACUAAAACGUUCCUCUUCAGGCCUUGGGCUGAUUAACAGUCUAUGUCAGGGGUCAGCAAACUUACCGCGCCUCGGGUCGGUGUCUCCAGCGCCGAUUGUGUGGCGGGCUGGAGGACGGGGGAGCGCGUGCCCAUACGCGUGCGCACAUGCUAUUUCCGGCGCACUUCCGGGUCGGAGGAGUACCGGAAUUAGCUUGUGCGCAUGUGCAGGGGCCUGCUCCGACCUGGAUGUGCACUGGAAAUAAUGCUUGUGCAUGCGCAAAUAAUGCUUGUGCAUGCUCACAAGCCAUUUCUGGUGCUCCUCCGACCUGGAAGUGGGCAGCUGCACAGCGCCGGUAAGAGCGGGCAGCAGUGGCGGGGGGUGCCAUGGGCCGGAUAAAUGAGUCCCUCAUGCCUUAUCUGGCCCACGGGCAUUAAUUUGGGGAUCCCUGGUCUAUGUCCUCUUAAAUGUGUUUGUGGGAAGUGGGGUGUUAUUGUUUGUUUUGUUCAUGUUCUUGUUUUUAUUGUGUUUUUAUUCUGUAUUUUUAUGUUGUGAACUGCUCUGAGAUCUUUGGAUGAAGGGUGGCACACAGACUUAAUAAAUAAUAAUAAUAAUAAUAUCUGUUAGCUGUCUGACGGGAUUAAAUCUAUGUAUUCUCUUUUCUGCGAUGCUGAACGUGAUAUUUCAGGAGGAAAGCUGGCCAGACGUUCACAUGCUAACGCUACUACAAUGGCACUGUUUGUGUAGACAAAACAAAAGAAGUUUACCUUCUAGUGUUCAUGUAAGGAUGAAAUUGGAUCCAAGGAUUUGAUUGUCUUCAAGAGACCUGAAAAAAUCCACUUAAGACAUGUUGUCAACUUGCUUUGAUUGGCGUAGUUACAGGUAGAGAUUUUGUCCAUUGAAAGAAAAAGCCCUGCAAAUGGAAGACUUUCUUUUAAAAUAUUUUAAUCGUACAUGGAAUCUUUUGCUUGUUUCCACAAAAUCUGUUCAUUCCAGUGCAAUUUCCCUUACCUUUCCUUAAUGCAGAAAGGAAGAGUGUGCAACAGGAAUUUGCUUGUACCUGAUUGUAGCCUACCUGCAACACAACUACAAUCUAGAGCUACAUUUCGGUAGCUGAAACAGGGGUAAUAAUAAUAAUAAAAAUAAAUUUAUUUAUGGCAAAUUGCAAGAAAUUAUGGGAGUUGUAGUCCAAACACGACACGGGAGGGCCAUAGGUCCUCCCAUCCUACUUUAAGGUGUUGACAACUCAAGCCAAUACAGGGUUUAUCAGAUUCAAAUACAAUAUUUGAUGAAUUAUUGUAUUUUAAUAUUUUGCCUUUCGAAAGUUGUUCUAUAGUGGCACCUGCUAGAAAGAUUGCCUCUACACAGGUAUUUAAGCAGCCUGACAGCUAACUGGUGACAGGUGGUCACAUGCUCUUUCCCUUUUGCCUGCUGCUGUUGGUUCCUACUUUGGACCUAGAAGCCCCUGGGCAGCUGUGCCUGAAAUUACCAUUGCACCAUUAUAUCGAAAUGGGUGUACAGCCGUUUGUUAUCCUGCCUUGAUCAGCUGAAGGAAAGGAGGAGGAGGAGGUUUGCAUAAAGAACGAAAAUCUGUUUUAGUUCCUGCAGGAGGAUCAUCCAGCCCUGCCCCAAUGGAAAGGUGAAGCCCCCUUACUUUAUAAAUGUCCCCGUAUAGCACAGUGGUGCAGGAGGAAGUUUUUUGUUUCGUUUUGUUCGGAGGAAAGCUUACAGCAUUUGGGGCUUUCUAGCUUAGUGAAAAGGGAAGUAAGAUGUGUUUAAGUCAUAAUAAGGUGUGGAGAAAGUGGAUCGGGGGAAAAUCUCUUUUACAACACCAGAUCUCAUGGGCAUCCAAUGAAGCCGAACAUUGGAAGGUCCCGGACAGACAAAAAAAAAAGGUACUUCUUUACACAACCCAUAAUUAAAUUAUGAAAUUUGCUCCCACAAGGUGUAAUGAUGGUCACCAACCUGGAUAGCAGUGGCUUCUAGCCUUGAUGGCUUUCCCCCCCUUCACUGUCAGAGGCAGUAUGAAUAACAGUUGCUAGGGAUCACAAGCAGGGAGAGUCCUGUUGCCCUCCUGCCCAGCUUGCUGGCUUCUCAUAGGUCCCUGGUUGGCCACUAUGAGAACAGUCAGUUGGACUAGAUGGUGCCUUUGGCCUAAUGCAGCAGGGCUCUUCUUAGGUUGUGUUCAGCAAUGGCUUCUUUAGUGUCAGAUCCAGUUCUGACACCUGUGUGAGGGUACCAUCUGUGACCUUUCCCAGGACUAGGAUGCUUAAAUAUACUUCCCCUUCAGCAUGGUAGCUCAUAUGACCAUAAGCCACAAGCAGAUGUACUGAAUCUUGAAGGUUUACUCGCAUGUAACUAGGUUUCAGUGCUGGUUAGGCAACUCCAUAGUGCACUUCCUGAAACACCAGGAAACUUCUGUAGCCUAACACAAUAUUUGACAGCCAAGAUUGGAUGUCACAAAGAAGCAGACAGCAAGUGAAAAUGAGAGAGAAAAUGAAUACAACAUUUAUUAAACUGGAGGCAUAUGAUGCCCCUAUUCCAAAGGGAGCACGGAAGUGUAAAUAAAUUCAAGAAAUGCAGGUGUAUUCUCUCAAUAAAUAUUUUUUGGUCAGUAUCAUUUUGUUCCAGUCUUUUCAGAAAGCUUUAUCUGUCUCCACUAAAAAACAAAGGCAUUGUGUGAUAGAAAUGAGCUUCCUACUAUUGAUUCCUUAUGCCAAAAAUAUUAUGCCUUACGGCUGGGAUUAAAAGUUGUUUUGAAAAGGGACUUCACUGCUGGAACUUCACACUGAUUUCUACAAAUUUCCCGACUUGGACUGCUCUGCUGCAAUAAACCCUGCUGGACAUCAAGAAAGAAAGACUGACUGGACAUAUUGGAGGGGGGUGCAGACAAAGCCCUGACCUCACUGUACAUGUUCCAAAGGCACCACCAUAGUAUGAUUCAGCCCAAGGAAAUAGGGAUAUAUUUCAGCCUACUAGAAUAAUCUGUGUGCAUAGCAUGCUGAACUGCCAUCUUGAGUGCAAAAGCAUAGGAAAAAUGUACUGUAUGCCUCUUGUCUUCUUCACAGGAUUUGCUCCCUGAAAUGUGGCUGCAGACAGUGUUGUAUGGGCACCUGUGCUGCUAUCUGUGGAGGGAUGAGUAGGGCUGGAGGCAACGUAACUCAUCAGCCUGUUGUCUACCCUAUUGGACAGCCAAUGCUCCCCCUGGAUUUAUUUUAAAUUGCUCACAUUGUUUUGUCUGAGUUCAUUCUCUUUGGUGGAAAAGUAAAUUAGUUUUGGUGACCUGGGCAUGAAGUUGAUGGCAGAGUCCUUUGUUUUUCAAAGUAUCCUCCUUCUCAGUAUGGAAGUCCCACUUUGCCCUUCUGGCUGAUAGGAGGAGCUUUGACUGAGUACAGCCCAGUGGCUUCGCAGUUGAGCAGGACUUCUAUGACACCACUUUUGUCAGCUUCUUCUGAAGAACAUAAGGAGCCCUGCUGGGCUAAAUCCACCUAGUGCAGGUUUCCCAGACUUGGUGUUCUACCAGCAUGUUGCCAGGGGCAGAUGGUAGCUGUACUACAAUAUAUGUAGGGCUCCACUUGAGAAAGGCAGAUCUAGUGGGUCUACCUAGCUUGGCUUCAGAAAAUUUACAAGCAACUGCUCAGGAUUCUUCUCCACCACAAGUAUUUGUAAAGGAUCGUAAUAUUUUCUUUAUGUACUUUAUUGUUGUUCGGAGACUGAAGGCAAUUUGAUGAAAAUGAAGUAUAGAUCACCUGCACCAGUAAUGACUUUUAUUAUUCUGUCUUGCUUAAAACUUUGUAUUGUACAAAAAUAUUAAAUGCACAUAUGGAGAAAGAAUUGGGUAGGGCAACAUUUUCAUCUCAAGGAGUUAAAGGAUGAAACAUUCUCUAUUGCUGAUUGGGGGGGGGGGACCCACAAAACACAAAAUGCUGUAGUUCAGUACAACCUGCCCAUGAGUUCUGAGCAUGUGAGGGGUUAGCAGGAAUGUGUCAUUGGAUAUGCCAUCCCAUGAGUGUUUUGCACAUGGCAUUAAAGUGAGAAUGGGCCCAUAUAUCCUUACUGUUUUCUCACUAUAUACAGUCAGCUUUUCAAGCAUGAAACUGAAGUGGCCAGUUUUAACAGAUGCCUGUUACAGAUACACAUUUUCUCCUAAUAUUGUCAAACGUCCUCUUAACUACAGUGGUACCUUGGUACUCGAAUGGCUUGGCUCCUGAACAAAUCGGAUCUCGAACACCGCAAACCCGGAAGUAAGUGUUCCAGUUUGUGAACGUUUUUUGGAAGCCGAAUGUCUGAUGUGGCUUUCGCUAGAGAGCAGGAAGCUCCUGCAGCCAAUCAGAAGCCACACCUUGCUUUUUGAAUGGUUUUGGGAGUCGAAUGGACUCCCGGAAUGAUUAAGUUCACGAACCAAGGCACCGCUGUAUUUAUUUUGAUUCACUUUUGCUGUGGUAACAUAAUCCUUGUGUUUUAUGGUUUUAUGGUUCUGUGACCCUUUUGGUCAUUUUUGGCAUACCACCCUAAUAUCUAAUGGAAGAAGAGUGGUUUUAGAAUCUUUAUUUCUGCUUUAUUGGAAGAUCAGAAUUAGGGCGUUAAUUGUCUGUCAGACUUGAUAAAAAAACAAAACAAAACAACACCAGUUUUCUGCAUUUUUUAUGCCUUACUCCAAAUAGCUUAUGGUUCCAUAAUGGAGGCUUGACAUUUGACAGCAGCUCUGUGAGGUAGGAUAGCCUUAUCAAAGAAGACCUUUGUGGCAGCCUUCUUGCUGGCUGAGGCUGAUAGGAGUUUGUAGUCCAAAACAUCUGGAGGGCACCAGGUUAAGGAAAAUGGGCAUACAAAACUGUCAAACAAAAGUCUUAUUGAGUGCUCACAGUAUAUGGAAACAAUAGUGUUUUGACUAGAUAUUUUCCUACUGAAUAUUCUGGGCUAUGUGAGUAUGGAAUGAAAAUAAAACCCUGGCAUUUUAAAUCUAUCUACCUUUGCACACUGAUAGGAUUCAGAAACUAUUGGUUCCAAAGGCAACUUCUAAUUUACUUUCAGUGUGAGAAGGCGUUGCUCUGAAUGGAUCUGAAUAAUGUCUCAAACACUCCUGACCCAAAUUCAUUUUUGCUCACAGUUUAUAAUAUUUUGAUUGGUAAUUGCUGAUGAUAAGCCAGUUGCAGUUAAAUUUUAAGGAAGUGCUUGGUGUUUCUUAAGGUAUUUUGCCACUGAAGCAAAGGCUCAGGUAUUUCAGAUAUGGGAGAUGUGCAGAUUGCAUAAGAUGUUAUACAUUGCUCACUCUAAGAUACCGAGUCCUGUCUGCCCUUAAAACCCUUUGUUCUCUUGGCUGAAUGCAGUUAAUUAGCAACUGUCUCCAUAGCAACUGCCUCGUAGUCCAAAAACAUUGUCUAGUUUUUGCAGUUUAGCUUAUCACACUGUUUACCUGAAGGGCUUUUCACCGCGCUGGGUCUCAUUUGAGUUGGCUGCAUGCCUGUUCACGGAAGUGAAUUGUCAAGGCAGAAAAACGCCAUGGCAGCGAGAUGCUGAACAGGGUCUGCUGUGUGAAACUAGAAACAUUUUUUGAAAAGUUCUUCGGAAACAGAAGUUGAAGUUUUGCAGUGAUUUACAUUAAGCCUUAAAUUAUUGGGCUUGCCAAGAUUACGUUGCAGUUUAAUAGAAAGACCCUUAUUCAUCCCUUCCUGUGUGCAGGCUGUAGUCUGACCUAUUGAAAGUUCCCUUGUUUUUAAAAGCAUGGAAUAAUUAGUAAUCUCUCAACCCUGGUUCUCUAUAAUUAGAGCACCUUCCACACACUGAACAAAAAAACUUCCUUUAAGAGAGCUGCCAUUUGAAAAGCCAAUCUCUUGUGCAUUAAGGAGGUUUGAUUGUGUAGUAGUUAUUCUUUGUUUUGUUUCUGCAUAAUUCAUUAAGAAUAAAUCUGGUGGCUAGUGUGAUAUACUUCUUUGUAGAAGGCUGCAUCUGAAACAUAUGGAAUUGUAUUUUUUAAAUAAAACAAUUUGAUAAUUCAUUUGCAUCUCUCUCACUCACUUCUUAGGCAGGAGGAGAGAAUCUAUAUAGACUGACCUGAAUUUAUCAAGUCAGCAUCACUAAUUAAAUUAGUAAAGAGCUCGUUCUCUAUGCAUCUGAAAUACAAAACACUUAAUUGAAAAGAGGAAAGUUGUAUUAUUUAGUGGCUAGUUUAAAGGAGAGCUGGUUUAAUUUUACAUUUUAAUCUGCAAAUAGCCUCAAACUGCUGCUUUGUACGAAGGUUGCUUUGAUUCUUGCUUCCCCCUACACUCUUUCAUUUUCAAAAUAUGCCGAGAUUAUGAAGAUGGGGUUUAUUUCAAGUUGAUGUACAUCACCCAUUGAUACAUAAAGCAUGCAAACUAAGCUAUCUUGAACUUGCCAAGUACCCCAAUAUAGCUUUAGUUGACAGAAAACAAGUGGCUUUUUGGAUGCCUAUUCUGUUCAAUAAAACAACCUGUUUUUGGAAUAGUGUUUUCUUACAACACAGAUAACAAAAUGUGUUUUUCAGAUUCAUUGCCAUAUAUUCUCUUGAGGCUGUGAUGGGCUUGUAUUUGGGAUAAUAAGCUAAAAUUUAAUCCAGGCAUGAAGGAGGUGCUUUGGGUCACGCAGAAAAACCAAUCUGAGAAUAUGUAUAUAGCCAGCUCUGUGUGGAGUAUCACUUAUUCUGAAAGACUAGGUUCAUCUUCUAGAUCAGGUGUUGCUCCUGGAGGGACAGGUUGCUGCUGUUGCCAGGAGAGCUUUUGCACAAUUUUGGUUGGUGUACCAUCUGCACUUUUUCCUGAGAAAGAGUCAGUGUCUGGUCAGUGUCACAUAACCUCAUGUAGAGGUUGAAGAGCACAGAGAACGAGAAAUGCAUAAAAUCUGUUAAAGAUUUUUAAAAAUCUGCUGUCAAGCUGUUUGUUCAACAAGAGGAUGUGGAGUAAUAAUUCAGAUGAAAAUAUUGCAAGGCAAAACUAAAGUUUAAAUAAAACUUAGUCCCUCUAUUCUGAAAAUUGAUAGUUGUCAUACUUUGCAGGGUUAGAAAUAAUGUGUCCCUCUGCCUGUGUCCGUUUAUACACACACAAAGUGAGAGAGGGGGCAGACAGAUGCACCCACACACCCAUUUAACACACCACCUUCAUGUCUAGUGGUGGAAUGUGUUUGAAUUCCUAUGACAUGUUCCUAGGGAGGAUUAUGCAGUGACAUUGGGGAGACGAAAGUUCAACCUACUUCUGUCGCGUACUAGCUAUUUGACCCUGGGCAAAUCACAUAGGCUUUGUUUGAACUGGCUUGUGCCACUAAGCAGAUUGCUCAAAAACGAAGUCCCGUUGCUUCAUAAUAAGGAAGUAUGUGAGUGUAUUGCCCUGGUGCAAUAUUAAUUCAUUUGGAAUUUAUUUCCUCCUAUACCCAAGGGCAGAUUACAGAGUAAUCUCAUUUUAUCCCCAUAUGCCCCUUGUGAAAUAGGCUAAAAUAAUAUACAAUGACCCAUCAAAGCCUCCCUUCCCCCAAACGUCCAAAGGGCUUGAACUAAGCUCUUCUGUGCCUAAACCUAAUAUUCAGUGUCACAGAGGGCAAGCCUGCACUGUUCCCUUUGAGGAUCCCAUUUAACGGCUUUCCGAUUUGCCCUAAAUCCAAGAUUGCUUCCUCCACUUGAGAGGGUUAACUAGAAACCUGCUCUUUCAAUCUGAAAUUAGUGGUGGGGGUGAUUGCUUAGUCAUAAAUGAAAGCUGCUCAGACUCACGCUCAUAAGCAUCUCCACCAGUACUUUCAGACAGACCUAAAUACAAGUUUGCAUGGGCUCCACUUUAUGUUUGAAUUUUUAAAGCAGGUGUGACGGUUGAAAAUACAUAGCAUCUGUGUGAGAACAAACUGCUGGUUGAGAAUAGUUUUUCUUUGCCAUUUCUAGGGCUCUGUUUUCACAGUGUUUGGUACAUGAGGUAUUUUGUCUUGUUCCUUGGUCUAGCAUUGGAAUUAAACUGCUAUGGUUAUUUUCAGAGAUAGAUGUGAGCUUUAUCUGCCUUGUUGUGCUCUGUAUGUGUUUAGAACUCAGGGAUAUGUAGGUUUCCCCAUUACCCUUAAACAUUAAGAAACUGUUUGUUUCACAUUUUUGUCACUAAUAUAUUUACUUAAUUUAGCAUGGGAGUAAUGAAGACUUCAGUAGUACAGAGUAAAGAGAAGCCAGGUUUUGAUAUAUCCUGAUUUAUGAAGCCCUUUCCCCCUUAUUGCGCUACCCAGUCCACACUCUGUGGUGAAUAACACUCGUUUCUGAAAAGGAUAAAAAAAGAAUUUUAACAUAACGAGAAAACAAUUAAGGUGGAGGCAGUUGGCUUUUUGCAUGGGCAAGAAAUUGAAGAUUAAGGUCCAAUUAGAAAAGAUUUCUAAAGAAUAUGUUUACUUCAUGAAUACAAAAUUGUAAUACAAAGCAAGAAUAAACACAUUGCAGGUCACACAAACCAUAUCCUGUCUGGAUAAUGCAAUGUUUUUGGUAAAGAAAAAUACAUGAAAAAAUUAUCAGGAACAAUUAAAAGCUCAGGUGAAAUUAAAUUAUCAGGUGAAAUUAAAACCUUAGCAUGUUUGCACCAAACAUAAAUUUCAGCCACAAUGUACCUCUGUGGUUAUCCAUUGCCUUGAUUUUUCUGCUUGUGUGCCAAUGCACAUGUGUGCAUGAAAAUGUAUCUGACACAUGUGAUCACACAGACAAAAACCAACAAAUUGGGAAACCUAGCUAUAGCAGAUCCACCCCUUAAUACCAUGAAUUAAUAAUGCAGUGGAUCCACUCCUGCUGACUGCCCCCUAUUAAAUAUAGUGCACCCACCUCACGGUACACCAAUAAAUUUCUACAAUUUACCACAGAUUAUCCAGUGAGGGACUUGUGUGAGGAAAAUUUUAAUGAUUUAAAGUCUCAGGCAAGAGUUGAUCAAACAAGCAAAGUUUUAUUAAAUAAAAAGAAGUUUGUGAAACAAAGCAAGUAAGGAAAUGUGUUCUUUCAGAUAAAAGUUAACUUAUUUACUUUAACUAUAAGAUGUCUCAGGCUUAAACAAAAUAUUAAAGUCGCAACACUUCUUAAACCUCAGUUAUUAAAAAUCAGUUGGUACACUUCAAGUAGAUAGAUAUUCAAGUGUCCAGAAUAGAUGGUAAAAUGCUCAACUCACUUUCUGUCACAUGAUAUUACAAUUAAAUUCCUUAAACACCAUCCUGCUUCCUUCACAGGAACAGCUCCUCAGUUACCUCUUAACCAUCCCACACCUGAGGUCUUCUAAAUGGUAUAACAGACCCAGGGGAUCACCUCCCCCCUUGUCACUGGUUUGGGAGUCUUCAGUAUCUAGAAGAACUCUCCCCUCCUGGCUAUAUUGAGACUCAGGUAGCCUGUACAGUCAAAUCUCGGUUGUCGAACGUAAUCUGUUCCAGAAGACAGUUCGACUUCUGAAACGUUUGACAACAGAGGAUCAAAGGGUGGUUGGCAAAGUCAAUGGAGAAAAAAGAAAAAACUCCCUGGAAGCCUUUUGGCUUCCGAAAAUUGUUCAAAAACUGGAGCAGUUACUUCCAGGUUUUCGGCGUUUAGGACCCGAAAUGUACGAUGACGGAGGCGUUUGGGAGCCAAGGUUUGACUGUAUUCCCACAAGAUCUACCUCUCCCGGUUGAGUCACAGCCCUCCGAGGACACUCCUGUCUGCAUACCUUUCCCAGACCCUCAACCCUGUCUCCCUGUCCAAGCUGCAAGGCUCUGUCCUCUCGCUAUGGAUAGUCUCUUCAGUGUGUAUGUUUAACUUAACUCAGAACCAGUUCUCCCUAUCUCAUUCCCCAUCUCCCAACCUGAAACCUGUCUAACAUCUCAAAUCCUAUCCUAUCCUAUCUCUCUUCUCAAAUCCAGCCCUAUUUUACUCUCGCCCUCAGAAGCCACUUCUUUUAUUCUUCCCCCCAAAGUGCUGUUCCUCCCCCCUCUGUGGCUAGCUGACUCUGUAGCCAAUCAGAGAGAGAGGCUCCAGCCACUCUGGUGGAAUUUCAGGGGGACUGCAUCACCAGUCUGGCUCUGCUGUCCAUCACACUAGCCAAACUACUCUUGGGUUUAUCACGGGACACAAUUGUAUGCCACAGACAGGAUUGCACUGGCUGAGAUUAUCUUGCUUUACUUUGUGACCAACUCCCUCCACCCGCCCCCGAUGAUUCCCAAGAUCCACCAAGCAUAGCUUGGUGCAAAAGGAAUGAAAGUAUGAUGAGCAAAGGAAUUUGUUUUGAGUAUUAGAACAGACCUGACUUGACUGCACUGGGCUUAUUAAGUGUUUUUCAAGUAGAUAUAGAAGUUCUUGGACGCUCGUGGUUACUUUGUUUCCCUAGCUGCAACAGGCUUCUUAAUUCCAGCACUGUAAUUUUGUUGUUGUUGAACAAUUCUGUUAAAAAAACCACCUUGCUGAUCUAAUGGAAAUCACCCAGAAAUCUACCAGUAGAUCCCAGACUGCUUUCUGUCCACUCCCAGUUUAGAGGUGGAAGAGAAAUAAUACCAGAGUGAACUGAAUUUGGGCUUCAACAUUUACAAUCAAAUCUUCCCUCAAUGCACUUAAGCUGUGAGUUUUUAGCAUCAGAACUGCCAAGCUAACAGUGGCAGUCAGGGCUUGGAUACCCUUGAGCAUGUGCCUAGAAGCCUCCAAGCCUUCAACCUUAGGCAUCCUGCUGCUAUUAUACAAUUCCACACUGGUUUGGGAAAAGUAAGGCUUGAAGGGGUUAGUUAAUGUGCUGGGUCAAGUGUCUUCUGAAGAGAGCCCAAUCUUUGUUUGUAUGAGAUGUCGUGAUUUUGAAGAGAAGACGGGAGAGGAGGAUCCUUCAGUUCACCUUUCCAAACCACCUAUAUUCACCUAUAUUCAUAGAUUUAGCACUAUGGUAAAUUAGUGCCAUUAGCACAAUUGUAAUUCAACAAGUGGAAUCUUGACAGAGCGUUUGAAAACUCUGCAGCCACAGUCAUAGAGAAGAAUCUUGGUCCUCUGAUACUUUGUCAAAAUGUGUGGCUGGCUUUAAAGUGAGUGAUAAUACGUUGCAUCAUUCUUAGAGCAACAGGGUGUAUUUGGUUUACUUUAAUGUUUACUGAAGAAGGCUGUAUGUACUUUGUGUACGUGCAAACAAAUAACAUGUAGAACAAUUUUAAUACACUGGAAAGCCACCUCUGGUUAUAGUACUCUUACAUUCAUUCAGUUAUGCUUCAACUUUCUCCUUAGAUUAUUUUUUUUCCUGAAGCAUGAAUACAAACUACAAUAUAUGCAGUCAGCAGGAGUUCCUGAAGUUAAUCACAUUUAGUUAUAGAAUUGUGGGUACCUCAGUAUGACCACUGUCCUAUUUAUCAAACACAAAUUUCAGCUAUUUCAAUUGAGGGUGUCCAUGAUUACAGGGGUGUAGUUGUGCCAGAGGGGAAGGCCAUCUUUUCACAAACCAAAGACCCAAGAGCCCACUUGUAUGAAAAUGAGAACGUUCCUAGGACAAUAGAACCAAAGAGAAUCAUAGUCUGGCCUCUGCCACCAGCCAGGGCAUCACAUGUCUCUGAGAGAAUAUAAUUUAACUUUGAACUUAAUUAAUACUCCUAAGGAGUACAUAGGGACAGUCCUAAAAGCAGGAAGGAAAGGCAUAUUCAAGAAGAGAAUGAGUGAAGAAAUGCAGUCUAUUUUAUGUAUUUUUUUGUUUCACCCUCUGACAAUGUUUAUCAUCUUUUGGUGGAUCCUAUCAUUAAAGAAAGAUUCAACAUGCACUGCAGUUCUGGGACAUUUGAAAACAUGUUAUACUGUUCACAAGACAAGCUUUCAUAUUUGCUAUGAUAUGAUUUAUAGUAAAUCUUUCCUAGGGAAAAUAGUCCUGUAAAUCCACUCUCAGAAAUUCAAGGGAAGCCAGCCAUUUUUGGUAAUACCUUGUCAUAGCGGACUUACCCAUCUGCACUUCUAUCAUUUACUAAACUGCAGAAUAACCUGCAGAAUAACCUGCGGAAGUUAUUCUUUCAUCUGAAGCUUUUUGUGUGUUGAGUCAUUUCACAUCCUUGUACAAAGCAGUACUUUGAAAGCUAGCAUAAUUGGAAGCCUUGAUUUAGCUUUGAAUAAAUACUUAAAAAAAACAAACCACAACAACCAAUGUUUUGCACCCUUAGAACUGAAGCUAUUAUAAUGGCAUACUUUUCAACUACCAUUAAUUUUAGGUUGUUUUUCAUAAAAUCUGAAACACAGAAGGGUUUUCUCUCUGUAGAGCAGAGCUUGUGGCAGUUUUGUUAUCAGUGUUGACUGUGGGAGACAGAUAAAAUACAGGAGACCUUGAAUUAUGAAUUUCAUACCUAUUAACUGACACUAGUGAAGUUGCUAAAGUUCACAAUUUAUCUAGUUUGGAACAUAAAUGUACCCAACUCACAAUUCUCAAGAGAUAUUAGGGAUCAAGCACCAUUUCCCCAAGAAGUUCAGCUACGGCUUAGUAUGUAUUACUGGGUUUGUGACUGUAUAAUAAAAUGUGUAUUGUAUUGUUUAGUACAGUAGUAUCUCCAGUUACGUUACCCUCUGGUUACGUAAACUUCAGGAUGUGAAAGUGGCAAACCUGGAAGUAUUUGACCAGGUUUUUCCAUGCACACAUGUGCAGAACUGGUCUACCGCUGUGCACGCAUGUGCAGAAGUGGUCCUCCGGUUGCAGAAACCUCGGGAUCUGACCGGACCUCUGGAACGGAUCCCAUCCGCAACUGGAAGUACCACUGUAUGUUGAAAACAACAAACCUAGGUUUUAAUCCUUCCUUAAAAAACUUUCUGGUUAAUGUGGCUGUUUUGUAGGUGUGUGUGUGCAAAAUAAGGAGAAACCUUUCAUGGAACAGCCUAGCAAAUUGUAAAUGAAAUGAAAUGAAAUAUGAAAAUGAUUUUUAAACCUCAAAGAAACCCUUGGCAAGCCCAAAUAGGUUUGGGAGUAAGGGAGCUGUCCAAUAAACAAGCUCAUCUAAUCCAAGUACAGGGAAGCUAUAUCAGCCUUUGAUUUUCUUAUUAAUUAUUUUAACUUCUGGUGGGGACAAAAGCUGUGUGUUGAUCAUAUUUCAAGUUCCCCGGAUGAUCUCUAACAUUAACCAUGCAGAAAAAAGACUCUGAAAACAAUGGAGUAUGACUAAUGUUGAAUAUCACCCUUAGUGAAGCAAGCAAAGAAACUUGGAGUGAUCGCCAAAGAAGAAGUCAUGUUGCAGACAGUUAGUGACUGUGCUGUGUGCCAGUUCCUCAUCCAACCUGGGGAAUUGCGGUUGUCCUAUCAGCCAGCCCUAGGGUCUGCUUCUGCUGAAUGCCAGGUCAACUUGGAGUAAGACCACUCUCAUCCAUGAUCUGAUUGUGGAUGAGGAGGCUGAUCUGGUCUGUAUCUCCCAGACCUGGGUAAGUGAGCAGGGUAGAAUACUCAGUUCAGCAUCAGAGCAGACUUGUGGGUCGGGGAGCGGGAGUUGCUAUAGUAGGUGGAGGCUCCAUCUGUCUCUCAAGGCUCUCCAUCCAGGCAUUGGGCAAUCAGAACAGAUUAGGAAUUCUGCUGGUUUACUGCCUGCCUUCCUUCCCAGCAGUCUCCCUACCUGAGCUGACAGAGCUGGUCCCAGAGGUGUUGUUAAGGACUUCCAUACUGCUGCUUCUGGGAGACUUCAUCAUCCAUGCCAAGGCGACUGGCUCUGGGUUGGCUCAGGGCUUCAUAGCUGUCACGGCAACCAUUAGGUUGGCUACAUUCUGGACCUUGUUUACUCAACUGGGCAGAAAGAGGGUGAUAUGAAAGUAACAUCAGUUCUGUGUAAUGGUCAGAUCACUUCCUGUUAAGGUCAAGGUUUUCAACACCUUUUCCCCUUUGCAGAGGCGAGGCAUCUAUUAGGAUGGUCCUUCCCUUGGAGGCUGAUGGCUCCAAUGGGUUUCCAGGUGGCUCUGGGAGAUUUUCUGGCUGAUAUGACUGGCACUCCUGUCAAAGUCCUGGCCAACCUCUGGAACAUCCAAAUGGCCCUGGCCAUUGACACAAUUGUUCCUGAGCACCCUCCUCCUGCUUUGUGGAGCCUGCUCAUCUCCCUGCUAUAUGCCAGAGCAGUGGUUUUCACCCUUGAUCAGCCACAUCCUUUUGGUGGCCACCCUGUGGAAGUCAGUUACUCUGGGGUUCCACUACAGGAUGUUCAUAAGUGGGGAUUUCCUCAUUCCACCUCCCCCCAUUUUUGGCACAUGCGUAAGUGGGAACACAUGUGUCUACAGAAACCCAAGCAAUGCCACUGCUCUGCAGGGUCUGAGCUGACUUCCUCCAUACGACAUUCUUAAACUGUGAAUUUGUAUCCAGAUUUUAUACACAAAUGCAUCUUAUACAGGAGAUCUGCUUCCCAGAUAUUUUAACUAGUAAAGCAAUUGCAUGGGAUAAAUGGCCGUGCUAAGCCAUCCUCUGUGAAAGAGGUAAGGGGGUGCUGCAUUCCCUUUCAUUCUGCUGCAUUCUGGGAAGCCUUCUGAGAGCCACAUGCACUCUUUUCAGGCCAGCUUUCUAGAAAUGUAGACUAUCAGUGCAAAGAUCUCAUAGUAGUGUUAAGGUGACUGUAAUAAGAGGGAAAAAAUCAUCUGCGUUUACUCACUGCAAAUAAGCAACUGGGUUAUCUUAUUUUGCAAGGCAUGGUAUUUAACAAACAUUCAGUAUUUACUAAAAUGUGAAUUCAGUGCCAUUCUAUAGUCAGCUUGCGAGGCUUGAAGUAAUCCUAGUUUGCUUGGAGUCAUUCCAUGUGUCUGAAAAGACCUGCCCUCAUUUCCCUUGCAGGGAAACAGCUAUUGCAUGACAACACUGUCUAAUUUCACAUUGCAAUAAUUGUUUAAUGUUCACAAUGAAGCUUUGUCCCCAGGGGUUUUUGUGUGUGUCGCUGUUUCUUACCCACUCAGUGUAGUUAUUAACAGCCAACAAUGCUUUCAUUUGUUGCAGUGACAUAAUGUAUACCUGUCAUCUUAAUGAAAACGUCAAAGGUAGAAAAGGGGCAUUAGGUGGUAAAAUGCAGUAACUACAAAAAAUUCAGGAAUCUAUUUUACACAUACUCCUGAUGUUUUAAUGUAGAUUGUAAACUGCUUUGAGAUUUGUUUCCUUAAAAGUAUAAAGUGGUAUACAAAGAAAAUUAAAAAUAUUAUUAAUAAUAAAAUAAUAAUACUCUAGUGCUGUUUACACAUUAUGAUUUCCACAUGUAAAGAUGUUAGUGGAAUGACUGUAUACAUGCUGAAUGUAUUAUUUUUAUUCUUUUAAUCAUUUCUAUACCACUGAACAGUACCAAGGGAAUCUCUUAAGGAGUUUACAACUCGUAUUAAAUGAUCAGAUGGAACAUUGCAAAAUAUAUAAUAUUACAAAUGAGAGUCAUACAAUUUAAAAAAUCAUUUCAAAAGUUAACAUGUAAAGCGAAUUUUAAAAUGUGGAGUACAGAUUGGGUAUUCUGCCCUGUUCAUAUUAAAUAUACCUGUGUAUGAUAUGUUUUGGUAUUCUUCUCUCUGUUCACCUCUCUUAUGACAAAACACUGAAGAAUACUUUGGACAUUUGAUGCAAUAUUUUAUUUAUUUAACAAAAUUCAUAUACCAUUUACUGGAACUCUGAGUGGUUCUAAGCAGUUUGCUGGUUCUAAGUGAUCUAACUUCCAAGCAGUUUAGAAUGCAGACUAAAAUAUUUGUUUUAAAUGCCUAUAAAUAACCAAUAUUGAUACAUAAAAAAUUAAAAUACAGAAGAAAACCCAGUAAUUUUAAAACACUUGUACCUACUAAAAUCAUGUGCCAAAAUGACAUGCCUGGCUAGGCUUGUUGAAACAAAAAGAGUUUUUAGUAGGUGCUGAAAGCAAUGCAGUGAAGGUGCUUGCCUUAGAUCAAUGGAUAAUGUAACUCAUUUCAUACCGGCAUGUUUAAGGAGCGGGAAAUGAAGUUGUAUGUCAUACAUUAGAAUGUUCAACGUUUGUCUUUAGCCUUCCUAAUUCUUUUUGUGCCUAUAAUAUCAUUUUAGAUUAUUCCAAGCAGCUUAAUCUUGAUUCUAAUUAAACUACUGAAUAUAGCUUUUGUCUAAUUAAGCUCAUGCGGCUAUUUAUUUAAUUUGAAUUAAACUUGCACGCUGCUUUUCGCAAGCCACAACUUAUCUAGACAUUGUAUCAUUCCAGGGGGAUGAACCUGCUUUGAGGAUCUGCUUGUUUUAUCAGGUAUUGCAAGAUUAGAUUGCGCUGACUUUGUUUCUCUGACAAUGUUUUUAAAGUAAUGUUUUGUAAGUUGCUUUCAGUGGCAACUUUUAAUAUUUAGAGUCUGCCACAAUCAAAUAAAUCCAGAAGCUCUAAAGGCAAAAUCAUUGUAUAACACUAAUGCUAUAGAUAUUUGCUAUAUUUGUCUGAUACUUACAAUUCCCUUAUGAAAGCUUGUUUUGGACCCUUGAAGGUUUCUGUCAACAUGUUUGCGAUAUUGUGGUAUAAUAAUAAUAAUAAUAAUAAUUUUUAUUUAUACCCAGCCCAUCUGACUGGGCUUCCCCAGCCACUCUGGGAGGCUUCCAACAGAAUAUUUAAAACAUGAUAAAAGAUCAAACAUUAAAAACUUCCCUAAACAGGACUGCCUUCAGAUGCCUUCUAAAAGUCAGAUAGUUGCUUAUUUCCUUGACAUCUGAAGGGAGGGCGUUCUGCAGGGCGGGUGCCAUUACUGAGAAGGCCCUCUGCCUGGUUCCCUGUAACUUCGCUUCUCGCAGUGAGGGAACCACCAGAAGGCCCUCUGCGCUGGACCUCAGUGUCUGGGCUGAAUGAUGCGGGUGGAGACGCUCCUUCAGGUAUACUAAAAUGCCCAAGUACAUGAAUCAUCAGUGUGCAUCCUCCACCAGACUCCCAAUAUACUUUUUUUGAGCUACAUGGCUUACGUAUGUGUGCUACCAUAGUGUCUGUUGCCACUGUUCAGCACUGGAUUCUUCUCAUUGAUCAGCUUGCAUCAAAUGUAAGGUAUUACAAAUUAUAGUGAUAAAGAGGUGCUGCAACCCACUUUGGCAAAUCCAACCAUGCUUUUAAUGGUUUUUCAGGUUAUAUUAUUUACAUAUUGUUGUAUGCUGGCUUGAUGUUUUAUGAGAUGGUAAUAUGGGACGCGGGUGGUGCUGUAGUCUAAACCACUGAGCCUAGGGCUUGCCGAUCGGAAGGUUGGCAGUUCGAAUCCCUGCGACGGAGUGAGCUCCCGUUGCUCAGUCCUGCUCCUGCCACCCUAGCAGUUUGAAAGCACGUCAAAGUGCAAGCAGAUAAAUAGGUACCUCUCCGGUGGGAAGGUAAACAGCGUUUCCGUGCGCUGCUCUGGUUUCGCCAGAAGCGGCUUAGUCAUGCUGGCCACAUGACCCGGAAAAACUGUCUGCGGACAAACGUCAGCUCCCUCAGCCAGUAAAGCGAGAUGAGCGCCGCAACCCCAGAGUCGUUUGUGACUGGACUUAACUGUCGGGUCCUUUACCUUUUAAUAUAUAAAUACUGCAAUAAAUGAAUAAUUAAGAUGCAGCUACAUCCAUGUCUUUCUUUUUAGUUUUGCACUUGUGGAAUUUAUAUACCCACCCAUCAAUAAACAUUCCCUGCAUGGCUUGCACCAAAACAAUACUGAAAAUACAAUACUGUAUAUAGAAAUUAAAUACAAUCAAAGACAGCCGUGGGGAAGAAGUAUAUAAACCAGCCGCUUGUUCACUAUACGUCAGCCAGGAUGGUCUGGAGCUAGGUUAUGGUGGGGCAGAUUAUUAGUUUAGUUUUACUAAAUUUCUUAAAUGCUUGUUUCUUUUUAAAAAGAAAACACUCAAGAUGACUUACAACAGUUUAAAAUAUACAAAAAAUUAAACACAAUAGUAUUACAAAAUAGUUUUAACACUACUGAAAUAUCAUCACACAAUACCAGUGGACAAAAGAUCAGGGAUAAUCAAGUAUGGAAAGAUGUGGAAUUAACCAACCAUUAAAUGCCUGUGAGUAGAGGAAUAUCAGAGCCGAACUUCUGGUCUCUGUCAUCAGAGAGAUACUGCACUAAACUAUCCUAGAGGUUACCAGAGCACAGACUGCAAAAAGUUCAACUACCAGCAGAUAGAAGUCACUCUGCACCACUAAGGCUGCUUACUGAAAACAAUGGCUCUAGGAGGAGCCUAAAGCUAUGGACCUGCUCCAUCAUUGAGUCCAUUAUUGCAGCCAGGCACUGAUGAGAGUGUGCAAACCUGCAGACUUAGCCUGAUGGCUUAUGAGCCUUGGAGAAGUCAUGCCAAAUUGGAGGCAGAAGAGAAGGCCUAGAGAAGGCAGAAGCUGACACUCGAGGGAGGAAAAUGGACAUUGUGGGUUGUGAAAGGCUGGAGCUGAGUUAUCUGUUUCCCCCAUGAUGAGCGGGGUUCUUCAAUGUUCUUACCAAGGAGCAACUGCCCUAAGCUCCAAGUAAGGUGUAGGACCCUAGUAACUGCAGCAACAGAAAUAUAAGAGAGGUAGGUUUGGAGGCAGAGGCUCAGCUCAUAUCUAACUCUCACUCACUAGGCAUUCCUUUGGUACCUUGAGAACCAACCUGUCCUGCCUCAACGUCCAUACCUACAUUCGUGCAAACUCUAUAUGCAUAGGUUAUCUUCUCUAAAUUUGUGGGGGCUUCACUGUGGAGAGCUAAGCUAUGAUUUAACACAGGGGUUCCCAAACUUGGGCCUCCAGCUGUUUUUGGACUACAAUUCCCAUCAUCCCUGACCACUGGUCCUGAUAUCUAGACAUGAUGGAAGUUACAGUUCAAGAACAGCUGGAGACCUGAGUUUCGGUUGACAUUAUAUGCAGCAAUGGCAGUUAUUUUGCCACUCGCAUCUUGUUUCCCAUACAACAGCAGCAUGGGCUCUUCUUUGGAAUAGAGACAGAAGAGCAUGAGGACCUGGAGAGGAAACCAUCAGCUCCUCUCAAUGCUGCUCACAUGGGACAAUGCUAAGUGGGCCAGGUUUCCAGAGGUUAGCUCACUCAGUGCUUAGCAACACCCCUGGUAGGGCCCCUUAAAUCCUGGAGUACUUCCAGUGCCCGUGACCUCACAGAGUAUUUUGCGUGGAAUAAAACUAGGGCUUAAUAUGAGAUUUGUGCUGGAGGCUAUGCCAGUGCAUAAGGCUUGCACUCAGGGAAGCACACCCUAAGGGAACAUUGUCUGGAGUUGCCAACUGCCGAAAGUGCUCACUCGUAGCCUUCGGUGCCAGAGCCCUUUACACAUUGUGCGUUCGCCAAAGCACAUGUUUAAAAAGAUGUAAGUAUUAGUAACCCUAUGUUUUAGAGGGCACAGAUAAACAUGCAAUUAUUGCAUGAGGCCAUUUAAUUUAUGCCGUUUACAAAUAUGUUUGUGAAAUCCUCAGAGCACACAGUGAUUAUAUGCUGUGCUAACUGCAUAGAUAUUAUAAUUCGGAGGGUGGUGGGUUUUUGUGUGUGUGUUAGUGCUGAGCAAUCUGGAAGGGUUUUUUUUAUAAAAAAAAAGGAAAAGAAAGAAAAUGAUGUUUGCAAUGCGUAAUACUACAGCCCAGAUAAUUACUGUUUAUGCUAAUUUGUAUUGACAUGUACACACAUUGCAGCCGAGGCAGAUAGAGAGCGUUGUGCUAGUUAGAAAUAAAAUAUUUUUAGUCUAAUUAUUGUCUUGUGGCUCCUUGAGACCCCUCGCACCCCCAACCCCAUGCAUUGACUGCAGCCAGAAGUGGGGUUUCAGUCAGUUCAUCAAACUGCAUCCUUAGAGUACAAGAAUAGGUUUGCAAUAAAUGCUCGUGUGAUUUGAUUUUGGACACAAAAGUAGUACCUUUGGGUGCAAGACAACAUUUUCAUUGGAAAAUGUAAAUUAUUACUAUUUUGCACCUAUUCACUGCCUUUCUUGGCUACUGCUCCAGAGCCAGCCAUUUAUUUAUUUAUUUAUUUGAAAUCAGCUCCCUCUCUCUCUCUCUCUUCCUGGUCAUGCAGUGAGUGUGAUAACAUCAUGAUGUCAUGAAGCCAUUUGGUCACAUGACACCGCUAAGGCCCAAUGAAAAUAACUGUGAAUAAGCGGUUAGAGAGAGAUGGGGAAGUAGGGUAGGCUGACCCUCCACAUCUUUCUGCAUUGCAAAUAUUUACUUGUCCUCCAUUUGCCUUCCCUGCAAAUGGCUGAACAUUUUCACCCCCUUUUUGCAGCCCUCUGUGGAAAAAAAAGAAUAAAUGAAGGGAAGAUGCUUUUUCUGGCUGUUAAAGUGUUUGCAAAAUGUACCCUUUACCCCUUUCAGCUCAGCCUUAGUGGAAACAUUUGCUUUUGAGACCUCUGAAUGCAGAGACUGUAACAUUAAAAGUUCUGUUGUCAGAUAAAAAGUGCUAAAUGAUGAGAGUCAUCAUGAUAGAGUUAUGAGCCAUGAAUUCGAAUGCCUUAUUUCCUAAGCACUUGAUGCUUCAAUCCUUUCCUAGUGUCUGAGCUUGUUGUAUGUACACAUUCAGGCUUUUGUCUUCAACAAUGAGGGGCAGCAACUCUUUAUUCCAACAUGAAAGCUGAAAUUUUCAUCAGUAUUAGUCAUCAAGCAUAACAGCUUUUGAGCUGGCUCCUAUCUACAUAUAUACUUUUUCUAUUGACGUCAUACAUUUGUCACAGUGACGGCUUGCCCUUAGUACAAGUCAGUCAUUUGGCACCCAUACUGCAACAACACCAGCCUCCCUGUCAUGCUGCUGGGGUCGUGACCCGAGUGAUCUGCUUUUCUCAGGCGAUUUACUGGCGCGCAUGUGUCAGUGAGUGGGCAGAGGAGGAGGAGCAGUGGUUGAGACCGCCUCCCCAUCCUGACCCUUUCAGGGAGGAGGAGGAAGAAGAAGACAGUACAUAUUUACAGUAGUGGUUUGCAGGGAGGGUCACAGCUCAGAGGCAGAUGAGGGGAAAAGUUGGGAAAUAAUGGGAGAGGAGGAGCAGGCAGAGCCAGAGCAGCAGCUGGCUGACACGUUGUCAAUAGAAAGCAUUCCAGACCCACCAUCUCCCAGAACCUUAAAAGCAGGAGAGAAAAGAGCUCUAAGACAGAGCGGCACCCGUAGAGGAGGUGGUGAUGAUGAUGAUGAAUGAGGAAGUGGGAGAGACAGGGUGCUGGGGGCGGAGAUUCACUCGGGACAACGCCAUUAUCCAAGAAGCUGGGUUCUAUAGCCUCCCUCUGUAAAGUUUGAAAUAAAAAAAGGACUGUAAGAAAAUUUUCCUUGUCUUCAUGCUUUCCUGGGCAGUGAGCCGGGAGCUGCUGACAGCAUCCUGACAGCAUGGAAUCGAUUUACAGUGGUACCUCGGGUUACAUACGCUUCAGGUUACAGACGCUUCAGGUUACAGACUCCGCUAACCCAGAAAUAGUACCUCAGGUUAAGAACUUUGCUUCAGGAUGAGAACAGAAAUCACGUGGUGGCGGAGCGGCAGCAGCAGGAGGCCCCAUUAGCUAAAGUGGUGCUUCAGGUUAAGAACAGUUUCAGGUUAAGAACGGACCUCCAGAACGAAUUAAGUUCUUAACCCGAGGUACCACUGUACUCAAGUGCAUGAUGAGUGCCACAAUAGCACUCAUCACAUCAUGCCUGUAACAUACAUAUUGUACAUCAGCUUCAAGGUCCGGCUUCUACCCCUGGCAUCUUCAUUAGCAAUGCUAUGUAGGCUUCCUCUUGAGAUACAUUUACAAAUCCACAAGUAUCUUUGUCCUUCUCCAAACACAUCUAGUCUGACUACACGUGAAAUGUAAACGGAUGCAGAAAGCAGACUCCAACUAGUGCGCUGAACAUUUUAUCGCCUUGCAAAAUGUCCAAGGUGUUCAAACAUGACGGUUCAGGAAGGAAAGUUGAAAUACGGAUGCUUCCUUUUAUUCUAAUUAUAUAAUGCUUUCUCUUGACAGUCUGUCAAGUGGUUCAAUAGAUCAAGUACAAGUUCUAGUAACUUACUUUGUUCGUGACUGCUAUUCAUGGUGAAGGUUGCACCUUGAAAGUCUAGACAAUUUACUAUAGCAUGAACACCUGUAGGUCAGUACCCAUUUCAUCAAAGAGGUUAGAAGAAAACCUUGAGCUUAUCAGCUACUUUUUUGUUACUGAUAGUUAAAAAUAUGUUUAUGGCUUUGAUCCUGUAUUUUCUUACUUAGAAGCCCCUAAGAUAUCCGAACAAUGUACAUUGAAAACAAUAUUUUAAACAUCGAAUCCUUCUUUGAGUUCAGUGGGAUUUAUAGUCUUAUUAUUAUAUAUUUAUUUAUACCCACCUUUUCCCCUGAUGAGACUCAAAGCAGAAUACAGGUAAAAACUGGAACCACUAAAAACACAGAAAAAUCAAUUAUUAAAAUGCAAUUAAACACUGAUAGAAUUAAAACUAUAUGCAUAUAUAAAAUCUGUUUAAAACAUACCAGUAACUACAAUAAAAGCAGCAUGGCACCAGCCCUUUAAUUAAAAGCAGUCAAUUCCCCAAAGCCUAUUGGAAGAAGAAAGAUUUCGGCUGCCCGCCGAAGGACAGCAAGGAGGGUAUCAGGCUAGCUUCUCUAGGGAGGGCAUGUCAAAGUCUGAGAGCAGCCACUGAGAAGGCCUUCUUCUGUGUCCCCACCAAGUGAGCCUGUGGGUAUUUAGUAAGAGUAUUUAAGACUGCAAUUUUACACAGUAAUCCUAUGCAUUACUCCUUGGAAUAAGUCCUGAACACAGUGAGGCUAAAUUUCAAGUGAAGGUCCAUAGGAUAGGAUUAUGCUAGUAAUUAUGAGAUUCCUGCAUUGCAGGGGGUUGGACUCGAUGAUCAUUGGGUCCCUUCCAGCUCUUAAGAUUCUACGAUUCUGUGAUUCUAUGCUACAAACUUUAAUUACGGUAGAUAGACUCAUCUGUAUGGUACAUUCAUUUAUAUGCUGGUGCUCAAAUGCAUAUAUUUUUACUUAGUAGCACACUUUAGAUGUGAGAACUGAGGAUCUGUAUUUUGUUUUCAUGAAUUAAUUUCAAGAUGGCCUUGAAAUCAAAGCUCCUUCAGACUCGGUAGGUAGAAUAGCAGCCCUGUUCUGAAAAGGAUCUGGCUCUUUGGAAUGGUAGGUGUCUUUCACUAGAAAAUCUAUGUGAUAAAACCACCUUUAACAAAUCAAAAGUCCACAGGGGGUUUCUCUGCAAAAUGCAAGCAGAAAAACUCGAUGGUGUACAGAGUACGAAAAAACCUUGCCUGGCUUCUCUUAUUUUCCUGAAGGUGACUUGCACCACUGCUGAGAGGUGGCAAAAUUUCAUCUGUCUUGAUAAUUAGAAUAUGCUUUGCUAGUGGGCUGCAAUUGAUCCGAUUAGCUAAGUAUACAUGCUGUACAUUUAAGGCUUCUAAUUAAAUUUCCUUGAGUUACUUUCUCUCCAUGGCGUAUAUGCCUUCCCUGAGGGUAAUCCUCAUAGAAAUCUUACACAGAAACAUUGAUUUCCAGUUUAAAUGAAUCACACAUGAACUUCAAAGCAAGACAUGUUGAAAAGUGGCCAGAAGGUGCUCAUCUUUGUAACUUUAUGAAUUGUCAGACUCGCAUCUAACUCACUGCCUCUGGAAUCCACUGUUUUGAUGUUAAAUAGAUAUGACUGACAAUAGGGAAGAUAACUGAGUCAGCUCUGAGUUGGAUAUAUAUCACACACACAUACAUUUUGAUAUGGCGGCGGUCAGAGUCAAUCAGGCAUAUAACUUGACGUUCUGUUUAGGUUAUUUUGUACUGAUUUCCUAAACCAGUGAACAUAUAUUUGCAUUCCCCAUAACGUCACUGCUGUUGAACUUGUCUUUUUUAUGACUUUUUUUAAAAUCACUUCUACAGAACAAAUAAGCAGGGAACUAAGAUGUUAUUAUUGCCUUAAAGGGAGAAAAAAAGGAUAUUCCCCAGUGUUCUUAUAGUCAUCUUAUGCAUGUUGGAGCAUUUCGUAAUUACUAGAAAGCAAUAGUGUUUUAAAUCUCUUUGGCAAGAGGGGCAUGGAAAUCUCUUCAGCUCCAAGUUCCUGGCCAGAUGUUUGUUACGUAGAUGGUUUUCAGAAUGCAGUUAGCUGAAAUAUAGCACAUUCCUAGAAAUGAUAUAUAGCUGUUUGUGUAUAUUUUAUUUCAUGCAGUUAGUUUUGGAAUACUAGAUGAGCAUGGCAAAUAGUGCUGAUAACAAAUAGGCAGUUUAGCACUAUGCCCAAAAUUUCUCUCACAUUUUUUCCACCACUCUUUGGCAAUUAAUGUUAUAAGAAACUGCAUUUGAAAACUUUCAAAGGGAAGAGGAAAUUUCAGGAAAAAAUUGAAGGCUACGUACUGACAUAUUUUUGCCAUUUCUUUUUCAGCUAAGUGGGCUCUGGUCCCCUGCUCACGUUGCAUGCUAACCCCCCACCCCUACUCACCACCCCACACCCCUUUCUUGUCUUUGCUUUCUUAAUGCUUUGUGUCAUGUGGUGUUUUACACAUAUUAAUAAUGUCUCCAUUACAUGCCAGUAGCCGCAGUGGGAGCAAGACUUCUGUUGCCGGUGUCAAGAGCCUGCCGUGAAGGCAUGGUAGAGGCACUUAGAGCAGCUCCAUGAGGCUUCCCCUUCUCUUCUUUCUUCAUGAGGCUGAGCAAGCUCGUGAGUUUGACUCUACCGCUGACUGGUAGAGGCUUUCCUGAGUUUCAUUCUGGUGAUUGAAUUUGGGACCUUCUGCAUUCAAAGCAUGCACUCUGUCCUUGAGCUAUGGCCCUUCCUAAUCUGCGGCCCAUCCAGGCUGAUUGAUGUGUGGGCUACUUGUGAGCAAGCAGCCAGUCUAGCAGAUUCUUUGUCUCAUCUUCCUUUUCUCUUAGGUGUUUUAGAUAGAAUCUUAGUUGGAACUGCUCCCCCACCCCCCGUUCCUUAAUUUUAUAUAUUUUUUAUAUUUUUAGUCUGCCUUGUAUUUUCUUUUGUUUAAUAUUGUGUUUAUGGGCAUUUUUCAGUUAGUUUUUACUCACAGGAGACCUGGUGAAAUUAAUGGACCUAACUUAGUUAUGUUCAUUGAUUCCCAUAAGUCUAUUCUGAGUAAAAUGAAGUUGAAUACUACCCAUCAUAUUGUCCGAAUUGUUUUUCACUGAUAAAAAUCCUCUGAUGAAGAGCACUUAAUAAAUAUUUAAAUGAACAAAGUCAUUUGUUCAGUACUAGUGUUUUCUAUUGAAAAAGUCAGAUUAGGUGGACACGGGUGGCGCUGUGGUCUAAACCACAGAGCCUAGGGCUUGCUAAUCAGAAGGUCGGCUGUUCGAAUCCCCUUGACGGGGUAAGCUCCCAUUGUUCGGUCCCAGCUCCUGCCCACCUAGCAUUCGAAAGUACAUCAAAGUGCAAGUAGAUAAAUAGGUACCGCUCCAGCGGGAAGGUAAGUGGCGUUUCCGUGUGCUGCUCUGGUUUGCCAGAAGCGGCUUAGUCAUGCUGGCCACAUGACCCGGAAGCUGUCUGCGGACAAACGCCAGCUUCCGCGACCUAUAGAGCGAGAUGAGCGUGCAACCCCAGAGUCGUCCGCAGGGGUCAGGGGUCCCUUUACCUUUACCUUAGGUAAAGCAAAGGAAGAUAUUUGCAAAUAGGUUCCAAUGAAAUCAGUUGUACGGCCUUGCUGUUGAACUUAGACUGAGCUACAAAUGGUGUUUUCACAAAGAAAUGAGGAUUGCUGAUGUAGCAGACUCCAAAGAAUUAUAUAGAGUUGAUCUUUCAUGUGUAUCUUUAGCGAGUGUGUUCAUAAGUGCUGAAUAUAAAGCCAGUUUACUAUACCACAGAAGAUGCAUUUUAUGACUAGACAUACAGUUCUCAAUUAAAUUAUGCAUUCUUCAUAUUAUGUGGCAACUGCAUGAAACAAUUCCUCCAUUUGUUCCCUAAUCAGUGCCAUUGUUAAACAGUAAACUCUUGUAAUGCCAUUAAAAGAGCUGUAUGUUCCUAUUGUUCUCUCUGUCUUUGUUUUAUUGCUUUCUUAUACAGUAGACAAUUGAGUCAAUUAGCUUCUUGGCUUAUAAACAGAAUAUGUGCUUUUCUAGAAUAGAAACUGGGGUGUGUCUGAACAGAGUGGGAGACACAGGCUUUUGAUUUUUCUUGAACGAUGUGUGGGCUGGUUUCAAAUUUCACCAUUUUUUUCUUCUGUUGGCUUCUUUUUCUUUUUCUGAACCUUGAUUUGAAAAAGUUGAGCCUCAUCGUAAUUCAAUUUUAAGGGACAAGAGAGUCUGUUGUAUGGGGGCCCAUGUUAAGGAAAUAUUGAAAUAUAAUCUUUGACAUUCUUUAUGGAUUUAAAGAUUGCUAGCAUGUUGUCGUGCCUGAGAAUGUAGAAAAUAAAAAAAUAUAUUUAACACGAUUAGGUAUAGUGCUAUAAAAUCAUAGCCAUUUAUAUGGUGAAGCAACAAUUUUCUGUGUGAGGCCAAACUACACAUGGCAUUAGUCACUUAGCUCUGCAGGCUCCUCCUACCCUCCUUUAACAAAUAGGCAGUGCAGGUCUCCCAAACCAGACUGGAAACCUUGGGUUUUGAACUCUCUGCCUUCCAUUGUAGGCCUGAUUCGGAUCAGCCCAUCCCCAUUCAAGUUCUGCAACUUGUAUCACCAAAAAGGUCCAUGCUGAAAUGAGUGAAACCAACUGGGGCAAAUCUAGAAGUGAAAAUAGUAACGUCAGUUAUUAAAGUUCCAACAAGCACUCAAGUCCAGUUUGUAUGUUUCCCUAAGGAUAUAGUUGAGAGAGAUUAAGCGCAGUGUCCAGUGAAGUAGUUCCACUAGAGCAAGGAUUUCUGUUUGUGCAACUUGCUACUCUUUCCCUGCCGAUGACCUUUUCAAAUCUGCUCUGGAGGACUGGAAAACCCCAUAACAGAUUUAGGGGCACACAAGAAGAGGAGAGGAGAGGAGAGGAGAGGAGAGGAGAGGAGAGAGGAAGUUAUGUUGUACAGCCAGAAAUCCAUGCACUAGUGGAACUGCUUUGCUGAAUUCUGCCCCAAGGUUGAAAUCCUGUACAGUGGUACCUCGGGUUACAUACGCUUCAGGUUACAGACUCCGCUAAGUCAGAAAGAGUACCUCAGGUUAAGAACUUUGCUUCAGGAUGAGAACAGAAAUCGUGCUCCGGCGGCGCAGCAGCAGCAGGAGGCCCCAUUAGCUAAAGUGGUGCUUCAGGUUAAGAACAGUUUCAGGUUAAGUACGGACCUCCGGAACGAAUUACCGUAUUUUUCGCUCUAUAAGUCGCACCAGACCACAAGACGCACCUAGUUUUUGGAGGAGGAAAACAAGAAAAAAAAUAUUCUGAAUCUUACAAGCCAGAACAGCAAGAGGGAUCGCUGCGCAGUGAAAGCAGCAAUCCCUCUUGGUGUUCUGGCUUCUGUGAUAGCUGCACUGCCUGCAUUCGCUCCAUAAGAGGCACACACAUUUCCCCUUACUUUUUAGGAGGGGAAAAGUGAGUCUUAUAGAGCAAAAAAAUAUGGUAAGUACAUAACCCGAGGCACACUGUACUUGCUUACCUUGAAAUAACCACCACCACCACCACAAUUUAUUAUUUAUACCCUGUCCAUCUGUCUGGGUUUCUCCAGCCACUCUGGGUGGCUCCCAACAGAAUAUUAAAAACACAAUAAAACAUCAAACAUUAAAAACUUACCUAAACAGGGCUGCCUUCAGAUGUCUUCUAAAAGUCAGAUAGUUGUUUAUUUCCUUAACAUCUGAAGGGAGGGUGUUCCAUAGAGCGGGUGCCACUACCAAGAAGGCCCUCUGCCUGGUUCCCUGUAACUUCGCUUCUCGCAGUGAGGGAACCAGCAGAAGACCCAAGGAGAAGGACCUCAGUGUCUGGGCUGAAUGAUGGAGGUGGAAACGCUCCUUCAGGUAUACAGGACCGAGGCCGUUUAGGGCUUUAAAGGUCAACACCAACACUUUGAAUUGUGCUCGGAAACGUAGACAUACAUUCACACUACACAGGAUUCUACUGUUUAUUUAAACUCACCAGACUAUGAUAAUACGUUGUACACCUGUAGUCAAUGCAGAAGAGUAUCUUCUGAUGGCAAAAUUAGUUUUUCAUGCAUGUUAAUUUCCUCUUAAGAAACAUGACUAUGUAAACGCUGCAGCAUUUAAUAGAAUCAUUUACAAGUCAUGUGAAUAGAAGAGGUUUGCCUGCGAUGUUUAAUGGUUAGAGAGAUAAACUUUAAAGCCACCCCAGUUCUAUUUCCACGUGUAAAAGAAUAAAUGUGUCAGAUAUUAAGGUACAUUCUUGGUAGGACUCUUUCUCUCAAGCAGUCAACUAUUUCUUUUUCUUGCUGGUUCUUGCACUAAUCAUUAAUAACUGUACUGUUGUCACACCUCAAAAACAUUCCUAUUGACACUUCAAUCAUUUUUAAAGCUCUUGAAUUGUCAACGUGUAUACAACUAACCUUUUGCACUCUAUUAAAAUUUAAGAACUGCUUGAUUCUCAGCGAAUGCCCAAGCAACUGGAUCAUGAAAGCGCUACUUUGUGCCAAGGGCAUGAUGCAGUGCACCCGUUCCCUUUUAACAAAUAAUAAGAAGUUUGACUUUUCAUUUACACAUUCUGCCAAUUGCUAACAAGUUUCCAUCUCGUUCAAACACUGAAUUGAUCCAAAGAAAUUGAAAAUAUUGAUUUAACCCUCUUCCUGAUUUGUGCUGUGGGCACCUGCUAGCGCAGUCUUAGCACAUUACAAUUGCUUGGCCGUAAUUCCUCAGGGGACCACUAAUAACUACCACAUUUGUCUUUUCAUCUUCUGAAAUUAUGCUAGCAGUUGUCCAAGUCAAUUGUGAUUCAUUUGAUACUGCUCUCCUUCAAGACAUAUUGCAACCAAAUAGACUUGCUCACCAGUAAUAUAUCUGAUGACAUAGUUAGUUCUAGUUAAUUGACAGAAUGAUUCAGGCUUUUAUGGAUGGCAUUAAUUGGUCCCCAGCGUCCAUGCCAUAAUUGACCAGACAGUGUAGACUACAUUAGACUCUCAUCCAGUCAGAAUAGUGGUAAGAUGAGGUAAAUGUGGUACAAAUGAUAAAAUGGCUAUAUUUUAAAUCAAACAUUUAUAAACUAUGAAAGUAGCUGCAUUAAAAGGGUUUAAAUAAUGGAAAUACAUAAAUGUCCACCUUCAAGUAUUUUCCCCGGCCUCCCAGUUAACACAUGUUGCAAAUGAUUCUGAGAUGCCUUAAUGGAACUCACUGAUGAUAGUCUAAUGUGUAAAGUGCAAAUGCUCAAAGACGGUUGGAGGUUUUAGAUUUGAUGCAAUUUAUUGAUAAUUUACAUGCAUACUUAUCACAAUAGAGAAGCGAUCCAUAUUCAUGCCAGUUCAGAGUUUGAAUAAGCCUCCCCUAUUGGUAUAUAUGCUGUAUCUCGAGUCAGAAAAUGUGCCAUAAUGACUUGUUGAACAUUCGGAAGAACUUUACAGUUAGAUUCUUAAUAUUUUAUAUACCAAGGACAGAAAAGGAAUUCGUGAGCUUACCCUUACAGCAAAAUGCACUGUGCUCAUGCCUUACUGAACAGGUGAAAAAAGAACUGGGAAAUAAUUACAGUUUUACUGUGCUCCCAUUUUCCUUUGAGCAACUUAUCAGCUUGACAGGGCAAGAAUAUGGGGCCAAAAAAUAUAUUGAAGAAGGAUGGUAGGUCUAGAGGUAUCUUGACUGCAUGCAAACUUGCCACCACUCCAUGCCAAGUGUCAUUUACUACCAUAUAUCAGGCAAGUGCACAUGCAAGCUGAGAAUAUUAGUAACAUCAAUUUUUUUUAUCCAAUCACACUGUUAAUAUCCUGUGUCUAGUAAUAGUAAUGCACCCGAACUGAAAAAAGUGUAUAGAUUCAAAAGCAUUUGGUUGGAUAGCUGAUCAUUAUUUUGCCACUUUCUUUUCACUUUCUUUUCAUCCUAAACAUUAAUCUGUCAUCAAUAUCUGUGCAACACUACUUGUCUUGGAGCACUUGUGUAGCAGUUGAUAUAUGCCUUCCCUUUUCGAUUUAACCACCCUUAAGGAUUUUGGAUCACCAGCAAAACUUGGCUCAUAUCCUCCAUAAUGCCUACUGCAAGCCAUAGGCUCUUUUACUCUUGUUCUCAUUCCAUGGAAUCAGUGCAGACUCUAAUGUGCAGAUCAACGUUUUGAGUCAUUAUUUUAGUCAAUAAGUUUGAAUAUUUUUAUUUAAGAGUAGAACAAGUAUGUUCUCCACAAGCAGCUCACAUUUUCACUGGGCAAGAGCAGGAAGAGACGAUGGAACUUUGCUAUUUAGGAAUACUAAAGCUCGAAAAUUCUGGAAUCCCCCCAUGAGAAACGGUGGCUCUUUUGAAGUUAAGGAAACUCGGCCACACAUGUUCACAUGAUAAAUAUAUGCUAAAAGCUUGCGUGUAUUAGGGUGAUAAUGUACUUUAGUCUAGUUGAGGAAAUGAAAAACCUGACACAUGGCACCUGGAAAUCUUUGUGACUCACUCCUGCUCUUGACAGAGGGCUAUAAAUUUCCCUGACAGAAAACACAUCGCUGCUGUAAGCUUCACCAGAAACAACCUUUCAUUUUGUUCCUAACAAAUAUGUAUUCAGCUCCUUGCUUUUUAAUGCCUUUAUAUAAACCUUUUACAACCCUGUAGGGGUAACUACGCUUCAUUUCACUCCUUGUGACUUGUGCCCCGUGAGCAACCCUCAACUGAGGGUGACGUUCACUGUGACUGGGCGGGGCAGGUGUUGCUACAAUAUAAUGCACAAUAAAAAACGUGUUAAAAGACGUUUACAGCUGCAAAGCUAACUGCUCAAGGUGUAGGAAAUGAUGGAAAUAAGGUAAGCCUCUAUAUUGAGGGGACUGCCUGCGGAGCGAUUUGAGUUGUACAAGAGGAGAGCCUUUGGACUGGAGGGGAUCCAUGCUGGUGGUAGCACUGAAGCGGUUGUUGCUGGAGUGAGGGCAGCCAAGGAAGGGGACCAUGGCUGUUUAAUGAGGCCUCCCAGCCAGGGAAAUGUAGGGUAAUGCAGAAGAGCAGUAUUAAAAGCUACUGCAUACAGCCUACCUUUUGUCGUGGCAUUUGGUACAAUUCAUAGCACCUGUCAAUAAUCAAAUAAUACUGUAAUUAUUGUAACAUCCCUCUCUUACGAGUUUCAUCAUGCUUUGUAUUUUAAAGCAGUUAUGACCAAACUACACUGUCCCUUGCUGGCUGGGUUGUACUCUAGUUGUUGUUGUUGUUGCUGUUGUUAAUGUUUUCUGCCUGUUUUUCAGCAUGCUGCCUGCCCUGAGCUUUUGGGCUAAUGCAAUAUUUAUGUUUAAGUAAAACAGUGAAGCAGAAUUUCCAAGGCCCUUUUAAUCAAUACUUUUAUCUCUUGGUUAGACAGUUAGUAUUUGGCCUAGUAAGUAUAGAGUUGCUUUCCUACAGAGAUGUGUCUCUUGCCACACACCCUUGAAUAUUGGGGUGGGUGUUCAAGGAUCUCUGUGUGUGGGGAACACCCCCAGUAAUCCAUUUCAGUCUCUUCUGGAUUAAAUGAGCAGAAGAAAUAAACUGAGAGUGUCCACAAGAAAAGUGUUAAAUUGCACAUAUGCAUGUACCCCUGUAUAUUGCCAAAGGCACAAUACAGAUGAGAAUGUAAUAUAGAAGUGUUGGCACAAAGAUCUACACACAGUUCUUGCAUAAUAUGAUACAGGAUACAAAGCCUCACCUUACACAAAUUUAGGUCAGUGGUCGCUCUAGGCCUGAGGAAUUUUCUGCCCAUAUUACAUGAGAAGGUUCAAUUGGAGAUGCCAUAAAUUAAGGGGGUGGGAUUCAACCAAUGAGUCCUGUCAGCAGAAGUUCUGUGCAACAACUUCUGCUUGGGCAGCUGGGCUUCACCCCCACCUGUGUGCCCUCCUUGCACCUCUGAAAUUGACCUGGGGGGUAGGAAAACCCCUGGAACAGCACUUAGGGGGAAGAAGAGUUUGGACUGUUCCAUCUGGUAAGCCAGAAUGCUUGGCCGGAACAAUCACCUUAGUACAAUGCUGAAUUCAUUUCAACACGAAUGGCAAAUGCAAAUCAUGUCUUUCACCACACAGGUAUGUCCCCAGUUAAGUACAUGUUGCACUGGGAUACAAUAUCUUGCCUAAGUGCUUCUGCUGUAAAAUAGAUAAAGCAGUACUAUAUCUACUAACAUUGUCUGUGUGUGUGUGUGUGUGUGUGUGUGUGUGUGUGUGUGUGUGCUGUAGACGUGGUCAUGGUGUGUGGGAUGAAAGGGGCAUGGAAUACAGGGAAUUCUAUUCCAUGAGCAGAAUUAAAUAUACAGUCAUACAUUGGUUCUCAAAUGCCUUGUGACUCAAACAUUUUGGCUCCUGAACACUGCAAACUUGGAAGUGAGUAUUCUAGUUUGCGAACAUUUUUUUUUAAGCUGAAUGUCCUGAAGCCAAUCGGAAGCCACGCCUUGUUUAUCAAAUGGUUUCGUAAGUUGAAUGGACUUCCAGAACGGAUUCUGUUCGAGAACCAAGGUAUGACUGUAUUGCAGCAGAAGCUGCUGGGAAGGUACUAGGGAUUGUAUCCAAUGCUGUUUUCCCCCCACUUGUGGAGCAGACUUCUGCUUGCACAAUGAAACUUGCUCCCCUCUCCCCUGUAGACCCCUGUGCACCCUCAAAAUCUUCUCCAGAGGAUUGGGGAACCUGCAGUAGCAGAAUUUGGGGGUGCACAGGGGGCUACAGGGAAGAAGAAGGAUAAUUCCCUACUGUUUGAGUGGAACUUCACUUGCACAGCAUUGGACACAGUCCCUAAUCAGGAAUUUUAGUAACAAUUGGUCAAUUUAUGAAGUAAAGAGGGCUUGGAAUAAGAUACGAUUUGGGGUAUGGCUUUGACCCCUUGAUUAUCUAAAGCAGCUGCAUGCUCUGUGGAUGAAGGUAGGGCUAGAGUUGAGAGACCAAGAAAAUGAAGCGACUGGUUGAGAAAUUUGCUCUACAGGAGGAUCAGACACAAACUGAAUGUGUCCACUUUUUGGAACAUGUCUCCAUCUCUUUUUGCAUUACAGUACAAACUGUGUGAGUUUAAUGUUGAUGUUUAGCAUCUUGACAUGACAAACUAAUCUGGAUUAAAAUAACAUCAUGCCACCUUGGAUGUUAGCAGACAGGUAAAGCACACAGUUUUAAGAAGAUAAAAUCGCACCUCUGCUUUUGGUUAAUAUUAUUGAGAUCAGUCUUGCAACCAAAGAAUGAGGCUUGCAUCUUGCAGCGGUUAUAUGGGGAGCUAUAGAAAUUGCAUAUUUGACCUAAAAGGCAAAGGCUUUUGAAAGCCAUUGUCUUCGAGGAUUAUAAAGAAAGCUAAAAUUAUAAAAGUGAGAGGCCCUAAAAUAGCUGUUGUGUUCAUAAAUACUGGGUUUUAAUAUAGAACGCGUGCACAUUUCCCUAAUGAUCUGCUUGCAUUUGAUUCCGGUUUAACUCCUAGAGUUGUGACAGCCUUAGCAACUAUGAUGGCAUUUGAGCAUUCCCUUGUUUACUCCCGGUCCAUCCAAGGACUGCUCCCCAAAUCAAUAUCACACGGUGCUUCUAAACUCUGAAAUGGAAUCCUCUGGUCAUCUUGAAAUAUAAGUUGCUGCUGUCAGGAUUCUAAGUUACUGUCAGCUAAAGCCAUUCAGUAUGAUAGCUAUGCUGAAGAGAAUGUGAAUGGAAGGGAGAUAUGCCAUGCGGAUGGUAGCAUUAAGCUCUCCUCACUCAGUCUGCUGGGGAAAUGUUGCUAGCUGCUGGCCUCUGCCUCUGCACAAAUGUGAAUAUUUGAAAGUUUUUCUGUGGUUGCUCACCAAUCGCCUCUUCUUUCCAGAGGUCAAAGAACAUUCACUUCCAUGCUUAAGCUCAUGCCAGUCUCUUUAUCUCACAUUCUGUUGAAACUAAACACCUUCAUCAUGUGCAAAAGGAGCAGCACACGAUUUCUGGGGAGUGGGAUUGUGACCCUGGUCGCAGAGUCAGGUGGCCUGCCUGGCAUAGCAUCCCAAUAGUGUGCUUGACUGGAAGCAGGGUCAGUCUAGGACCACAGUCCCAUUUUCCAGUAAUUGCAUGAUGCCCUGUUUAAAAUGUGAAUGGGACUAUAUAUGAUCAAGCAGAAGGAGUUGCUAAGCAUGGAUUUCUGUGCUGCUGUUUUUGAGGCUGAAGAGUCCUUUGUUGUUGUUCUUGUUGUCGUUUAGUCGUUUAGUCGUGUCCGACUCUUUGUGACCCCAUGGACGAGAGCACGCCAGGCACUCCUGUCUUCCACUGCCUCCCGCAGUUUGGUCAAACUCAUGCUGGUAGCUUCACGAACACUAUCCAACCAUCUUGUCCUCUGUCGUCCCCUUCUCCUUGUGCCCUCCAUCUUUCCCAACAUCAGGGUCUUUUCCAGGGAGCCUUCUCUUCUCAUGAGGUGGCCAAAGUAUUGGAGCCUCAGCUUCAGGAUCUGUCCUUCCAGUGAGCACUCAGGGCUGAUUUCCUUCAGAAUGGAUAGGUUUGAUCUUCUUGCAGUCCAUGGGACUCUCAAGAGUCUCCUCCAGCACCAUAAUUCAAAAGCAUCAAUUCUUUGGCGAUCAGCCUUCUUUAUGGUCCAGCUCUCCCUUCCAUACAUCACUACUGGGAAAACAAUAGCUUUAACUAUAUGGACCUUUGUUGGCAAGGUGAUGUCUCUGCUUUUUAAGAUGCUGUCUAGGUUCGUUAUUGCUUUUCUCCCAAAAAGCAGGCAUCUUUUAAUUUCGUGGCUGCUUGAAGAGUCCUUACUCCUCCAUAGUAAUGUUAUUAAAGCCUCUUUCUCUCCACCCCAGCUGAUUUCCAUGCAAUGGCAUACUGAAGUCUUCUCUGGGGCACUUUUACCAUGUGAAAAUUUCAGCUGAAAAGAUGGUCUUGAUUUGCACUUACCCUGUACCUGCACGACAGGCCACAAGGGUGCUUCAAGUAUAUAAGCUCAUCGGAGGAUAAACAAGCUAUAAGUAAUUUUGCUUUCUAAUAUAUCUAAAAAGAAAGUCACUUUUAGAGAGGGUUAGAGAGCACUGUCACAUGCUGUUCUUCUGGCUGAAUUUUUUUUUUACGUUUUAAAGGAACUUCACCUGAGUGCUGUUAUCUCAGGGGAGUUACAGCGAAGUAUCUUCCAUUUCCCAGUCAGUAUUUCAGUUCUUUGUGGAUGAAAGUGAAGCUUGGUGGAGAGGUAGCUGCUGAUCUUCCAAGUGAGACAGAAAUCUUCUAUGCCUGACCUUCUUCCUGCCUGGCACCUUGCGGUUCAACCCCACUCUGUCAUCCGCAUUAUAGAUCUCUUUACAUAAGUGGCAAAGGAUCAGGUUUAUCCUGUUAAUUCAGAAUGGUCCUUCUAAACUGCUCAGAUUAACACACACAUACACACACACACACACACACACACACACCCCGAUCAUAAGAUGGAUCAUGAAUAGGUGGCGGCAGUUUCCUUGCAAAACUACUCCUGCAUUUGAAAACGAAGGGCGCCUGUUGUGUGCGUGCGCAAAUAUGUCUUUAAUGAAAAUGUAUGUUUGGAGGCCUGUGGCUUCAUUAAUAAGAGCAAAUAUUUUUCCCCUGCACUUCUGGAAAAAUAUCUCUACAAAUUCUGCUCUGACCAAAUAAGCAGUGUCUCACUCAGCACUUAAGAAAGCAAAGUUAGGGGUUGGAUACAUUUAAAAUCCUUCAUAUAUUGGUUAAAUACUUUCCACUUGGCCCUUGUUGGCCAUCUGAACUUGUGAUACUGUGUAACCUGAUUCCAGAUCUUCUUGAUUAACACUGUGUGAGUUUAAAAACAUCUCUAGACCUGCUACAAAUUCAAAAUUUAUUUUCCACACUAGGCAUACCGUAUUUUUCCACGUAUAAGAUGCCCCCAUGUAUAAGACAACCCCUAUUUUUUUUUAACCCAAAAUUAAGAAAUUAAGUUGUUUAGCUUUGUUGGGUGGGGAGGUCACUCCCGCCAAUUGCUCACCCACCGGCCUGCCACUGCUGAUCACUUGCCACAGCCACUUCCAAUCGCACACCUCACCGCAGCCGCCAAUUGCCUGCCUGCUCACCGCCACCAACAGCCCACCCGCCCACUUGCUGCAUCCGCCAAUCGCCUGCCCAGUUGCCACAGCUACCAAUCACCUGCCCAAUCGCUGCUGCCAAUCUCCUGCUUGCUGCUGCCAUUAAUCGCAUGUCUGCAUUCACUAUUCGUGUAGAAGACGACACCCAAUUUUUGCCUGUUUUUUAUUUUAGCAAAAAGCAACGUCUUAUACACGGAAAAAUACGGUAUGUGCUAAACAGUGUCAGAUAAACCACAUAAGUCUCUUUGGCAUAGAAAAUGAAUUGUCACAAUGGUUGUAGCAUUUGAUUUUUGUGUGUGUACUAUUAAUAGGAGGGGUAUUCAAACAUAGGGGCCAGGCUCUUUCACAAAAUGAUACUUGGCUUAAUGAAAACAUGAUUUCUUUUUCUGUUUUUAAAGCUUUACCCUGCAAGAAGCUUUUGUUAUUAAGUCACUAGCUUCUGAACUAAUGAUAGUGUAGGUAGAGAGAACACUUUUGAGGCAGCAUUCCUUCCUGUAUCAAAAGCAGAGAACCUUAAAACAUAGUAUCAGAGGAGGAUGUUGAAAUGACAACUUAUUUAUUAACUGUAACUAAAAUAGUGAUGUGUCAAAACUGAAAAUCUCCUACUCUGCCUUCUGGUGAUUCCUGGCUAGUUAACUUUUGAGAUAUGGCUUAUACGGUUGAAAUUGACUAAUAUAAUUAGUGUAAGUGAGGGCGGAUAGAAAUAUAUUAAACUGAUUGAAAAAUUGAGUUUGUUUAUACUAUGCUGGAAUGAUAGAACUCCAUACUUAGUAGACCCAUAUUCUUUAUUAUGGGGCAUUUAAUAAUGCACAUUUAUGUGGCACCCUGAUAUCAAGAAAGUAAUGCUGUGUAUCAAUAUAUACCCAUAUGUCAUAUAUAUAUAUAUAUAUAUAUAUAUAUAUAUAUAUAUAUAUAUAUUCUCAUUUUGAUCAUGUAAAUAGAUCAGCAUUUAUUUACAUUUUUAUAUUCACUGUGUUUUGUAUUCAACUUUUGAUACUUCUGUUGAAUGAUUUUUUUAAAAUGAUGUCACUGUGGUCAGUUACACUGAGUGGGUCCUAAAUUUCACCAUCUACAAAUGGAAGGACUCCCUUUUGUCCACAGGAAGCUUCUGGUCCAGUGGAGAAAUCCUUCUAGCAGAAGCAGGAGGCUAUUUUUGCCAGUUUUUCUCUCCCCUUGCACAUACCACCCCCACCCCACUCUGGUUCCAGAGGGAUCUCCAGUCCUUUGGAGCAGAUUUUUGAAAGGCAUCAGUGGCUUUGAUGGGAGGGCAGGAACAAAGCAAUGUCUUCCUCUUCAGCUAGUAGGAGCUUCCCUGAGCUGGAGCAAAGCCAUUACCUAAACCUUCAUUGUGAAGCUGGAAGACCUACCUGCACUGGUGUGCUUUCGAACUGCUAGGUUAGCAGGAGCUGGGACAGAGCAAUGGGAGCUCACUCCGUCGCAGGGAUUCGAACCGCCGACCUUCUGAUCGACAAGCCAAAAGGCUCAGUGGUUUAGACCACAGCGCCACAGUUCAAAAGCACACCAGUGCAAGUAGAUAAAUAGGUACCACUGCAGGUAAACAGUGUUUCCGUGUGCUCUGGUUUCCGUUAUGGUGUUCUGUUAUACCAGAAGCAGUUUAGUCAUGCUGGCCACAUGAUCCAGAAAGCUGUCUGUGGACAAACGUCGGCUCCCUUGGCCUGAAAGCGAGAUGAGCACCGCAACCCUAUAGUCGCCUUUGACUGAACGUAACUGUCCAGGGGUCCUUUACCUUACCUUUUGCUAAACUAUACAUUUGACAGCAUACAUGAAUAUAUUUGCAUUAAAGAGUGGAAUCCAACGUAGCACUAAGUGGGGUAUGUGCAUAGGGAACAAGGUCUGCUUGUGCAAUAGGACUUUCCCUCUUCCCUCCAUACACCCUCUAAACAUGUUCUGGGGAUACCCCAAGCCUCCAGAACAGUUUUACAGUUGUCUGGAUGCAUGGGGUGGGGAGAGAAGGGGGGAGCCCCAUUGCGUGACCUGACCAUGUUAUUUGCGGGCAACAACUUAAUGGAGUCCUGCCUGUUUCUUCCAUUUAUUCUUAGGCCUCUCUGGUUAAUCCGUUUGAAAGGUGCACAUGUUGUAGUGUGACAUUAGCAUAACAUAAGCAGAGUAUUUUGGCAACUCUCUAAAUUCAAUGAGUCUUCAAAGUGGUGUUAUGAGCAAUGUCAUUAACAGACUUGGCCUUAUUCUCACAGAGAAUAUCUUUCCAAUCUUGCAAGAAAAUAAUUUUCCUUUCAUAUUAAAUUACUCCUUUCCCCAUAAAUUUUCCUUUAUGCUAUAAUGUAAUGUGAACAGUGAAAAACUCUACAUUUCCUGGACACAUAUAUACAGUUAAGAACUGAGCUUAAAAAAAAAAGACUGUAUGAGAAUCUGAAACUUAUCCAAGCUAACCGUUCUUCAUUCUUUAUUGAGAAAGUUAAUCAGCAUUUAGAAUAAAGCCUCUUCAAAUGAAGACUGCAAGCCAACUGUAAUUCUUCUGAAAAAGGAACCUCCUUUUUCCUUGGCAAAACUGAAGCCACCAACUGAGAAAUUCUAUUUUGCUAAUUUUUAUCUAUUAUGAUGCAAAUCCUGAUUUUAAUCCCCCUAACUCAUCCAUCAUGCAUGACAGAUGAGCCAACCCAUUGUCUACAUAUCUGAAGGAUUUCUGUCCAAGUUGGACUUUUCACUAUGAAUUCUUGGCAGAAGAGUACUUGUUUUAAUUUGUUUGGUGCACCGUAUAAAUCAGCACUUUCUAAAAGUCAAAUACAACCUCAGCAUAUAAAGUUCAUAUUUGAUUAGUUUGUUGGCCUGUUACCGCAGCAAGAAAAAUAGUGGUAAUGAUCUUUCUACAAACUGUUGUUCUAUUUCAUCUUCCUUGGUCAGAACUGCAGAUUGUGGUUUCUUGUGGUUGUGUGAUGUUUUGAGAAAUCACUAAGUAUUUCUCAGUGAAUUUCUCAGUGAAACAUGAUUCACUUAAUAUUGCAUAGCAAAGUAUAUAAAUGCAAAUUCAUCCAAUGUAAAUCUUAAGUAUUCUGUUGCUGAGGCUCACAGCACUGUGGGGGCGGGGAUCUGAAUCAUUAAUUGUGUAAACUCAGGUGCCUAAGACCAUUAAACAUUGUAUGCUUACUCCUAGGAGUAGCUGUGUUUUAACGGAAAAAUGGGUUUUCAAAAGCCACAAUCCAAGACAGAACAAGAAGUGCUUUGCACUAUUCCAACCAAUGGGCUUAAUCACGUCUAAUGUUGGGCUGGGUUGUGGUCUCUGAGAACAGAAUUUCCAAAACUAUAGAUUUGUCAUCAACGGCUAGGAUACUUCAGGGCAAAUAUAUUAAAGGCAAUGGAAUGGGAUAAGAAGGAGGUUACAGCCAGGUCAUUGGAAGGUUCCUUUUGUAAAGAAGAUGGCGAAAAAGAAAAAAAUUCAAGGGAGAGAGAAGCCAUUCUGCUUUGGGGAGUUCAUAGCAAAGGAUUUGAAAGUAGUGGGCAUGAAAUGAAUUAUUUUAGUGUCCUUAUUUGGCACCCUAGUUCAUAUUUCAUGCAGGAACGAAUGAAUUGGCUAUAUGGUCAGAGCACAAUGUCUAGAGGAAUUGACAUGAAUUUUCUCAUGGGCACAUGGCAAAUGAUAUUUUGAAGAAGAUAUUAAGGAAUGACAUAUAUAUACAUAUGGUGUGUGUUUUGUAUUUGUAAUAAUUACACUAGCCUACAGUUUAUUUACAUUUGUAACAUUUAGCUUAUGAAAGCAUCCUAAUAUUAUUGUAAUAUAUACUUACUAUUGUAUAUAAGCAUAAUAGAUACACAAAUAUACACACACAGAUAAAAUCAUUGUCAGCACAAUGCUUCCAAAAGUAAACCUGUACUAUUGCAUCUCAACUGGGGAAAUCCAACAGAGAAAGCAAAACAAUAUGGCAGAAGAAUAUUGCUGGCUUAACCAUGAAGGAUCAACACCCAAUUUUUUUUUCCAGGGAUGCUAAACCUCUUGUAGCUGCUAAAUUGGAUUUGCAGCUGAAUGAAGUAUCAGCUGCUGUUGGACAAGCCCAUAAAAGCAUGAUGGCUGGCCUUUUGUAGGCAGGGCUUAGAGGACGAUUGAUAUGUUUUAGCACUUUUAGGAUUAUUGUGAUUAAGAGGAAACCACUCUGAAUGAUAGGGAAAGGGUGUAAAAAUGCAGAGCCCACAGCUGGUAAGCAGCAUGUGUUUGCUAUGAGGGGAGGUCAUGACUAGUUGAUCCUGCUGGUUGUAGUGUUGAUUGGCAGAUAAGAAAACUUGAUAUUAUGAAGCCCGGGAUUUCCUUAAAAGAAUGUGGCUUUGGAGGGCCAGCAAAACAGAUUUAUCAGAAUAUAAUAUAAAUACAUUUAGAACUGUCUUGCAGUUAAAAUUCUAGCUGCGCGGUUUUUAAAAUGAAGUAAGGCAAAAUAAUAAUAAUAAUAAUAAUAAUAAUAAUGCAUUCUAAUGAUAUUUUCCCCAUCCUUUAGGCAAGUAUGGUCUUUAUAGAGAGCAAAGUUUUUAAGGCAGUGUACAGUGGGGAGGGAAUCUAGAUAUGUUGAAAUUAAAUUUUCUGCAAUUGUAAAACUGUUAAGCAUCUGGCAGGGCAGAUAUACUUUUGUCUGUCUGCUUAUUGGAAGAGAGAACCCUUCGAAAGCUGCUCCUCCCCACCCCCACAUGAAACACCUGCCUCCAAAAGCACGAGAGCGUUUUGUGCGUCUGCCUGCACUCCCUAGCCUUCUUUCUUUCCCUCAUUUGGAACCGAAGCUCAUUUAGCUGACUGCUUUUUAAUUUUUAUUUUUUUAAAAAAAAAACCCACAAAAAACACACACACGCACCAUUUGAAUCCUUGCAAAUGUGCAUUUAAAUGGUUGAAUCUCUAGCUCCCUUCUUCUUAUUCUUUCCCCCCUUUUCUCCCUUUUUUAAGUGGGGCUGUGCCUCUUUCAAAAUUUGAGUUUAGCAUACCACACAGGAAAGAACACAAGCUUGCCAAGUCCUGCUGAGCGUUUUUUCAAGCCUGUGAAAAGAAUGAAUUAUUCAGCAGUAAGCAUGCUUACAGCUGGCCAUUUGGGAGCUUUGAUGUGCGAAUCAGGCGGUUGCAUGAAUGCCCUUAUUGUCAUGUUAUGUGUACACAGUGUGUGAAUUAUUGAAAAUAGUGAGGCCUGAGCCUCAUCUGGUAGAGAUUACAGUGCAGGCAUGCUGGGUGAAGGUCUGUAAUUGAAAAUCCCCAGAUGCUGUUUAUUUGGCCUAUGUCACAUGACCUUCUGCAGUAAGCUUGUCUGAACAAAACGCUGCCUGCAUAGGAAAGCGUUGCCCAAUCUCCCACCCCACCCCUUUCCUGUAAGCCUUCUCAAAACUGACUAAGAGGAACACUCUAAACACUCGCUAUGGGGAUGACUUAACACCUGCCUAUAAUAUUUUUUAAAGGCUUAAGAAAGAUUUUGCUCAUGGCUUUAAAAUAGCGGGUGUCUUAAAAUCUGUUUAAUCAGUUGUUGACUUUUAUCUACAAGAGAGGUUUCUUGUUAACUAAUUUGGAUUUAAAAUUUCUCUCCCCUGGCCACAAAUGCUACACAAGGUGGAUUUUUUCUCCUUUUUUUCUUUUUUGCUCGCAUGCACACACACAUGCACACAGGCCUUUAACACAGGCGCUUUCAUGGGUAGGCACGCAGAAUUUUAUUGUGGUGUAAGAUGCUAAAAUCCUGGAAGGCCUUAGAGCAUUCAGAGAUUCCUAAUGCUGGUUUAAAGUUUCUUAGGAAUGCUUCUAAUGAAGAAUAAUUCUCAGACGUCACCAAUCCAAAUGGCACAAAAAUCUCUAUUAAAAGUUAGUGAGACAAAAUUUGGUUGGAUCUAGGAUUUCAAACAAAAACUUGCAUGUUCUCUUCACCUGAGUAAAUUUGGUGUUAGAAUUUGUGCUGAGUACCUUAAGGUUACCAUAUUUUUUUCAAUGAAUCCGGAGACCUUUUCAGCUUCAAUGGAUUUUGUAUGGGGACUGAUUUAUAAAUCCGGGGACUGUCCCUGGGAAAUGGGGAUGUCUGGUAACCUUAGAGUACCUUCCAUAGGAAAUCUAAGUCUUCCCUCUUUGCUCAAACAUUUAUGAACAGGGAUAAGGAUGUAUUUUAUUUGAAUUUUUUUAAUCAGGUCUGUACUUGGGUGGGGAGGAAGAGUGCCUAAGACUGCAAUCCAAUACCCCUUUACCUGGGAAUAAGAACCAUGGAAUUUAAUAGGAGCUAUUUCUGUAUAGGAUUGUUCUGCUUAACAUCUUAGGAAUUUUCCCAUUUUCCCGGCAAGGGCUUGACAUUAUUUUUCCAACCCUGAUUUAAAUAAUGUGGGGGUUAAAAAAAAAGUUUUGUUUUUUAACAAAGAGAUUUUUGACAGGAUUGUAUAUUAUUCACCAAGCAAAGUAAGGUUUUGGUUUAACUACUGCUCCAUUGGCCUUCUGUUUGUGUAUCAGUUUCUUUGCAAUGUGAUAAUGCAGUUGGAGAUUAAGAUAGAAGAAUGAAAAUUUGUACACACAUCCAAGGCACAAUUCAACAUUUCUGAUUUUCAAAGUUCAGACCUGAGUUUGAUUCCCUCAUGUGCCUUGAUGAAUUCCUGGAGGCUUCUCCAUACACUGUAUUUCACAACUAUUUUUAUAUUGUAAUAUCCCUUUGGCUUUGCUUACUUUUCUUAUUAUAUUACUUUUCAUUUUUAUUAUUUGUAUCUUCCCUCUUAGACAGAGUUAUCAAAAUUUCCAUUGACAACCAUAAUUCUUUUAAAAAACAAAACUUUGGAAGGAAUGGAUCCAUGAGGAGACGUAUUGGUGAGGUAGGGGGAGAGAAAAACGAGAACAGAUUGAAGAACAGAUUUUCAAAACACCGAAAUUAGAUAAAUAGGCUAAAACAAACAAAAACAAAAGCACAACCUCUUACACCAAGAGAAUAUUUUGUUCCUUUGGAUGUGAAGCAGGGGAGCAGCAAAAGGAUCUCAUCAAGACUCAGGUGUGUGGUACAGUGGUACCUCUGGUUACGAAUGGGAUCUGUUCUAGAAGCCCGGCCGCAUCCUGGAAACUUCAUAACUGGAGACACCCUUCUGCACAUGCAUGCGGGGCGAAACCUGGAAGUAUACACUUCUGGGUUUUCCGCGUUCGCAACCCAAAGUUUAUGUAUCCAGAGGGAUACGUAAGCAGAGGUACGACUGUAGGGAUUAUUUAGCCUCUCUCAUACCAACCAGUUGGUCUUACAUGAGGGAUGGGCAGAAGGUGUAUAAGGAUCUAGUUCAGGCAUGGCCAAACUUGGCCCUCCAGCUAUCUUGGGACUACAGUUCCCAUCAUCCCUCACCACUGGUCCUGUUAGCUAGGGAUGAUGGGAAUUGUAGUCCCAAGACAGCUGGAGGGCCAAGUUUGGUCAUGCCUGAUCUAGUUAUAGACUUCUAGAUAGAAUCAUAGAAUUGGAAGGGACCACAAGGUUUUGAAGUGGAUCAGCAAGGAUCUCUGGCUCCCAGCAACAAAAAGACCACCCAACCCGCCCAAGAAAUUACUGUUGAAAUCAAGAUGGGGAGGGUAACCUAAAGUGGACUUUAUGUGGAAAGACUUUUAGUUCGCUUUAACUCUGGGACUCUAAUCAAACCCCCAGGCGAUUUUUUUUUUUUUAAUUCUGCAUACACAUCUUUUGCACUUGGCUCCAGUUGCUAUAUCUUCAGGUUCUCGGGGAUCCUGAAAACCAGAUGUCUGCUGCCAUUUCAUAACAUGACCACUGUGCUGAGAGAGAAGGGGAUAGUCCUGCUUACCCAAGAACAGGCAUGUGAUGGUGAUAAAGAAUGUGGAACAUAUAAUGAACUUUACUCAGCUGAGCUUUUAAAUAAAGCUAGCAUAUAGUCUGAUGAUCUGCAGCACCUGACACAACUAGGUCUGUUGAGUUUUUAAAGAAAAUGUCUUGAAAUCAAGAGGCUGAAAUAAUAACUAGAAAUCUUGGACAGGAUGGAUUUCUGUAGCAGAAUAGUCACAAACAAGCAUACCUUCAUAAUCUCCGGCUGUACCACAGAGCUAGAUCAUAUUGAGGAUCCAAACUGAUUGAAGGCGGUACUGGAAAGCUGGGGUUGUUUCAAUCUUAAAUCACCUCUAUGGACUAAUAAUAUCACCCUGUUAGGAAGGAGAAAAUGGAGAGGUGGAGCCAAAAGCACACAGAAACAUAUGGUGUUAUAUAUUGAAACAGCACAGUUGUCACCAGUGUGGCCAACAAGUUCACACAAGUUAUUUGCUCAGCCACUAGCCUGUCCGCCCACACAAAGUCAUUUGAAGCCUACUGAUGGACUAAGAGACUCUCUUCCAGUUCACAAAAGGUUUCUUGUUUGCUGUGGAUGAUCCAGUGAGCAGUUUAUAAGUCCUGUAGUCACUCUUCCAACAUUUGAUUACAAGAAUUCUGACUCUGGUAUUUUGCAAAGAUCCAAACACAGAAUACAUUGGUGGUUUUCAAAUAGAAACAUUUUGGGCAAACAGUAGCCAGACCUUUGCUAUUGGAAAACGCAAUGAUAUUUCACAUUGUGCCAUAAAUUUGCCAAGGAGAAAAGUAAAUUGAUUGAAUGAACUGGGGAGAUUCCAUAUUUAUUUGAAUGUCCUCAUGUCAUUUAACUCUUCUGUUGUGGAGAGGAGGGGCUUGAGAUGACCUCUGUGGUCCUCUGCCAGUCUCCUGGGUACAACCCCACACAAGUGUGAUGCUUUCUUUACUUUUCUCAAGACAUAUCUAGUAUUAUAUGAUGUUUUUGACUCGGGGGAGGGAUGGAAGAAGAAAGCACAGGUUGUUUCCCCUACUUAUUUUGACUUAGCUCAUGUUAGCCAUUAAAAGAAUUGUAGUUUAAAAUUCUAAAAGUAUUGCAGUUUCUAUUAUCAGAUUGUCAUGGCCUCCCAGAAUGUUGCUGAAUUUUGCAACUGCUUUUGCAGGAGAAUUCUCUUGUGGCUCAGUCGCUAAGCUACUGUUUAAAAUAUAUUUUUCUCAGUCUCUUCAUUCCACAUGCCGGCUUGCUUGUGCUAUUUCGUUUGAAAAGACAAUUUUUGGGCACAGGACCUGAUCCAUUUGUAAAAUGCACAUAAUACUUGUUGCUGAUCUGUAUUUUUAAAUUGUGCAGCUCUUCGCAUUUAUACCUUCAAGCUGAAUUUCUGUUUUUGUUCUUCAUUGUAAAUCUGUAUUUGUUUCAGGUAGGAAUGAACUGAUAGCCAGAUACAUCAAACUUAGAACGGGAAAGACACGGACCAGGAAACAGGUAAGGAAAUCCUGCAGGAUAAAAACUGUGCAUGUCAAUGAAUGACAGAAUGUAGCAGUCUUGGCUGCAUUGGCUGCCUUUGCUUCAGCUCUGGUUAGUUCCUGCCUUGCUUUUUCAGUGUAUUGAGUUUGUGUUCAGAAAUAAAAUACUGCUGUUUGUGCCAUUCAUCACUUCAGUGACAACUUCCUUAAGCACACCGUAUGCUUGCAGUCAUAAGUACCUAUCUUUUAAAAAAACAACUAUUGGAUGCAUUAAUCAAUUAAUUUCAGAAUUACUGAGUUGCUAUGAUGGGACAUAGUUGUGUUUUCUUCAGCUGCUCUUGUCCUCCCAGCCCAUUCAUUUGGCUUGCAAAGGGCAAGAACCUAAUCUGGACUGCCAAAAUCAAAUCCUUCCUUUUGACGCUAACACGUUAUUAAAUUGCUCUUAUGAGAAGAAUCCUAAUAAUAUUUGGGGAGCAAAAGUGGUAACAGGGAUCUUGUGGUGACUUCGGGAGGCAAUGGCUGACAAAUUUCAAGGUGCAUUAUUAUAUUUAUUUUUAUUUAUGUUCUUUAUUAAAUCUGUAUACUGCCCUUCAUCCAUAGCUCUCCGGGCGGUUCACAACAUAAAAAUCCAAUAUAAAAACACGUCGUUUUAAACUCAUCCAAAUAUAUUUAAGGAAAUCCUUUAGUAAAAGGAACAGAAUGCUUUACAGCAAAGAGCAGAGAAAGGGUAGCAAAUUGCAUGUUUUCUUAGGUAAAGUCAUCCACCCAGUUUGUAGGCCAUGCAAGAUCCAAACUUAAGACGGUUCCCCAAAGUCCUUUGUUCAAGCCAUUUCAAACAGGGACAGCCUCAUGUUGUCUCAGGACAAAGGAGCAAGAAAAAGCAGGAAGUUUACAACAUGAUUAGCAAGUUACAACUGGAAUUUCUCCAGACAAAGAAGAAUGUCCCCAGAACCUGCUAAGAGACCUUUAAUUGUAUCUCAUAUGUCUCUUCCUUGGUAUUGAAAGUGUAUCCAGGCAGGAUUGGCAGAAAGGGCUUUUUUUUUUUAACCAAUGGGACAGAGAAUUGAAAACUAGCUAAUAAUGAAAGAGUAGGCAAAUAGAGGUUUUCAUGGAAGAUCUAGAGGAGGAUAUGUCCUUCUGUCAAUGUAACAGAGAAUCCACAUCUGUCUAUUUGCAUGAGAUGGGAUUUGGGAUUCUUUUUAUUUUUUAAAUUUUUUUAAGCUACUUACAUUGCUGUGCAAGCCAUUCAAGCCUGUUGAAUUAUUAGAGUUAUAGCUGCUCUCUCACAUUUUUAUGACACAGGAAAGUAACACAAAGUACAUUUAUGUGCUGAGGUGACAAAGCUUGGUGUGCAUUACAACUUCCGAGAGAGACGCAGAAACUGUGAGGGUUGUCUGUGCUUCAUGUGAAGCUAGUAACUUUGUAUUCCCUUGUAAUUUUUUCAUCAGAGAUUAUGGAACAUUCUUCAUUUACAUAUGUAAAUCAACAUAUGCCACUAUGCAUGUCCUUUGUGAGUUUUGCACCCAUUUCAUUUUCAAGUAGGGAUCACCCUCGCCUUAUGAUGUUUAUUAUCUCACUUAGCCUUGUUUUUAUCAUAACCCCACCUGCAAGAUUUCCUAAAACAUUCUUAAAAAUAAAAACAUGGGGUUUGUAAAAGGAUUUUGAUCACCCAAGACACACAGACAUUUCAAGCCUAUUUGCGCAACUAUGAUUAGUUGACCCGCUUUUUAAAAUAGGAAAUUUAAUAUUUUGCACUUACGGUUCCUGCAAUUUGGAGCUGUUGAAAAUUUCCUGUACUCAGAAUAAUAAUAAUAAUAAUAAUAAUAAUAAUAAUAAUAAUAAUAAAGUUGGUACCUCUUAAGAAGAGGGCUGUACAAAUGUGUUCCCAGAGGUCAUUUAUUUGGACAUUAGUAAGGUUGCUACAUAGGUCAGAUAUAUCAGAUUUUGGCACUGCAGGAUAUACAUUCUUGUGGGGACUGGUUGGUACAGGAAUGUAGGCAAGAGAUUUUGGUAGAUUACUUUUCUGCAAUGACUCUAAUACAAAUGAAUGCACACAAGGUUCUCUUCCAGGGGUUGCUAUGUGAUUCUGCUGAUCCAGGUCAGGGCCAGAGUUAUGGGUGGUGGAGAAAACAUUUCCAAACCUGACAAGCCUUUUUGAAGGCUCUAAGCCAGUGUUUCUCAAUCUUGCGUCCCCAGCUGUUGACCACUGGUCCUGCUAACUAGGGUUGAUGGGAGUUGUAGUCCAACAAGAGUUGGGGACCCAAGUUUGAGAAGCACUGCUUUAAGCCUUCCUCCAAAGUCAAUGGAGGCCUCUGGGUCUAGGAGCUAGGUGGUGCAUUUGCUCAUGAACCCCGUGAUUCUCCAAAACAAUGAGGGAGUAGAGUUUUGAUUCUUGCCUUGCUGCAUUGCAUACCUUCUGCCCUGGAAUUCAGGGAGUGCAUACCAGGAUUGACCUAGGAUGCUCACAGCAGGUGCCAGGCCAUCUCCUCCUUUAUGUAUCAGAGGACUAUUGACCUUGUGAAGAGAGGUCUAUCUAUCUAAAAAGAAUCACAAACUUUUAUGGAGGCCCAGAAUGAGUUAUGCAGCCCCUUCCAGCUUCCACAAUCUACUCCAGAAUUGCAGCAGACUGGAAUUUGAUGUAGCUUCCCACCAAAGCUUUUCUGCCAUUUAGCUCUGCUCAACUCUACGUUCUUUUUAUUUUUAAAAAAGACACCAUCCUCCUUUUGCAUUCUGAACUCCAUCUUACUCAUCUAGAAUUCUCAGGGGCUUAAUAAUGGUGUGUGUGAAGGGAAGGGUUGAAGUUCCUACAUAGGCAUGCUGUGCCUGUUUUGAGGCAUGGUGAAAGGCAAUGCCAACUGAGGGGAAAAGGGAAGGUAAUGGCCAAAUGCAAGUUGUAUAUGCAGCUACUUAUUUAUAGUGAAAUAAUUGUAUUUUUGCUGGUGAAAUCUAAGUACAGUGAAAUUUAGGCAAGCAGCAACAAAAAUGAGGGGCAAGCAACCAUAAAAAAAGACUAGUAACCCAACCUACAAUGUUAUUUGUGUUUCUUGGAUAAGCUGUUACCUGCAGGUAAUUUGCAGGCUUAAAAACCCCCCACAACUGUCUGCUUUCCUUACAGAACUGGAUGUGGUAUUUUGUGUAUUAUUAUUUUUUAAAGCCUAAGGUAGUUUUCACAAGUAACAUUUUAAUUUCCUAUCAGACAUGACUUCCAAAAUCAGGCAAGAGAUGGACAUGGCUUUGAAGAAUUUGCAUCAGAGUUCACAAGAGACUAAAAGGCAGCAUUAGCAUCACUCAGCCCUUAGGCAUUUCCCUGGAUAAGUAGCAGUUGUGUUCCAUUUGUCUUAGUUACGGUCAGUUCAGAUACCGUGCCAACCAUGGUUGAGAAAGUUUAAUUAUGGCUUAGUUAAAUAAGCCAUCCACUGGCGGAGGAAGAGGAGUGCGGGGGGAGCACACCCUGGCAGCACGAUCCUGGUAGGGUGCCAUUGCAGCUGCCCCCCCCCUGCUCUGGGCGCCCCCCCCCCCCGCGGACAGUGCGCCCCCCCCUGCCUGCUCUCUGCCCCCCGGUGCCAGAGCAUGAAGCUCCGCCACUGAAGCCAUCAUUUGUGAACCAGCGGGCACAAUGCAAAUGUGGAAAUCAUGAUUUUUGCUAACUAUAGUUUGGAGUGGUAUCUCCAUUUAUAAACCAUCGUUGCUGUAACUAAAGACUGCGCAGAGCAGAAGGAAAAUGAAAUUACACAAAUAGCUGCGAACUAUAGUUUACCUAUAUAUUUGGAAGCUCAGCCUCUGGUUUGUGUGGGUGUAAUGUCUGAAUGGAGCCAGUCUUUGCACCAGUUGUAUGUAAACUUAGUUUUCCUAUUCAGAAUACAAGAAGCUGCUUCACAGCAAGUCAGAUCAUUCAUUCAGCUAGUGCAGUAUUGUCUGCAUUGACUGGUGGUGCCUUUCCCCAGUCCUAUUUGGAGAGAAAUUGACCGUGGAAUCUUUUCCAUGCAAAAAGCAUAUGCUCUGCCACUGAGCUGCCACCAAUUCGCAAAGGUUACUAAACAGGGCUUUUAACUGAAGUGGAGAGAGAACAGAAUUUAGGAAUUAUAAUGGAGACAUUUUACUUAUGAAGACAUCCUUUUUUUAAACGUUCUUUGAUCUCCACCUUACCUGUUCGUAUAGCUAGAAAAGUGCCGAGUCCCUGCAUUUUCAUUUAGAAAACACAUUUAAGUCAAAUUGGUGUGGUACAGAACUGAGCCAGAUUCCAUGGACUCCUCCAGUUUACAGGAAUACACAUUCUCUCUCUCUCUCUCUCUCUCUCUCUCUCUCUCUCUCACACACACACACACACACACACAGGAUUUUCUCAGCUGAUUUUGUCAGGUGCCACACAUUCCUCCCAUUGAUUCUGUGUGUUAACCCCUCAAACUGAAUUCAGCAGGAAAGCCUACUUGUGUGGAAAUUCCGCAAGUGAACAUUAAAGGGCUCCUGAAGUUUUAAAAGUAAAAAUAUACCAAUAAAUAAUCCAAUAAUACAGAUUGUCUAUAAAGGGUAAGAAUUGUGUCCCGGGACUAGAUUGUGCUGUGACUGUGGGUCUGCCUGAUGCAAACCUACAGCUACUCUGUAUAAUUACACUGGUAAUACAAAAUAUCCCUCUAAUGAAUAGAUGUGGGAUAUAAUAACUUCCAUUAGUAUCUUUUAUGUGUGAUUCUGAGGAAGUAUUUAUAAAGGUAGUGACUUUCAUGUCAUUCCAGCCAAUUAUCUGACUGCCUUUUGGGUGAAGGUUCCGAAAGUUUCUUUUGGUGAUAGACAGCUUGUCCCCUGGGAAGAUGUUUUAUAGGAGCAUUGAGGUGGGGAGAGGGGUAGUCAUUAGAUUUUUAAUGUUUCUUGGUUUCAUUGCAUUUGGAACCAUGUGAUACUUAAUUGCUGAAGUGGAUUAAGGCUUCUUCUAUCUACAUAGAAUAUUCUGUUAUGGAGUUUGCCAGAGAGCUGUGUGGACAUUGCUAUUCCUACUGAUUUGAUUUUUUUAAAAAAGUGAUAUAUGCAUUUGUGAUUGAUAAAAUUCUCUGCAUUAUGGACACUCAUGAUUAACAGAGAAACAGAUGGCUAUUGAAACAGUUUAUUAAACUUGUUAUGUCAAGAGGAAGGAUUUGUGAUUGGGCUUCACCAGUAAACACUGUGUGGAUUUCUUACGCUGCUGGUCAAUUGUAAUUUUCAUCAUACAGGACACAAUACAGAAGUUUAAUGCUUCCUGCAGAUUUUUGUUACACCAGUCUUUUCUAUCCUCAGUAUAAUAAUAGAGCUGUCUUACAGAUGUGUAGCAUGUAGUACUAUUAGUGUGUAGGACAUGGAGCGAGGAAGCCAGAGUUCAAUCUGCACGCAACAACGAAGAACACGGGAUGACCUUAACUUUUUGGUUCAUUGCCUCAAAAGGUUGUUGUAGUGAUAUUGAGAUAGUACCUAUGCUAACUUGAGCACCUUUGAAAGGGGAUAGGAUAUGAAUGUGAUACAGCCAGUAGUCGGCAACAUGAUGGUUAUACAGGGUGGGUCUUUUAAAAGAGGCCCCGUGGAACAUGUGUACUCUGUACACCCUGUAUUUGGUUCAUUCAUUCAGUUUAAAGCGUUGUAAAUUUAAACAGGGAAAACAGGUAGAGAAAAACGGGACUCCACCUCACCAUCUGGUGGUGCAAUGUUAUAUUGCACAUACAGCGCAUAUAAAUUGCUUUUCCUUUACCAGUCUAGCUGAGUCCAGUGUUCUGUUUUUGACAUAACAUUCCCCUCCUCCUCCGUUGGUUUAGUGCAAAAUAAUGACAUGAAACUGACCAUGAGAUAAAUUGCUUACAAAGUUUGUCAUGCUUCUAUUGUAGCCAUAGUGUAGCAAAGAUAGUUUUGCUCCACAAUUAUGACUGCAGUAUUUGUAUAUGCAAUAUUCAUUCAUGUUCCAUUUGAAACUGGGUGUUCCUUAAUUAAUUGCAACGAAACUUAAGAGCUAUUGAAUACAUCAAAAUACAACUUUCUUGGCACUCUGCUUGUCCUUAAAUUUUAUAUAGUCUUAUCAGAUAUUAAGCAAACAUUUGUUCUGAAAAAUAUCUGCAAAUAUUUAUCCAUAAGGCAUGCCUUUACUACAAAGACUGUAGCUGAAAAGGUUUUAAGAAAAGAGCAUGCAGUCUUUAACGGUAGGCAACGUCCUAGUUUCUCUGUCAGAAAAAUAAAUCGAGUAGUCUAAAAUGUUUUCUUCUUAAUCAUGUCACUGCAGUGAUGAUCAGUAAACUGUGCUAAAAGUGUGGUGUGUGGCUGGGAAUGUCUUCUCUUAACAGCAAAGCUUACUGAAGAUGCAAAUAACUUCCCCAAAUAAACUUUUAUUUUUUUAUUUUUUUAAAAAAGAAAAACAGAUGUUUGAUUUUUUGUGUUUCUUUUGUGUUUUCUUUUUUAUUCUUUUUUCCCCCUUUUCUUUUAUAACUCUGAACAAUGUAGGUGUCUAGUCACAUACAGGUCUUAGCAAGGAAGAAAGUUCGAGAAAUUCAAGCCGCCAUUAAGGUACGUUUGGCUUGCCCAGUUGUAGGGGGCUUUUCAUCUCCAUGGUUACAGGCUUUUCCUUUGUUUCCCUCCCUUCCCCUACCCUGCAGGUGUCUAGUCACAUUCAGGUUCUUGCCAGAAGGAAAUCUCGUGAUUUUCAUUCCAAGCUGAAGGUAUGCGCUUUUCUGCUUUUGGGCUUGUGGUUGCUAUGCCUUUCACUUCCUGUUUUCCCUGGUGAUCGGUGAAUGCCUGGUGCUGUGAUUCUUGUAACCUAGUUUCCUUGCAUGUGGUGGCUGUUUACAUUUCUUUGUGUUUAAUCUCUUCCCUUCGCUGAUUUCUGCACUGGCCUCUCUCUCUCUAUUUUUUUUUUUUUAACAACCUUCAAAAAUGUUACUUGCUGUGUGCAUGUGUACUCCUUUUUUAAAGGUUCUUUUUUUAAACAAACAAAAAAAAGCAUUAACUUAGUGUUAGUACUAAAAGCACUGCAGUUAAAUAGGAGUUUUGUAUGUGCACACACUUGCAGCUGCAGUUUGAUAACUGAGAUGGUACAUUUCCCACUCCCACCCCCUUGUUAUCUGGAUUUUAAAAAUACUUGCAGGGAUUUUAAAAGAAAUAAAUAGAUAGAUAAAAGAAAACACGUUUUCUGAUCAGCAUUAGAUUCCUAUCCUACCUCAGGCUAUUUUACAUUUGUCUGUGAUUUCCGGAGAGUCUAAUUUGCCACAUCCACCUUUAAAUCACUUGUUACCCAAAGUAAAAUGUUGACUCCAGCUAUGAUCCCCCUCAGAGUGAAGCACUUUCAUUGGCUUCAGCAGAAAAGUUAGGCAUCUGCUCUCGGCUUGAAAUCAGUGUGACUUAGAAGUGAUUAACUUUGAGUUACGCCCUUUGGGUGAGAUCCAGUCUCAGGUCUCCCCAUCUGUUUCAAAGAGGAGAGGAAAAGAAAGGGGAAGUCCCAUUUGUGUAAAUCUGACUGCUAUCCUAAACUCACAUAUUGGAGAGUAAACUCCACUAAGCACAGUGGGACUUAAUUUUGAGUAAACAUCUGUAGGAUUGGGCUUUUUGAAUAGUUUUAUCUUUGUAGUUUCCUAAAUUGAAUAACCUAGGGAAAGAUAUUAAUUGCUUCCCUUAAACUUUAAGAGUGAUGACCCCACCCCCCAUUUUCUGAUUUCUGAGAGGAAUGACGAAGUGAUAAAAAAUGCUUCCGUUUCCAGAUUUUUACAUAAAAGAAUCCCUGAAUGUCCAGUUGUUAGGUUUUGGGUGAUUUUUUUUUGCUUUGUUUUAAUUUUUCAGUAAACUAUAGCAUCUUCUUGACUAUCAUCUGAGAUCCUACUAAUGUUUGUCUGUCUUUUUGCUGAGCUUUUUUUUGGUUUUUGUUUGUUUAAAGUCACUUGAAAGCAAAAAGCAUUUCAGAAAGUGAUUAUGCUGCCCUAAGUGGUAAACACUGUGGAUGUUGCUUGCCGCAAUCCUGGAACUGCAGUAUGUAAAUAACAGGCCUGGCUUUGUAACUGUCCUACUUGUCAGGAGCUUUGGGUUUUCAAUAUGCUGUGGGCAGCAUGCUGGCAAGCUUGUAUGGCUGUUGGUGGCUGGCUUGUGAGCGGGGCUGGCUGAGCAGUUGCGGUUGGUGAAGAACUAAGGGAACUCUGAAAGUACUGCUUCUUAACCCAAGGUGCAACGAUACAGAAGGCUGUAGCAUUUUCAGACUAAAACUGUCAAACUUAAUGGCUAAAACUAGGCAUCUUAGCUCCUGUUUAGAAAAUUAAGCAGUGUACUGACACCAUGUACUAAAUUAAUAGUGGGCACCUGCAGAUUCCUUUGUGGAACUGAAGUCAGACAUUUGUUAGCAUGGGCUACCUGCUUCGAUUUCUACUAAAGAGCCUAUUCUUAGGAUUAAAAAGUUGCAAUUCUGCCAUGCAGGAAAACCACCCAGGCGUGUUUCUUACCCACACCUAAAAUAUUUUAAAAUGCACCACUUUUAAAUUUGAACUUAUAUCUUAUUGCUGCACCGCCUGUAUGAUGAUGAAGCUUCUGCAGAGCAAGGCAGCAAAGUAAACACCAAUGAUACCUGCAAGUCCUUUUUCCUGGUGGGCUCUCUCUCUCUCUCUCUCUCUCUCUCUCUCUCUCUCUCUCUCUCCACUGAAUUUAGUUUAGUGAUGUUUUCUGUUGAAUGCACUGGUUCCAUGGAAUUUGCUGAAAGAAUCUGCUGAUACAUCUGUCGAGUAAUAAUUUCUGCCACUCCCACAAUGUCAGCAUGUACUUCAGCGUAAAGAGACAAGUUACGGCAGUAAAAUGUGCUUUGGGCGACCAGGCACUGAUGAAAAUUAACCACUGAUUAUCACAAGUCUUGCUCUCGAGUUUCCUUGUUGCUACAGUGAAGAAAUAACUAGGAGAUGUUUCUAUGGAAAAGGAUUGAUAAUAAAAUAAUAAUAAUAAUAAUAACCAUCUAUGAAGUGGCAGUGACUCCACCCAUGCAAAAUAUAUUAUUUUAUGUGAAGUAGAAAUUAUGUAUAUGGUCCUUAAGAAAGAAAUAGACAAGAGUCAGAUGGGUCGCCAGAACAGAAUCCAUGAUGAUUUUGGGAGUUGGUAUGAGGUUUGUACUGCCAUCCUCCUCAGUACUAUCAUAAUUAUAACAAUGGAACUGGGCUGUCCUGCAUUUCCUUGAAUAUAGGAUGUCUUUGACUUUGUGGAGUAGAACUUGCUUUAUGAGAUUCUCUUGCAGGGGACCUGCAAGCAUAGGUUCUCUUUUAUAUUAUGUCAGCACAGUGUAUGCAAAGACAACAGAAGAAUGUGGUAGGGGCAGGAGAGGGAAAGUGUGAGACCAUCUCCCAAAUUCACACAGACAGUUCCGGUGACUGAGUAGGUCUUACUCAGCCCAGGUUGUCAUAUGCCUGCUUAUUUCUAGCUCCUGUGGGUUGAGUGGAAAGAAGUAGUGACUAAUGAUGUGCCAAAUAAUAAUAAUAAUAAUAAUAAUAAUAAUAAUAAUAAUUUAUUAUUUAUACCCCGCCCAUCUGGCUGGGCCUCCCCAGCCACUCUGGGCGGCUUCCAUAGAAACCAAAAAUACAGUAAAAUAUCACACGUUAAAAACUUCCCUGAACAGGGCUGCCUUAAGAUGUCUUCUGAAUGUCAGGUAGUUGUUUAUCGCUUUGACAUCUGCUGGAAGGGCGUUCCACAGGGCGGGCGCCACUACCGAGAAGGCCCUCUGCCUGGUUCCCUGUAGCUUUGCUUCUCACAAUGAGGGAACCGCCAGAAGGCCCUCGGCGCUGGACCUCAGUGUCCGGGCAUAACGAUGGGGGUGGAGACGCUCCUUCAGGUAUACUGGACCGAGGCCGUUUAGGGCUUUAAAGGUCAGCACCAACACUUUGAAUUGUGCUCAGAAACGUACUGGGAGCCAAUGUAGGUCUUUCAAGACUGGUGUUAUAUGGUCUCGGCGGCCGCCCCCAGUCACUUGCAUUUUUACCAAAGGGAAGAUAAAUUUUCAGUGAAAUUCUAUAGGUGGGGUGUGAAAUUUUUCUCUUGCUUGCCUUACAAUUGCCAAGGACCAUUUGUGAGUGCCAUUUAUUUCAUUCUACAAAUAAUCUCUCCACUGUUCUGCACUCUGCAGCCUUCUUGGGUUCUGCUGGCUUCAAUUAAAGUCCAGGGAAGAUGUCAUGAGGUUAACUCUUCUAAAGGGGCUUUUUGAGAUCAGGAAGUGCAGGCAGCUAGGGAGGCUGCAAACUACUGGGGACUAGACACUACACCAGUGUGGUGUAGUGAUUAAGAGCGGUAGACUCGUAAUCUGGUGAACCGGGUUCGCGUCUCCGCUCCUCCACAUGCAGCUGCUGGGUGACCUUGGGCUAGUCACACUUCUUUGAAGUCUCUCAGCCCCACUCACCUCACAGAGUGUUUGUUGUGGGGGAGGAAGGGAAAGGAGGUUGUAAGCCCCUUUGAAACUUGUUAGGGUAGUGAUAAAGCAGGAUAUCAAAUCCAAACUACUACUUCUUCUUCUUUAUUGUAAAGAAGAGACCUCUGCCACCUUGCAGGGAACCAGGCAGAGGGCCUUCUUGGUAGUGGCACCCACCCUGUGGGACGCCCUCCCACCAGAUGUCAAAGAGAAAAAUAACUACCAAACUUUUAGAAGACAUCUGAAGGCAGCCCUGUUUAGGGAAGCUUUUAAUGUUUAAUAGUUUGUUGUAUUUUAGUGUUUAGCUGGAAGCUGCCCAGAGUGGCUGGGGAAACCCAGCCAGAUGGGCGGGAUAUAAAUAAUAAAUUAUUAUUAUUAUUAUUAUUAUUAUUAUUAUUAUUAUUAUUGCUGAAUGAUAACUCAAGAUCAGAUCCUUGCACAUACAGGAAUUCAAAAAUGCAUUGAGAAUAGGGUAGGGGGGGGGAAUGGAAGCUUCAUUCUUAGGGAAAGAAAACUUUUGAGAAAUUGAAUGACAGUUCCAGCACAGUACUAGAAAUGGCACACAGCUAAUUGUACCAAGCCUCUUCCCGAGUUGGUGCAGAUUAGGUGGGAGACUGAGGUAGCAGUGCCUACUCUCAGUCUGCCUGCAGCAGCAGGUGGAGCACUGAGUACAUUUACUCUUGCACUACCAGUCCUUCUAAGGAGUAGUGUCCCCUUGCAGUUCUUUUGGGACACAUCAGCCAAGAUAUUAUCAAACCUAUUCAAUUACUUUGUAAAAUCAGAGAAGAUAGAGACUUUGGCUUUCUGUGAAGAUGCAAAGUCUCAUACAAGUUUUGACUUCCUCUGUAAGCCUCUGUAUGAAGCAGAGGCCACCAUGACUAGGGAUGAAAAUAGACUUUUGCUAAAAGCUUAUUCUGCACAUGUGCAGAACUUUAGUUUGCAUUCUGAGCUGUAGUAUGUCUUCAGGGAAAUACAAUUUGAGUCAUACAGCAAAAUGUUAAAAACUGGGCAAAUCUGUAUUCUGAAUUUGAUAAUUCUGAACUUCAGCAGUGUCCCCAUUUCUGACAGAUGACGACUGUUCAACUAGUGCAUUGUUCACUUGGCAUCAUGCAAUCAGACAGAAUAAUGCAUGAGGGCAGUGGGAUCAAGUGCCUCUCUCCAAUUUAUGACAUUUUAUGUCCUGCAGAAGAUCUGAAUAGAAUGUAUUCACAAUAAUGGCCCAUAUUCAGAUUUUAUUUGUAUCUGUGUGGGCUUUUUCAGAUCUGCUGAAUAUCUCAAUGUUGCUAGUGAUGUGAUCCUGCAGCAUACUGUUCCCUGUAAGUGCCAUGUUAUAGGAGCAGGGCAAUGUGCAGCUUCAACAUCCUUGCUUCAGGGGAUCUAGGAAAUCUAGAAAUGCCACUGAAGCGGAUAUGGAAAACUAGCCCUUACCUUAGGUGUGGAGAUAAGCAGAAUCAAGAAGGGAAACAGCAAGCCCAUCCUCUCUAGUUAUGAUACCCAAGGGAGAAACACCAUGUAAACAGAAGUGGCCAAUCCAACAGUUGCCAUCUCAGUUAACACAAGCCCAGACAUACGAUGCUUGAUAGGCCAUAAGGUCCAAUCCACAUGUACACAGAAACAAGCUUGUCUUGCAGGGGGUCAGGGAAGAUUUCAUCUCUUACACCAGCAAGCUGUUAAAAGUGCUUUUCUCUGGGCAGCUGCUGGGUUCUGUGGGAGCUGCAACCCAGUAUUGAAAGGCAAAUGAAGAAAUGAUGAGAACCAUUGGGGGUACUAAGUGGUGCCUCUCAUCAUCACAAGGAUUUCUACUUGCAUGAUGGGACUUCCCCUUCUUUCCUCCCUCACAACUCCUAAAUUUGUUCCAGGAUCCAGGGCGUGUGUGAGGGAAGCAGAGGGAGGCAAGUCCUGUUGCACAAGCAGAAAUUCCAGGAUAUUUUGCCCAAGCAUCAUAAUGUAUUAGGGCCAAGUCCCAGAAUAUAAAAACCAAAGGCCAAAUGAUAAAUGGCUUAAAUACAAACUUAGCUGCCCACAAAUGGAACGACUCCAUUUGCCCACAAAAGACUGUGGGAUAACAGGGUUAAAAUCAGAGUGUGGCCUGACUACAUAUUUUGCCUUAAUAAUCAAGAAGAAUACAGCCAGUUUGAAUACAUUUUUAAUAAAUAUGCAUUCAAACAAGCAAUUUCUAAAAGCGUUUUAACAUGGCAGCAGCUGUACCUUUAGGCACAUACUGAAGAGGAUGGUUUCUAGGUACAUGAACCUGAGUCUUAAGGAACACAUGGUUGUCCUUGCCCUAUCUUGCUGUGGGAAACGCCUCUGGAAUCCCCCAUGUAUAGUCUGGAGAAGUCUGCACAUUCUAACCCAAGUUUGAAAAUCCAUAGGUGAUGGAAAUUUCCUCAGUGUUAGUUAUGGCAAUUUUGAUAGUUCAGGAAGAGAAUACCACUAAAACUAGGAAAUGUCACAACUCCACCUUUUGCAUUGGUGUGCCAUAAUGUGCUACUUCUGUAAACACUGGAACAGUUUCAUACUUGGGGGGACAAUAGAUGUGGAUAUCUCUCCCCAAAAGAUCUGAGCAGGUGUAUGGAUAUUAAAAGGGUAUUUUGUCCUAGAGAUAACAAGAUAUUUGGCUUUGAUUUCCAGUAUUCAUUAGCAUGUGAGCUUAAAAUUCAUUAAAGGAAGCCAAAUUUUUUUUAAAAAUGCCUACAGUUUGCAUGUAUGUGGUGCUUUAAAAUCCAUUAGUGUACAUUCUGUGCUGCCUGCAUGUAAAAAGAAAAUACUGUUGACAGUUAGGAUGCUAAAGAUAGCUCUAUAGAGCCUUUUUCUUUUUCUUGUUUUUAAUAAAUGAACAAUGAUAAAAGCCUUGGAAAAUUCCCUUUGAUGUGAAUGAAGUCUUCUGCAUUUUGAGAUACAAUAAGAUGGAUUAAUUGCUCCUCAUUAGGCAGCAAGUUGGAAUAGCUUUGAAUGUGGGUUCUCUUUUAGCAUUAGCUAUUGCCUGGCUGAAAUAGCCGGCUUUUGUAUUUACUACUGUCUUCUCUAAUAAUAAGCAAAUUGGAGAUCAUGGCUACAAUUAUUCAACUGUCUUUUGCCCAGUACAAUUGUAUACUUCCAUGGUUUGUUUUUUUUUAGCUCCAGCAAAUAAUUUCAGAGGUUAUUCUAAUCAAUACAGUCUAAAUGCAGAACUAAGAUUUGUAAAAUUACUUAUUAGAAAACUGUUUUAUGCUAGUAUUUCAUGCUUUACUGUAAAAUUCAUUUUAAGAGCAAAUUGCAGCUUCUUUGCCUGAACAUUUUUUAAAGUAAUGUUUUGUUAGAUGUCUAUGUGGGUUUUAAUGAAAAUAUGUAAUACCACAUAAUUUAUGCUGUUGAUUUUUUAAAAUGCACAUUAUCCCUUCUUUUAAUUAUACCAAGAAUAUAUUUUGAAAAGUUAUAUUGCAUAUCUCUUUCAUUUCCCUGGGAUACGAAAGCAUUUUGAGUAGGUUGCUUAGGCUCAGUGAAUUAUUUCGAAGUGUACAUUAGUUUUAGAACAGAUGAUGAACAAAUGUUGCUAAUUUCUUGCCUUUAAAAAAUCCAUUCCAACCUGUUUUAUCACAGGUUUAAAAAAAAUGGAAUGACCACAUUUGGACAUCAUGCUUGUCUGUAGUUUAGUUUAGUUUUUUAAAGCUGUAAUUAACAUUAAGCACAUUUGUCAGUUUAGAUGAUACAACAAACUAUGGCUAAGCAAAAAUGGAAGCAGCAGUUUCCAAACCCUUCUGAACCAGAAAAUGAGAAGGGAGGAAGGGUGCUAGUCAGAGGCUUGCAGAAGUUUGUAUACAGCAAACUGAACUAUGGUGGAUGUAACAUGGCCAGCAUGUUAAUCUUUUAUGGCAUUUACUUCAAAACCAGCUGGCACUCAAGGAUACACAGGGCUCUGAUUCAUUAAAAGAUAUAAUAGCAUUGUAGAGUUGGGAGGGAACAAAUGUAAAUGUUGGUUUACAUUUAAUUUUAAUAUAUCCCAUAUCUGUUAAUGUUCUCUAAUGGCUUGCAAAUUGAAAACAAGUAGUAAACAAAGUAGUAAACAAUAAAAUUAUUAAUCAUGAACAUAUUACACUCAGCUUCAUAACAGAUGCAGCCUCAAGAGUUUUGUCGAAUGCAUAGGAUGACCAUCAGCACCUUGUGCUCUGUACAAGCACUUUGAUUUCUGUUUUCCUCAGCUCCAAAGCUCUUUUUGUGUUUUACACACAUGCCCCCCAUCUCCCCUCUCCUUUUAUCAUGUACAGUUACUUUGUCUGACCCCGCAAGAGCAACCAAAAUUCUCAGUAAGGUGGAUUGCCUUCCCUUUAGCCUUUGCUCAGGGUGCAUUGUGUUUUGUAGCUCAGAAUAAAAACAGAUGAAAGGGGGACCCAUAAGGAAGUUCUUAUAAAAUUCCAUAAUGAGGAGAAGAGAUGGAUCGAGAGGCAUUUUACUUACGCUCCUUCACAACCUUAGAAUCACCCAAUGAAAACUAUUGUUAGAGUAUGUGCGGCAGACAGAGCAAUUACUCACAAAGUGCAUAAAUUGCUUAUGGGAUUCAUUGCCACGCAGUGUGGCAAUAGCUUUAUAAGGGAAUGAGAUAAAUUUGUGGAGUGCAAGUCUUAUCUGUGGCUAUCCACCAUAAUCACUAAAUGACACUUUCUGUUACAGAGAAACAGAAAAAUAGAACUCUGAAUAUAAGAUACUGGAGAUACACAGUGGGGAGAGGGCUGUUGUGUUUAGUCCAGGCAUAGGCAAACUCUGGCCCGCCAAAUGUUUGGGACUACAACUCCCAUCAUCCCUGACCACUGGUCCUGUUAGCUAGGGAUGAUGGGAAUUGUAGUCCCAAACGUCUGGAGGGUCGGAGUUUACCUAUGCCUGGUUUAGUCACUGCUUAUGAACUGGUCACAACUGGUACAUCUCAAUGAGCAGGAAACCCUCUCUCUGAACCAAAGAUCACCCCUCUCUUCCAAGAACCUGCUUUAUAGCCCCUACUUGCCCAGCAUCCUCCUUUCUUUCUGUCCACAUGCAACAAUUGUUCCUGCUGUUCUGCCUACUCCCAUCUGCAAUGCUCAUUACCACUCUAUUUUUCAUGCAGUUGGCCACACAUAACCAUUCAUUUUCAAAUAAAUCUUUCUUCACAUGCUCUUUCUUACGUUUGGCUUCACACAUAGAGGAAACAUGUGGGAAAGAGAGCAGGAUAGUGGCAGAAGACCCCCACCACCUGACUUUUGUGCAUCGAGCAAAUGGUAGCAAUGGGGUUUCUCUGUUUGUAGACCCUUUCCAAUCAUCAGGAACCCUGCAUGAUUAGGCUUCCAGAAAAAUUUCUGUGUGUACCACUUAGUGCACAUAGAAACCACACAUCACAAAUCUGGAGAGCACAAGGAGUGGAGUGGAGUGAAGUGAAGUGAAGUGAGCUCUUGGGAUGCUCUCUCUCCUCCACAUGUUUGUAGGUGGAGCCAAACCAGGGGCAACAGCUUGGACAGAAAGGCAAUGCCAUUGGGUUUACAGUCGUACCUUGGAUCUCAAACGCCUUGGCUCCUAACAAAUCGGCUCCCAAACGACUGAAACCCAGAAGUGAGUGUUCCGGUUUUCAAACGAUUUUCAAAAGCUGAACGUCUUCCGCGGCUUCCGAUUGGCUGUAGCCUUGGUUUUUGAAUGGUUCUGGGAGUCAAACAGACUCCUGGAACGCGUUCCGUUCAAGAACCAAGGUACGACUGUACCCGCUUUCUUUCUUUUUAACCAACUUCUCCCAGCCUAGGCACCCAUCCCAUCUCUUCUGGCCAUUUAUGUGAGAACAUCGCCCACUUUCUCUAUCCACAUAUUUUAUUGGGAGUCCAUGCCUCACAUGUGAUACCCUCCAAAUUCUCUCCCAGAAGUAGAAGGGACAUUUUAGGGAACAAGGAUAUGUAGAUAAUUACUUGGGCGGCGAUCAUUUUUCUUGGGAAACAGUAUUGCAAUGGUCCCUGUAUGGAUCAAAAAUGACAAAAUACGGAAGCAAAUUAAGCCCCGCCCCUUUUUGGAAAAUAACGUAUUGCAAGAGACAUUCAAGGACUAUUUCAGGGUCAUCUUGGGGGAAUGCUUGCCUGUUCCAAGGUUUCAAAGAUCAAUACUAGAUGAGAGUCAGCCAAGGAACACUUUACUGUAAACGACAGGAAAAUAAUGUUAGCAUUACUAGCACCAGAAGCCAAUCAUGGCACUUGAAGGCAAACUAUUCUAAACAAAUUCUGCUUCACAUUUGCCUAGUGACUGCAUAAUUUUGCAUGACUACAAUUAAGCCAUUUCGUAUUUACUGCAGCAUAACUGACAGUGGAAACACACACCCAUUUUCUUAGGAAGUCAAGGUCUUGAUCGCUUGUGUUCAUUAAAGAUCCCAGUGCACUCAGAGGUGGAGAAUACGGGUGUUAAGUCAUGUAUCUUGGCCAAAUUCCAGUUUCAGUAAUUACUACUAAUCUGCCUGCCUAAAUUCCCCAUCCAGUUUUAAUUGGAUGUAGUCUUCUUCACUAGCUGCUCAGACUGUCAUGUAGCAUUUUAAUGUGUGAUUAAUCAGUUGUUAUGAGUUACCUCAGAAAUAGCUGCAUAUGAGUGAGGAAGGUAAAGCUUCCUUUUCAUUAUGUAGGGUUGAUAAUAAAAUCAGAGGAUUUGAAGAGACCCUGAAUGCUACCUAGUCCUAUCCAUGCCCUGUAAUAUGCUGUAAUAUGCCUUUUUUAUACAUCAUAGUUUAUUUUACAAAUUAGCCAUUUAAUCCAGAUAAUAGUGGGUCAUUAGUUAUUCUGGAACAAACAAACCACACCUUGCCUGGGGUUCCCUCAGACAAGAAAUGAUUUAAGACUCCAAACAAGUAAGAAAUUUUCCCACCCUGAUUUUUCAUUCUACUGAAUAGAAAAUUUCUUUCCAAAAGGACACACUUUUUAUGUACAUUCUGCAGUUAUGUUAGCUGUUCUGCCCUACUCACACCCAACAUACACAGAUACAUAUAAAAUGUAUAUGCACAUAUCUAUUUGUUAAAUUUUGACCAAAUGGAAUGCAAAUACAAUGGCAUGUAAUUAAAAGAAAUGAUAAAACAGCUGUUAUAAAUUUCUUGAAUAAUAUAAUCCUUCUCUUGACCUCAGUUUCAUUGAUCCACAAAUGAAUUAUAUAGCCCCUCGGGGUCUGUACAUGCUUGUGCAGCAAAAGCUCUCUUUGGGAAUGAAAAAGGAAUAUGGACAUGUGACAUUGCUCCUCCAAUUGGCAGGCAAUCUGAAGCUUCUGGGUUGGUCAGGAGCUUGGCCCUCUCUUGCCCUGCCUGGUUACGGAGUGGCAACUCCAAGCUUCAUUCCUGGCAUGAGUGCCACUGGCCCAGCCAUGACACUAACAGAUGUACAGUCACCGCGUGCUGCCUGUGAUACAAGAAAACAAAGCCGAUUCCCUCUUUUAUCAUUAUAAAUCUGCUCGAAAGAGGCAGUUUCAUUUCGUUUUUCACUCUGAAGAGUUCCUUGCUAACUAUUUCGAAUAAUAAUGCAAGACCCAAAAACCUCAGGAGUCGAAAAAUAGGUCAAGCAGUUGGCAUAAUUGUUUGAAUAAGUUGAUUUCUCACUCUACGGCAUCCCCGCUGCUGCUAAAAGCCGGGUUUCUUCAGCAGCCAUAUUGCUCUCAGCCAGUUCCCCUGUGACUCUGGAAGAGCAGGCUACAGAUGGGUCCACAGGUGUUAAUGUCGCUUCUCGAAGCAUUAACACCUGAUCAGGUUUCCGCUUGAAUUCUGCUCAGGAUUUUUUUUGGGGGGGGGGGAGAUACCUCUGAGAGCAGCUGCUCCCCCUGCCGCCCAUACCCCCAGCAAACCAGCAUAAAAUAGGCAACCUGUAAUAGUUUUAUUACAGCAGUUUCCACAGCUUUUUAAAUGGGGACCUAACAGCUGCCAAGCUGGUCAUUUAAUUUUAUCAGCGUGGUAGGCAUUAAUACAAUUAGUCCUUUUCUUCUUUUGAUGAAUCAGUUCCUUGGUGAAAAUUAAUAAUAACUGUUAAACUCUGUGUACGAAAUGACUAGGAACACCUUCCAAUUUUAAUUGUGCUAGAGCAUAUUUUGCUAAGAAACUGCACUUGUACAGAAGCAUUUUAACAAACUUUUUGUUGUUGCAUCCAGGUAACAAGCAUGGUAAGUAUUUUUUCAGUAAAGCAAGUAUUACAUACUUCAGCUGUGCUUGGCAGGCUCCCCCCCCCCUUUUCUUUCUUUUUUUUCUUUUAGCUAGCUUUAACUGUACUGUUAGCCUCUGCUGUUUCUAAAGGAGCUGUUGAAAUGAAGAAGCUGCUCAACCUCUCAUUACGGGCUUUGGGGGGAAUUAUGUGUGCGGAUUCGUCUACCAUAUUGGAUGGCAUGCUUUCCUGGCUAGCAUGCUUGCGAUUUUGCUUGUAACAAUGAAUCUGCCUCUUAGCGCUUGUGUUCCUUUAUCGUUCAGUCUUAUACCCAAAGUUUAGCUUUCGCCCAAAACAUUUUUUCCUUCAAAGCAAGAGGAACUUGUGGCGUGGAAUAUAUAAAUAAGGCUGCUACAGAAUUCUGCUGAAGCCAGAUUUAUUCGUAACAAGGGACUGGUUCCCUAGGAAGACCUGGAGGUCCAUGGUACGGUUUCCCAUGUCUUGCCAGUAUCUUCUUACCCAAUGGGAUCCCAAAUCCAGGGCUUACAGGCCGCUUCACAGAGAGCUACCCAAAGGAGCCACCUCCCUGCGCUGUGGUCCCAUAUGGUGAUGGUGGAGGUGAGGGAGCUCAGUGUGUGAAUGCUGGGAAAUGCCAGGGAAAGUGAGGCCAGGGAAAUGCAUCUUCCUCGCGCAGUUGACUUCACAUGCUUGGUUCUGUUAUUCACAAGCAGCCACCAAGUGACUUGUAGGCCCUGUGCAGUUGUGCAGCCAAGUAUUCAAAUCUAAGACUAGACGUACUGUGGAAGGCCUGUGUAGGAUUUGAGAACCUUCCUACAAGGGCUUCAUUGUGUUUGGGUUGUGUCUAGCUUCCUUAGCAUGAGCCUUUGGAAUAGGGUGAGAGAGAAAUAUAAAACUGCUGCCUGGUUAACUCCCAAAGGUCAUUUACUUCAGGGCUGGGAUCUGAACUUGAUUGUUUCAGGCUGGGACCUGAGCUUCUAUGGACUGCACACUUUCAAGCCUCAGAGCCCUCUUCAGUCUUUUACUCGGCAUAAGCACCAGGAGCUUAGCAAGCUGCCCUUGCUUCUCAAGAGAGCAGUGCCUGCUGUACUUUAGACUCCAGUACCUCCCAGCUCCAGCCACCUACUUCAGGGAUCCUGCUCUGCACAUCACACAUCUAAACCAUGGUGCACCUGCCCAUGGUUCUGGCUUGACCCUGGCAUGGCUGAUAAUUGGGAUUGGGGAUAACCAGGGUUACCUUUAGACCAAGGUUUCCCAAACUUGGAUCUCAAGCUCUUUUUGGACUACAGUUCCCAUAAUCCCUGACCACUGGUCCUGCUAGCUAGGGAUGAUGGGGGUUGUAGUCCAGAAACAGUCAGAGACCUAAGUUGGAGAAACUGCAUUAGAGCAAGUCCACCGCUGAUUUUGAACAGUAUCAUUUAUAGAUUGAGGGUUGUUAUAAAAUAAACCUAUUUAGCAUUUAGUAUCAUAAAUAGUAUAUGUAGUAACAUAUAUGGAAUCAAGUAUUUCCCAAGUAUUUCUGGGGUUCCUACUUCACCGAGUGUGGGUGUGGAGCCUUUAAGGGUACAGUCAGACCUAAGGAAAGCUUGGUUUCAACAGAAGCCUUAAGUACAGGUUUAAAUCUCUGCUGCUGAAAGCAAUAGGCUUUAAAAGUAUUUAACUUUGGCUGGAUUAAAUCCUCCAGUUCAGUUUUCCACAACUUUAAUAGGCACCAGCAGUAGCUUAGCACUACAGCAUGUGUGAAAUAUUGUGCAGUGCAUGCCUUGCCUUGCCCUGCCUUCCUAUUCUUCUUCCAGCCUCUUAGAGUGAAGUGUGGGUUUUAAAGCAACAGGCUUCCUUCUCCUGAGCUCUUGAAGAGAGGGCUGUUAAAGAGAAGCCAGGUGGAUUCCAGAAAUACCUAAAUAUCCUUAUAGAUGUUAGUUUCAGGGUCUCAGGUUCCCAUCUGGUUGCAAUCGGUGACAUCAUUUGUUUCCUACAUUAAUAACCCACCUUUCUUUUGUCAUGGGGCCCAAGGCUGCUUACAUGCAAUUCCCAGGCAGUCUCACCUUCAGGCAGUGACCAGAGCCAAACCUGCUUAGCUUCAGCAAGACCAUAGCUUCAGCUGCCUUCAGAUCAUUACCCCUAUCAGGGCUGUUGUGUAUUUAGGCAAAUCUCUAUUAUGAACUAGUCACCUGAUUUUGUUGCUGCUGUUGUGUUCCUGUUUGGGCUCAACAAAGACUUUCAAAUGAUGAUUCAGACUCUGUUCUGGUUUGUGGGGAGGGGGGGAAUAAAAUUCAGUCCUGGGUUAAAUUCUAGCUGACUUCCUACCGAUUUGCAGUAGGGAAUUGUAUUCCUACUUAAACCGAGUCAUGAUAAUAUGGAGCAGAGAACUUUACCCUGAGGAAAUCCAAAUGUAUUUUACCCCUUGUGCUACAUUUCCCCCCCUGCAUGGUAUGCUUUUAUUUUUCACAUUUCCUGUGCCUUAAAAAAAAUAAAAUUUAUUUUAGCAUAUGUGCUUCCUAGCUGUGCUUGCUUGGUGUGAUUUGUUGUGUCCAUUCUAUUAAUGAAUGCCUGUAAUUGUCAUGUUGAAGGAUCAGACUGCAAAGGACAAAGCACUCCAGCACAUGGCCGCUAUGUCAUCAGCUCAAAUAGUAUCUGCAACAGCGAUUCACAAUAAGUUGGGCCUGCCAGGAAUUCCCCGUCCGACGUUUCCUGGAGCACCUGGAGUAAGUUAAUUGGCUGCAAUAAAAAAGUACAUUUCAGAACAAUGAUUGGUAGGAAAUGAAGGAUGGAUCAAUUAAUUUCUCUAUAAAAUGUACUUCCCCCUUCCCUUAUAAAAUUCUUUAGUGGAAUAUAUAUAUAGGAAAUGUGCCCUGAAAGAGAGCAAUUGAAAAAAGUUGUGUGUGUUAAAAUAAAAAUAUUUUAUUUUUUAAUUUUUUUUACUCCCAUGCAGUUUUGGCCAGGGAUGAUACAAACAGGACAGCCUGGAUCUUCACAAGAGUAAGUGAUGGGCAAAGAGACUGAGCGCCACUGUUUUCACUUGUUUGUAUGUAUAUGUUGCAAUACACAUUGGUAGGUAUGUGUUCAUUUGAAUGCAUGUGUAUAUCCAAAAAUGAUGUGUACCUAGCCAGAGGAAUUCAAUCCCAGAGGCUAUAACUAAAGAACGUAAUGAGUGUGGCAGUGGUGGCAUGGGAAAUAGAUGAAGCAUUUGUGUGACCAGAAUGCUUUCUAUACUUAAUACUAGUUUUCCAGCACAUUUACCCAGCCACCACAGUGCCUGUUAAUGAGGAUUAAAACAAAGGCUGUUUCAAUUAGGGUCAAUGGUGGGAUACUCAAGCUGUACAGAAAUUAGUUCCAGCCUCACCUUAGGAGCAGAUUUUAGGAUUUCAGGAAGGGAUGUGUUUCUAUUUGGACCACAACCCUGGGGAGUGGGGCUAGGUUAAUCCCUCACAUAUCAUGGUCCAGAUACUUUUCUGCCCCCUCUCCCCACCCCAGCUGCUAACUAAAGAACAAAAGUCAGGUAUGGUAAAUGCUUGCAUCUAUUUAAUAUUACGUCUGGUGUGGUCCUGGAAAACCCCAUGGCUCAUUGAUAGUUGGAGCUGUAAUUCUGUGAGGGGUAAUGUACAGUUCCCAGGUUCUUUUGGUGGUUCUUUUAAUGUGUGGUGUUUACACAGCCUGGGGCAGCAUUUGGUAUCCUAUGGUCCUCCAAAUGUUUUGGUCUACAGAUCCCAUCAGCCCCGGCCAGCACAACUGUGCUAUACAUCUGCACUGACUGGAGUUGUAGUCCUAAACAUCUGAGGGGCACCAGGUUGGCAAAGGCUGACCUGUCCCUCAGCUUAGGCACUAAUUUGUGCAUAUUGUGGGCGGGAGUCCCAUCAGCAUAAGCCCUGUAUAAGGACUUCCACUUGCACAACAGGGCUUUCUUUCCCCCGUCCCCCAGGGGGAAAAAGGUAGGGGUGUGUGUGUGUGUGUGUGUGUGUGUGUGUGUGUGUAAGAAACCCCCCUGGAACAGUGUGUGGGGUGAGGAGUGGGGGGAUUCUUCCAACUGGCAAGUUGAAAUGCUUCCCCUGACUGAAUGUUUUCCUCAUUAGAACAAUGAAUUACCGUAUUGGCCCGAAUAUAAGACUCACCCGCAAAUAAGCCGCACUUUUAAAAUUGAAGGAGGGAAGAGAAAAAAAGACAAUCCCCGGCUGCUUCCGGGGGGGGGGGAGGGAGAGCCGCACUGCUUUGUCACCGGCCUUCCCCCCUUCUUUCUGGCAGCUCGAGGUAGGCUUGGGAGUGGCGCUGCCACACCGCUCCCCGCGCUCCCAGGUUACUCCCUGGGGGGGGGGGAGCCGUGCCACUUUGCCAACGGCCUCCCCAAGAGCAGCCCGGCAGCGUGGCGCAGUGGUGCGCAGCCCACCUGCUGCUCCCAAGCCUCACCAGAGCUGUUGGGGAAAAGGGAAAGUCACAAAUAUAAACCGCACUUUAACUUUUCGCUGUCAGAAUUUGGAGGAAAAGUGUGGCUUCUAUUUGGACCAAUAUGGUACUCCCAUUGUACAUUUACAUGCCUCUUCUUGGCCACUUCAAGCGCUUUGGCUGAACAGCGGCUAAUAAACUUUAAACAAACAAAUGGAUGUGCACAGUCCUGAGGUCCACUUCCAAUCACACUCUUUGUGGAGGUGUUGGCAGAGAGUCAUGUCCCAAACAUCCUGAAGGCCAGUCACUAGGAAGGGCUUCCACACUUCCCCAGCCCAGCUUUGUGUAUUUCUUGAUUUGACCAAUGAACCAAAAUAUUAGCAGCAAGCAGCUAUGGAGCCAAAAAAGGGGGCAGGGAAUGGAUUUGGUGGCCCUAAGGUGGGCCACUGGCUCAUACACAUUGAGGUGCCAAUCUGAAGUUGCUGAGCAAGGAGAGAGGAUUCCUCCAUUUUAAAUCUGUGUUUGUUCCUCAGGACUGCAACUCUUUAAUCUCUACACUACACUCGUCCCAGGAUGCACUAGCUUUAGAUGAGGCUUCCUCAACCUCGGCCCUCCAGAUGUUUUGAGACUACAGUUCCCAUCAUCCCUGACCACUGGUCCUGCUAGCUAGGGAUCAUGGGAGUUGUAGGCCAAAAACAUCUGGAGGGCUGAGGUUGAGGAAGCCUGCUUUAGGCCAUUAAUUCAGACUAAGAAAUACUGCUCUAAAAGGAGGUUUACACUGUUGUCUUUACUAGAAACAAAAUGUGCUUUCUUGUUACUGUUAUUAAAUACUUCAGUUAAUAUCUGACUUAAUUGUCCAAUGGUUUAUUUCAGCAUAAAGCCAUUUGUCCAGCAAGCCUACCCUAUACAGCCAACUGUCGCAACUCCCAUUUCAGGUAACAAUUACAGAUUUAUCCAUUUGUUUAGAUUUUUUUGGACCCACUCCGUAUUUAGUGGCUGGCACAGGUUGCAGCCUUUAAUUACAUCUACACAAGGGAGUUCAGUAGUCUCAUUGGUCAUCUAGCUCGGAUGAAUGUAUUUGUGAGUUUGUGUAUGCAAUAUUUAUCUAUGCAGAGAUGAUGAAAUAUGCAUUCGAAUCAUCUAAUCCACAUCUACUUUUAGAGCCAUAGUGGCAUUACCUGUUCCAGAAUUCCUCACUGUAGGAACAUCUGUGAAGAAAUGGCACAUUUCUUUGUCCUUUCUAAAUCUAAAACCAUACCCUUUGGCCUCAUAUGCAAUAAACUAAAGGAAUAUAAAAUCAUUCAAUUAAUUGACUUUAUUUUAAAAUGAUUAUUGACUUCAUUAAGAUUGGUCUCCUUGGCUCUUAUGGAUACAAACAUUCCCAGUAAUGAAUCUUUCAGAGUUGCAUCAGUCUUGGACUACUUCAUUUAUACUUAUUUUACUGAGGUUUCUGUGAUUAUUUUAAUGUUUUCUUGUAAAGUGUUGUCUAAUUACCGUAUUUACUUGAGUCUAAUGCACCAUCAAAUUUAACGCACACCUCAAUUUUCAGAUCCUUGAAACAAAACAAAAAAAGUAUUUGCUGGCAAAUGUAAAUGUGCCAUUGAAUCUAAUGCCCACCUUAAUUUUUGCAAUGUAAUUUGGCCAAAAAAGGUGAGCAUUAGAUUUGAGUAAAUACGGUAUUAUAGAAGGAAUUGCACAGUCCUGAUACAUCAAAUACAAUAUAUUGGAUAGGCUUUUCUUUUGUUUACAAAGAAGAAUGUAAUACUUGAGGGAGGAAACAGCAAUAUAAUUUUAACAACAAGUAAAACACAAAUGUUAUAAAUGUAAAAUAACCAUAUUUCCAAGCAAUUGAGAGCGAGCUUAAAAGUAGUUGAAUUUUAACAGUUAUAAUAAAAUAGGCUGGCGUCAAGUUUUCUUCAUCCACAAUAAUAAAUAAUACAAUGCAAUCGUAAUCUAAAACUAGCAAAGACGUUGCUGAUCAUUUAUAUUUCAGGGUUUGAACCUGCAUCGGCUCCAGCCCCCUCAGUUCCUGCUUGGCAAGGUCGAUCUAUUGGAACAACUAAACUCAGAUUGGUGGAAUUUUCAGCUUUUCUUGAACAACAAAGAGAUCCAGAUUCUGUAAGUAUUACCCUGAAUUACGUAAAUAUCCUUUAUAGUAGUCGUUGUGCGUCUUUACUCUUGCAGUUUUGUAUCACAUCUUUUCACAAAUGCAAUGCAAACAUCUGCCUGUACAGUGGUGCCUCGCAAGACGAAAUUAAUCCGUUCUGCGAGUCUCUUCGUCUUGCGGUUUUUUCGUCUUGCGAAGCAUGGCUAUUAGCGGCUUAGCGGCUAUUAACGGCUUAGCGGCUUUAAGAAAAAGGAAACAAACUCGCAAGGCGUUUCGUCUUGCGAAGCAAGCCCAUAGGGAAAUUCGUCUUGCAGAACGACUCAAAAAACGGAAAACUCUUUCGUCUAGCGAGUUUUUCGUCUUGCGAGGCAUUCGUCUUGCGGGGCAGCACUGUACCAUGGAAACUUCUAAAUCACCUGUUCUGUUUGUGUGAUCAACAGGGAUGGUUCAUGGUGCCCCUCACAAGUCCUAGAAUAUACUCUAGCUGCUUUCAAGGAAUAGAGCAUAUGAAUUUAUGAUGUUUGUUCUUGUAAUCAGCUUUAAGGCAUUGAGAAGACUUCAGCUAUCUAUAUCUAUCUAUCUAUAAUAGCAGAGAGAUUCGGUGAACUUAGAAGGCUAAGGGUGAUAAUAUUUUCAGUGUCAAUUAUCAUCUUGGUUUCAUUUUGUGGGGGGGCAUGUUAAACCUGCUGCUUUAUGCAGAUUUUAUUUCUUUAUGAAAAGUGAAUUCACUUAUGAAAAGCCUGGAAAACGAAACCUUUCUUUGCUUCAAAUACCUUGCAAAAUACAAUAGUCUGUAGAGUGGAGCCUCAUCUUAUGCUUUCUAUAACUCUUUUCUGGGAACAAUUGAAUGUAUGUAUCCUUGCAAGUAGGCAUUAUCAAUAAAGUGUUUUCCUACAAUUAAUGAUCAGAGACAUACUGUGGCAACCUAACAUCAGAGUACUCUUCAUAGCAAUAAGGCUGUGAGCGGAAAAUAGCACAACAGUACAGAAAUUAAGAUGCACAAUAUGGUUGCUUUUUCAAUACUGCUGUUCAACAUGUUGAAUGAAGUUUAGCUUUCAAUGUAGGCAUGACUUUCCCCUUAGAAGACAACAUACAACUAUUGAAACAGAGCCUUUUGGAGACAGAUGUUUACACUGAUUGUCUAUGUGCUGAAAAGGCUUUUGAUUUAGGUCUUGCAUUUCACACCUGAAAGCUCAAGCCUCUCCAGCUGUAUAGAUGUACUUGAUUGGCUGAAAUAGGAGGGUGACUUGGUUUUACCUGAUCAUCACAUCCUAAUCGGGUCUCAGCAUUCUCUUGUACGUGGAAUUUACUGAGUUCUUGCCAUCCGCAGUUGCGGUGAUAUGGCCAAAAAGUCACAUAAGGAAAACAUAGGGUGGGGGUGGUUUGUGAAGCAGAGUAGAAGUUUCUCUGUUGUUCACCUGCUGAAAUGCAAGGCCAAGGAUAGAGGAGAAAGAUUUCCCUUUUCCACAGCAAGCAGUGUUUAUUUCCUUUUUCAUGUCAUUGAAAAGAGAUUGCAUGCCAGCUGGAAGGUUUAGAGCAACUAUGUCAAACAUCUGGUUCUCCAAUUGCUGAACUACAACUCCCAUCAGCCCCAGCAAACAUUGCCAGGGAUGGGGAUGAAGGGAGCUUUACUUCAGUAGCAUUUGGAAGGCCAAAGGUUCAGCACACCUGGUUUAGAGGUGUAGGUCAUCCAUGACCAAACCGCACACUUACCCUCCUCCUAGUGGUGCAGCAUUAAAAUUGUCAUCAUGUUUGCAAAGCUAAACAGGGUCUGUUAUGGUUUCAAAUUGGGUGGGGGACUGCGUGUUGAGAUUCCUGCAUUGCAGGGGGGGGGUUGGACUAGAUGACCCUAGGGGUCCCUUCCAACUCUACCAUUCUAAGUAUAUUUCCAGAGGUGAUGUCAUUGAGCCAAAUCUAACGGUGUGCUUACAUAAUCCAUGAAGCUGGAGAAGCUGCCUACCCCUCACACGAGCAGGCAUGGGUCAUUCACAUCCUUGUUCCAUAUGGGGGAACUGCUGGUCGCAGCCACAGCUCAGUGGCAGAGCAUCUGCCUUGUAUGCUGAAGGUAUCAGGUUCAAUUCCUAGUAUCUCCCACAUAGGGCUGUGUAUGCCUCAUGUCCUGUAGCGGCUCUGCCAGUCACUGUAGAGGAUACUGAUAAUGUUACGAACAAGGAACAGGGACGGUGAACUUAAUGGGUCCUCAUCAAAGCAACAGGAUUAUAGCCAUUACUUUCUCCAGGAUUAUGUGCCUGGCAUAUUAGCCAAAAAUGUAGAGAGAGCAAAGCGGGGUUGCCCUUUGCUAAUGUUAACCUGCUUUAAGAUUAGGGAGCAUAAGGUUGGUGUGGAUUUUCCAUUGUUGCUAAGAUGUGUUUGAUAAAGCAGCUACUACUUUGGAAUAAAGGCAGCAAUCUGAUGCGGACACUGAUGUGGGAACAAGUCCCUUGGAACUCAGUGCAACCUACUUCUGAGUAAACAUGUACAAGAUUGCACCAUGAAUAAAGUUUGCAGUUUUAGCUCCCUCUGCUGGUUCUGCUUCAGCAGGUCGUUAGAAGACCUUGUUUCCAUAUUUUCAUUUUCUAAGGAGGAAAAUGUUAUGUGCAGUCCUAAGAGCCGUAAUGAUCAGUGAGGGCAGUGGUGCUGACAUGGCAUCCAGUCCCUGGCAUUGCUGUGGCUUACCAGAAGGACAGGUCACAAUAUACAGCACAUGGUCCUGCUAGUUUGGGCCUAAAACCAAAUGGUAGAAGGUGGCAGGAAAACUGCAAUCUGAUCACCAGACUCUUCUUUUUGGAAAAUGGAGGCAGGGAAUAAUCUGGACUGGGGCUAUGGCUUUAUCGGAGUGGUGCUUUUAACUCUCUUCCUUGCAGCUUUUUCUCAGUCUGAAUCCCUCUCCCAAUUCCAGUGGGCUUGUAUGUAUGUCUGGAAUUGGAUUAACAGCAUGGAAAGAAAGGGUUAAAACUCCCUCUGCACCACAGCCUCCAUCCCAGUUGCUCUCCAUGGCUGCAUUUGCCCUUACAGAGGCACACAGAAUCUCUGAAAUGCAUUUGGACUAGCAAUAAAAUGCAGUUGAAAUACAAUUGGAACAGGAAACGUACUGUACCUUACAUUUUGUCACAAGGUUUCUUAUCAUUAUGUUGUGGUGACAGGGUAGUUCUUGUUAUUGUUUUUAUUGACUUUCCAUGCACAAGAGGGCUCAAACUGAAGCACAUCAGGAUCCUUCAACGUAUAUAUAAUGAAACACUCGCACUGUUUGAAGUUUUCCACCCUGCUUGUUGAGUUUUGAAUGGGAUGGCAGUUUUAAAUAAAACACAUUAUUAUGAUAUGCUUAAUUGUAUGUUAGCAAGUAAAACAAAUGCAGGUGAUUUGUCUUUGUUUUGCCACAGCUUGUAUGUUAGCAUCCCCUGACACCAGCAAUUUGUCUUGGUUCCUUUGAAUUCCUAAAUGGAUUAUAAUUUCUUUUUCUCCUGGUAUUAUUUGACAAGAGCCAUUUUUCAUGGCCUUACAGGCAGCAUUCUUCAAAUACGAGAGAGUUCAGUAAGAGGCAGCCAUCUCAAAGCUACAGAGGUUACUUUAGAUAGUACGGGUGAAACAGUCCGUGAAUGUAUGUUCUCAAGUUCUUUCUUAAAAACAAGCACAAGGGCCAUAACAUCAAAAUGUUAAAGGAAUCUCAGUCCUGAACCCUUAAGUACUGGGGUGGGCAAUUUUCUCCUUAGAAAUGACCUUCUGCAAACCUAGCAUAUAACAGGCAGAAAGAAUAAUGAUGUAAAUGAAAGGUAUUUGUUGUAUUUUCUGAGCUUCUACUGAAAACUGAGUUGUACGAGGUGUUGUUACUGAAGUUUUCAAGUGCAAUCCUGGAAAAGUGAGGAAGAAGGGAGUCAUGCCCCACCCGAGUGUACAUCAAUGCUCCAGGUUUCAGCCCACCACACUGAAGAGAUCCUCCACUUGUCUGGCUGUGGCAUUCAGCCAUCCAUGUGCCAGAAGGUUCUCUGUCGGAAGUAAGAGAAAUGGCCCUAAGCUCUUCACUGCACCGAGAGGAGGAAGAGAGGCCAGGAAGUGGGGUCUGCAGCAGUCAGAAUGGGACGGACAGGGUGGAAAGGGGUAGGCUGGACUGGCUUUUCCUCUCCCCUCAGUUGCCCCUUUAUGACACAGCCUUUUGUGAAGGGCUUUGACCCUCACUCGCCAUCUGUCACUGAUCAGCAUGCCAGUUGAGAAGUCUGCUCCCUGCUUAUUUCUGCUCCUUUGCCCAUUCAGAGCCUCCCUGCUCCUCUUCUCCAGGGUGUGGAGGAGAUUAAGACUGCGUUCUUUUAAGUGUGAGUGAUCUCAUAAGUGGUGUACAGUUGUCUCUAAACCAACAUGAGUUCUUUUUUUAAAAAAAAGAAAAGAAAAUCUAUUCAUUUAAUGCCUACUACAUUGUCAUUGUCGUUCAUUAGAAACAUGCCGUGACUGAAGGGAUUAGUCAUCAUUCUGUUUAGUGUAGGAAUUACAGUAACAUAAGGAGAAAAUAAUCACACAUGCAAUGUCAAAAUAAACAUUUAUGUCCUUCGAAUAUUGUGAGAUGAUGCCAUACCAUCUGUCCCUCUGAAACAUGUUGGAAUUUUUGCUGUUGCUGCAGCAGCAUCUGGUACUUUUGGCAAGAUCAGCAAACAACUGUAGUAGCUCCACAGCUGCCUUUAACUUUGCUUUGGAUUUGAGAAGCACACUGUCUUUUGCAAUGUGUCUCUUAGGUUUCUAAGUCAGGAGUUUAACAACACAAUCAUUUUGUGACUUUCAGUCUCUUUCUCCAUUGCCCCACUAAACUCUAUAUGCAGGACUUGCAGGACUCAUGUGUAGGUCUGCACUGUGUAUAAGGAAUUCUGUGCCCACAAAAAUGAAACAUGAGUUUUUGAGAACUUUUCUCCCACUCCCUGAAUUGACCUGCAUAGAAAAUCUUACUAAAUAAAGCAGAAGGGAAGUACAUUCCAAGUUGGUGAGGUUGCUAAGAGCAUACACUAUGAGCCAGGAUGGACUGGGUUUAUAUCUCACAUGUAUGUAUCUUGUCAUUCUCAGCAAACGAUAUACAAUACAGGGAUAGGAUUCAUUAUGGCUGAAGAUACAGAAUGCAGCAAUCUUGCUUUGAAGCUAAGCUCAUCCUAUGUAUGCUGUCUUAAGUUUCAUGGAAGGAAAGUAAGAUAUAAAUGUAGUAAAUAAGACAGACCUACUUCACAGGAUUGCAGGAAAGAUUCCUGCGAUAAUGUUGCUUGGUUAGCAUCUUUCUGUUUCAGGAGACAGUGGAGGAGUGCGCCUUUGGGGGUGAAGUCAAACUGUUGCAUAGGUACCAUGGGGGGAUAGCACCCCCCAAUAUUUCCAAUUAAAGGGCCGGGCUCUCCCAAGUUCCCUGGUGGAUGCACAUGCAUACCAUUGGAUGUGCUUGUGUCACACACACGAAUGAUGUCAGCUAGCAGUCACAAUGCGCUGACAUUGCAUAGCCCUGGGCCCCCUCAAUCUCAGUGGCAGCCCUGAACUGUUGGAAGGUUGCAGUUUCUGCUGUGAUAAUGCAUGUGAAAUACUUUGUACACUCUAAAGCAUUGCAUAAAUGUUGUUACCAGCUCCACCUUAUCCCUAGAGAAUAUUCUGCAAUGACAAGUCAAAAGGAAAAGCUCCUAGAAAUCAAGGUGAUUUUCAGAAGGAAGCUGUAAGAAUUAUUUAGGCAAUAUAUCCCUAAUUUGUGAUUGUUCCAACUUCUGACCGGCUUGAGGUCCUUAGAUGGUGCAACAUUCUGCCAUUUCCCACAUUCUUAACUUCAGAGGUCUAAGGUAUUGUUGAGAAGAAGUCCAGUAAGCAUCCCUACAGCUAUUUCAAUACAGAUGGUUUUAGGAGAGCGAUUUGAAGCCUGAAAGUCUAAUUUAAAUUGUGGUGUUACAGAGGUACAGUUUGGUGUAUACAUAAAAACUUUUACAUACAUAGUUUUAGACGUGAGUUUUAAAGAGGAUAACAACAAGCUUGUUGCUUUUGUAGUUGGCAUCUUGAGCAUGAUGGUAAAGCUAGCAAUUGUGCAGAUGCUGUAUGGUAAUUACUUAUUGUUACAGAAUAGGACGAUAAUUACUGUAAUUCUUGUGUAACUGAUCGGUAUGCAAGUUAAGCCUGCCCUUUCAAAGGCUUUUACUCAUAAGCAUUCAUUCAUUCAUUCAUUCAUUCAUUCAUUCAUGUGUUUGCUCAUUCAUGCAUUCACUCUCUCCAUUCAUUUGUUUAUGAACUCUACUCUUUAAAGAAGAAACACCCUUUUUGGCUGAUGCUCUGGUCUGUAAGCAAAGACUGGAUAGGUUUUCCAUUUGUAUUUGGAGGUAACAUAAUUCAGGUUAUUAUGAAAGGGGAGUUUGGACAAAAAUAUUCCUAAUUGAUUGAAAAGCUGUGGGACUAGCUCAUAAUUGAACAAAUUGAAUUUAGAUCUGAUAUAGUGUUAAAUCCUGACUUGGAAGGAAAGCUACUGAAGUAUGACAAUGCUGGCUGCAGGUACAGAUUAAUAUGUUUUCUCUGUUUUACUCUACCUUUUAUCAUGUGAGGUUAUUUUAAGUAGUUAACUGGUAGACAGAUUCCUAAAGAUGUAACAAGGGCCCUCUUGGAUCAGACCAAAGGACCAUAUUGUUCAGCAUUCUGUUCCUUCAGUGCUCAACCAGAUGCCUAUGGGAAGUCCACAAGCAAGACAUUGGGUUGCCUAUGGGUGUGUUUGCAAACCAAAGAAACUGUUGUAGACAACACACACAAGCCACAGUCAAGCACAACUUAUUACUGUGUAUUUCAUGUAUGAAUAUAAUAAAAAAUAAUGUAUUCAACUGUGUGUGUGUAUUGAGAACCAUUUAAAAAACAGCAGCAGCAUGGACAUAAAACCAGUUCAGAGCCAAUGCAGUUGCCAGUUGGGAUAAAGAUCUCCAUUUGGUUUGCUGAAAGAGAAACACCUUCAGCAGGUUUCAAAAAGACAAUAGGGGAGGUGCUUGCCUAAUAUAUAAUUGGAGGAGUGGGUAGGUGCCACGACAUGAAAGACGCUGUGCAGAAUGGAUCAACAGCGAAGCAUGUAUCCAUGCCAACCAGGGCAGGUACCCAUGUGUGCCCACUGCUGGGGCACGGUCAGUGAUCAGUUGUGUAUGUAGGGGAUGAGGCUAUAUUUUAGGUAUCCAGAUCACAAGCUGUAUAGCUCUUUGUACACCAAUACCAGCAUAUUGAACUUAGUUUGAUAGCUAACUAGCAGCCAGGCAAGUUCUUUCAGCAAUAUGAUGGUGGUAUUCCAUCCCAGUCAGCAGUUGAGCAGCUGCAUUCUGCACCAGCUGCAUCUUCUUAGAGCAGCACCACAACUGUUUUCCCUACCAUGGUUGGUAAAAAGCACUCCUGGCCACUGAGGUCCCCAUGGCCUCUAGCAACAGAUGGAGCACUCUAGACUAUGAAUCUGACCCUUCCAAAGCAGGCAGUUGACCAAUUAUCCAGACUCUGGAAUCACCCACCCACAGUGCCAUGAUGGCCAGGAUUCAGAGUCAGUUUAUCAGCUCUCAUCCAGCUCACUACCAAGCCCAGGCCACCAGUUCAGGGCUUGGAAGCCCUCUUUGGAUUCAGAUGUUGCACAGAAAUAUUCUAUUGGCUACAACUUAAUUCUUUUUUCAAGCCUAAAUUCAGCAACUAGGGAAGGCCUCCGCAGGUGCAACCAUUGAUGAUCCCUUCAUUAGGGACAAUAACACCUAAUCAGCUACUUAUUGUUUAUCUCACCAGUGGCCAUGCUUUUUGACAAAUGAGCAACAAGUCCAAAAUACAAGAGCCUCCACCCCCCUUAAAUUCUCUGCAAAACAGAGAUGCAGCCUAGAACCUCAAUGCCACUGUCACGAAAAGGGUUGAUGUAAUAAUUUACAAACUUUCCGUCCUGUCAACUAUAUUUUAUAUCCAUCUAUAGUCAUACAGCUAAAGACAAAUAAAGCUUGUCAAGUCAAUAGAACAAUUCUUUAUGUAGCAAGGGUUCCAUGACCUAGUCUGGGGGCACAUUAUAUAAUGAAAACUAAGCUGGUCAAACCUCCAUGUAUGUUGCCUUGUGCACCAUGGAAGAAAGAUAGAAUAUAAAUAAAUGCAGGCUUUUGAAGAGAGACUUCACAAAUCAGCGUCCAGGCAUUUCAGUUUUAUAUCCAAUUAAAAACUGCUAACUGUUGUCUACCUCCUGUUUUUCUUAGCAGCUGUUGUACAGAAAUCAGACUUAACCUCAUCACCUUCAAAGCAAGUUUGUGAAGAAUCUUCCUGCUGUGCUUCCUUUCAGCUGUGCUGUGACUUUGCCUCCAGCCUACCAAGCUGGUGAGGCAGCCAGAAGUCAGACUCUGCUGUCUCAGUCCAGAGGUGGCCAACGCUCCUAAAGCCUGUGCCACUUCUGCUGGUCACCUGUAGUUCAUCCAUUCUGUUUUUAAUCCUCAUUUUUCUGCACAGAAACCCAAGAUUUAGAACAGGCAUAGGCGGAUUCCCUCACACCAAGUUUCAUGACUGAUUGUUUGCACCGCAUUCCAUUUCAGGACACUGAAUCACCUAUUUUCCUGUUUUUCAUCUGAUUUUAGCAUGCACAUUUAUUUAUUAUAUGGAACAUCUUUCCUCUAGGUAUUGUGCGAACAGAAAGAGCGUUAAGCCCCGACAAAUGCAAAGAAAUGUUAUUUGCAUUUGAAAUGCAAAGUUCUUAUGACAUCAGUAAUAAUGCUUUUUAUUUCCUUAUUUCACAGUAUAACAAACACCUCUUUGUGCACAUUGGGCAUGCCAACCAUUCUUACAGUGAUCCGUUGCUGGAAUCGGUAGACAUUCGCCAGAUUUAUGACAAAUUCCCUGAAAAGAAGGGCGGCUUGAAGGAGCUGUUUGGAAAAGGACCUCAGAAUGCCUUCUUCCUCGUAAAAUUUUGGGUGAGAUAUUCAAAAUACUCGGCUGUUGUUGUUUUCCUAAAUGUUCUACUAUCUUUUUCAUGGUAUGAAGAAGGUGGAUAGAGAAAAGUUCCCCUUCCUCUCUCAUCACACUAGAACAGGUAUAGGCAAACUCGGCCCUCCAGAUGUUUUGGGACUACAACUCCCAUCAUCCCUGACCACUGGUCCUGUUAGCUAGGGAUGAUGGGAGCUGUAGUCCCAAAAUAUCUGGAGGGCGGAGUUUGCCUAUGCCUUCACUAGAACUUGGGGACAUCCUACGAAGCUGAAUAUUGAAAGAUGGCAGAGACACAAAAGAAAGCACAUAGUUAAACUAUGGAAUACAGGAGGCAGUAAUAGCCUUGGAUGAUUUUAAAAGAGAACGCAGGUGGCUCUGUGGGUUAAACCACAGAGCCUAGGACUUGCUGAUCAGAAGGUUGGCGGUUCGAAUCCCCACGACGGUGUGAGCUCCUGUUGCUCAGUUACUGCUCCUGCCAACCUAGCAGUUCAAAAGCACAUAAAAGUGCUUCCAGCGGGAAGGUAAACGGCGUUUCCGUGCGCUGCUCUGGUUCGCCAGAAGUGGCUUAGUCAUUCUGGCCACAUGACCCGGAAGCUGUACUCCGGCUCCCUCGGCCAAUAAAGCGAGAUGAGCGCCACAACCCCAGAGUUGGUCACGACUGGACCUAAUGGUCAGGGGUCCCUUUACCUUUACGCAAAUUCAUGGAGGGCAGGGCUAUCAGUGGCUGAUAACCUUGAUGACUAUGUUCUACAUCCGUUCUUGAAGGCAGCAUGCUUCUGAAUACCAUUUUCUAGAGACCUCAGAAGGGGGGGCGGGUGCUGUGGUGCUCAGGUCCUGCUUGCUGGUUCCCCAUAGGCAUCUGGAUGGCCACUGUGAGAACAGGAUGCUGGACUAGAUGGGCCUGAUCCAGCCAAUGUACUUUCUUGGCUGGUGUAGGAAAAGUGGGUGGAGGGACACUUUUUUCUCAAAACGCUAGAACUUUGGGUCAUCCAAUAUAAUUGGCAGCGUUUGAUUCAGAACAGACAGAGAGGGAAAGAUACUCACACAGCAUAAAAUUGAUGUAUUUUUCUGCCCCAAUAUGUGCUGAAGGGCCCUAACUAAAAUGUCUCUAAAAGAAAAUUAGACAAAUGCAUGGAGGUUUAGUCCGUCAAUGGUUAUUAGCCCAUGAUGGCUACAAAGAACUGCCUUUGAUCUCAGCCAGUCGGGGUUGUCUUAAAGCUGUUACUUACCAAAUACAAUUUCAAUAAUGACAAAGGUCAGCAGUUAUCCCACCAGAUUUACAAACCUAUGCUCCCAUCCAUUUAUACUUUUAGAUCAGCCUUCAUCCCAUAGGAACCUCAGGUGGUGAACCCAGUACAGUAGAAUAAAGUAAAGUGAAAACAAAGUUAAAACUUAACAUUGCUUCAAUAAAACAGUUCAGCAGUGUGUCAAAAUAGUAUUAUACAAAUCCAGUGUCUCUGUACUUUAACCAGUCAUCACAAUCAAAACUAUUUGAAGUAUUCAGUGCUGUCACUAAUUUUGAACAACCGCUUGAUUUAAUAAAUUUAUUUUCAAUCCUGACAGUUCUUACAGCAAAACAGAUAACUGUUGUCGUAGUAGUGUCAUGGUUCUGAUCAGCCACUAAGUAAUCUAGUUUAUCUUUUUAAGUAAUGCCAAAAUCUUAUUCAAAAACCGAGGCAGAAUAUUUAUUCAGAACUGUAGCGUGACAGGUUUUCAAUCUUGCCAGCCCUGCAAAGGCAUGAGUAAUUUACAGCUAAUUUUAGCAUGUUAGCACAACAUUUUAAAAACUGAUCCAGUUUACCAAGAGCAGGCUUCCUUUACUGCUUGUCGACAUUAUGCUCACUCUACAACCGGUACUGAAACAAUUUGCAAACUGUCACCUGCCAUCUAGUGGAACAGGUUAGCAAUGCUGACGGCACCAUCAAGACAUCCCUACAUGCAAGAAUCCCUGAUGUCACAAAAAUGCUGCUGUUCAUGACUGUUGUGUAGCCAGUGCUUUUUGUAAAGUCAAACUGAGAGCUGCCUCAAACCCUGCAUGUAGGUAGGCUGCAUGCUGUGCACCCCAUUGCCCUGGAAGAUAACAUUUCUAAGUGAGGGAAAGUGAAUUUUUUAAAAAAGCCUCAUUAAUAUACAUUUGCCUGAUGUGAGAUUUUUGAGAGCUUCCACCAAAGAAUGCCUGAUCCACAAACAGAUAAUGGAUGGUCAUAAAAGGACUGUUGACACAUGCAGCAAGUUAGGACCUUGAAGGUAUGGUGAAAUGACACAGUUUAGGUCUGUCUGCCCAGACUCUUCUCCCGUGGUAUGCAUUUGCCUUAACAUCCUAGGGCCAUUCCAUAUGCUAUAAUUACCAUGUGAAAAGGAACCCCAUUCUUGCUGUUUGUCCCUUCCUAUAGCCCCUAAGGUGAAGGGCUUUAAAUACUUCUUCAUCUUGUGCCUUCCUCUGUGCUGAGUCAUAAUUACUGCUGUCUGGGCUUUUUCCAUUGGUUCGCUCCCUCUCCUAAUUUGGUGGUUGAGAGCGGAAAGCAGGGAAUAUUAGCUGCCACCAAGUGCUUCAAGCCUCUCCAAUGUUCCUUGCCAGUAGAGAGUGAGCCUCCCGAGAUCUGAAGAGGCAAAGCUAAGUGCAACAUGCAGUAAAGUUUGUAACCCAGAAAAAUAUGCGAGAAGACAUCGUUUUCCCUUCUUCCCUAUAUUGGUUCCAUGCAGUAGUGCUCCUGUUCUGCUGCAGUUCAACCUCCAUCAAAAACUGUUGUCCUUCUCACCGUCUGCUAUUGUGGAACUUACAUAAUUUAUGUAAAUUACAUCGCAGUACCUUGUUCCAGCCCAUUCAUUUCAAUGUAAAGGAAAUUCAAUGCAAAUUGGGGUGGGGACAUGUAAUCAAUUAAAUGUAGUUUGUAGUAAGAAGGCAACAGCGAAUACCGGUUGUAUUCACUGGGUUGAUUUAUGGCCUGGACAUGAAAUGAAUAAAUGAACAUCAGAAAACUUCCGCUCCCAUUUUCUCUGACAGCCCAAAACUCUGAUACGAGCAACCACUUGCCUCUCAUUCCAGAUUUGAAGGAAAGGAUUGGACACAUAGACAUACAUUUGCCCUAUUUAUAUAUUACAUCAAACUCAAGAAAGCAGCUGGAGAAGGUGGCUGUAAUCCUGUAGCUCUGUGGUGUAACCAUGUACACAGUUUGCUGCAAGUGUUGAAUAGGCAUGUCUCCAUCUACCAUACCAUUUUUUUUCAUGAGGUGUCCUUUCAUAGUUAUGCCCCCGUGGGCAGAAGUCUUGUUUAUAUCUUGGCCUUUUAAGCUGAGAUGCAUACAUCUGAACCCUACUAAUGAGUAUUUCCCAGCUUUGGCCCCAUCCGUCUUCUGUCAGGCUCAAUGUUUAUAUCAACAAAUGUAUCGUUAACUAUACAUUCUCAUAUUUUGUGUACUAUUUAUUUGUGCGGUAUCUUGGCACAGUUUUCUAACUAAACCUGUUAGCAUGAGGUAUUAUGGAUGGUUUCAUAUCAGGUGGAAUGAAAGAUUGAGAUAUUUUAUAAGUGCAUACUCUGAGCUGGCUCAGUCUAGUGCAUAACCUCCUUUUGAAAGGAUUGAUUACUUUUAUAAAUGCAUUCACAUGUCAACCCGCGAGUAAGUCCCAGUGAAGACAAUGAGCCUUGUUUUCUGAAUAAACAAGUUUAGAAUUGUGCUGUUGCAAUAUUAGACGAUUGCAAUAUUGCUUUGUAAUGAAAACCUAUUUGUGUGUCUGAGCACCAUUGCAAAAUGGAGAGCAAAACUCUCAUUCUAAGAAGUGCGGGUGAUAUUAAUAAGUGCAUUUUAAUGAAUACCUAUCAUUUUAGAAAUCUGCAAUGCAAACAAGCAGUUCUAGAAAAUAAUGUGUAUUGUAAUUAGUGCACUUUAAAAAAAAAAAAAGAUGCUUUGAAGUCCAAAGCAUUUUUGAAAUUCAAAUGUGGAAUGGAAAUAAAGGAAUCUGCACAAUAAAAGGGCAUUAAAUCAUGUCCAAAAAUCUCUCUCAUUUUAUAGAUGUAAAUAUAUGCCAUAAUUAGUGGCAUAGUAACAUGAGUUGGAUGGUUAGGUUUGUUCCUAUUCUUAUCAUGUAAAAUAGCUGUGACCUGGAAAAUAUAAUGCUGUUCCUUUGUCAGGCACUGUUAACAAAUAAUGAAUUCAGUGUGGUUAGUGUUCAGAAAGAGCUCAGCCACAUGGUCUCCUCCCACGUCUCUCAUGUGUGUCUGCUGCUGCCUUUAGAGGCAUGUUGAUUCUUUGUCUCCUUCAUUCACAAAAAAGCUAUUGUAAUGUGUCCCGUCCCCCUUAGAUGUGAUUUUUAUUGCAUAACGGAAUGAGACUUGGCAAGCGAGUUGCCGUAGAGAGAUGAGGUCAGCUGUGUGGACUGACCAUCUUUAGCCAGUGUUUCAGACACAUUUGAAACAAAACUGAGAUGGAAGAAGCCACUCCUGCUGCUUUCGCCCCCUCUGUUGCCUCAGAGAGGACCGUUGCUGCACGGCGAGCUUUAUGGCACUCGUGCAAAGCGCUUCACAAGCCAUUGCCCGCCCGCCUGCAACUUGGUGCAAGUGUGCUGGUUCCCCUGAAUGAGUCAGAGAGCAGCUGGGAAGUAGAGUAGCUUGGCCUGGUCAUCAAAAGCCCAGCCAUGUGGCAGACCUGGAAGCGUUUCCAAAGCUGCAGCACACAACUGGCAGCAACGUGUGCCAAAGAUCCAGAUGAUGCAGUUGUGUGUGUGUGUGUGUGUGUGUGUGUGUGUGUGAGAAUUGCUUCACAUUUUGGAAUCUCUGCUCUUUGAGCCCUGUUCAUUGAGAAGGAGGGGAAGUCUAAUACGCUCUCAUAUGACUGACGCUUCACGGCAUUUCCACUGUAAUUGAAGCCUCUGUUCUGUUUAACAAGUGACCUCCCUGUGUUCAAUUUUAACUACUGAAUAUUUGUGUUUUAAUUAUGCUGCUCUCUUGGGAAACCCCCUCUUUUUGUGGAAAAGGGCUUUGUAAUCUUUCUGCAUUUGCUGCUUUUCUGUUGUUUUGAAGACUCUAUUUAGGCAAGACUAUUGUGACACAUGCAGGCUGCCUCCUCGUUUCCCCGAAGACCGAGAACACUUACCCAUGUGGAGUGUUUUUCUUGUCUGCAGCCAGCUCAGUUUUGGGGCAUGUUGUGGGGUUCUUUUUGAUGCAUCGUGUCCAAUAGUUGAGGGUCUUGAUAUGUAAAACUUGCAGCGCUCCAUGCUGACAAGUUAUAGUAUAUUGAUAGAUGAAUGCAUUAUAUUCUGUAAUCAACAGACAGUAAUAAUAACAAUUUAUAACAAUUUAUUAUUUGUACCCCGCCCAUCUGACUGGGUUGCCCCAGUCUUUCUUGGCAGCUUCCAACAUAUAUAAAAACAUGAUAAAACCUUAAACCUUAAAAGGUUCCCUAUACAGCCUUCAGAUGUCUUCUAAAUGUUAUAUAGUUACUCAUCUCCUUGACAUCUGAUGGGAGGAUGUUCCACAAGGAGGGCGCUACUACUAAGAAGGCCCUCUGCCUGGUUCCCUGUAGCUUCACUUCUCGCAGUGAGAAAACGGCCAGAAGGCCCUCAGUGCUGGAUCUCAGUGACUGGGCUGGAUGAUGGAGGUGGAGCCACUCCUUCUGUUGCAAAUCUUAGGCACAGAGAAUAAUUUUUGCACCUGCUUUUUAGUCUCAGUAUGCAAAGGCACCAUUCAGACGUGCAUUACAGAAGCAUUCAUCCUUCACUUGAAGAGCAUAUUUCCAGCCAAAUAUGUGGCUGGAGAAUAUAUCUUGCUAAUUGUUUCGGGUUGUAGUGGUGGGUUAUUUUUAUGGACCUCGGUUACUUGACUAUGUGGCUGGGUUAGCUAUCCAAAUCCAAUUCCAGUCUGAUCUUCAGGGUCUAAGCUGAGAAAUCCUUAUUCUUUCCAUGGAACUGCUGUAUCUUUAUAUUUUUAAUUUCUUGGGUUAGUCCAUGGGCUGUCAAAAGCUUUUACGAUUUGGAAGCACAGAACCCAAGCCUAAGAGAAAUAGCGCAGCUGUUGUCCUUGGCAAUGAGAAUUGUUUCAGGGUACUCCCUUGAAAUUUGCCUGGGGCUGCAGGUGUGUUAUCUGCAUCCCAGUCCCAUCUUGCAAAGCUGCUGUGCAAAAUCUGCUGGCAACUCUUUUGCAGCUGCAGGAAAUAUCAAUGCAAUUUGCUCUUUUGUGCCCUUAAGUCUGCUUUUGAUGGGGAUUGCUAAAGCAGAUCAAUUUUUAUUUCAAAUGACAUUCAUAAUAAAUACUUUCUCUUUUUUUGCAAUAAUGUCGGUAGUUGAGGAAGCAUCUGUUGUUUUUUUCCUGCAGGCGGACUUAAACUGCAACAUCCAAGAUGAUACAGGAGCAUUCUAUGGUGUAACUAGUCAGUAUGAGAGCUCAGAAAACAUGACAAUCACCUGUUCCACCAAAGUCUGCUCGUUCGGGAAGCAAGUGGUAGAAAAAGUAGAGGUAUGAUUUUCAAACUUGCUGCUUGCCUGAUUGCUGCCAGGUCACUGUUUUCUCUAGAAGUGUUUUUUUCCUCCAAGCUGUCCUUGGUUUAAAUCAUUGAGCUUACAGCAGAGUAAGCCAAUUUGGGGGACACCCAGAUGUUGUCGCACUACAUCUCUCCUCAUCUCCGAGCAUUGGCCAUGCCGCCUGGGGCUGAAUGAUGGGAGUUGUAAACCAACAAGCUCUGGAGAACUCUGCAUAGGCUACCCCUGGUUUGCAGUUAAUACUAAUGCAGGAUCCUGGUGGAUCUCUACAUAAUUUUGUACUAUGAGCUGAAUAGAAUAGACUCCUUACAACCCAGUUUUGAUUUACUUAUCCAUUUGGAAGAGGGGAAAGAGACUCCUCUAGGAGGGCACAUGCAAAGCCACGAAUGUCUGUGGUAGCUCUGCUAUUUUGAAGGGCAUCCUGCAAACCGUGCAGCAGCACCCUCUAUUAUACGUUUACAUUGUGCAUGUAUGUAUGUGUAUAGAUGCAUACAUGCAUGUGCACACAUGUUUCCCUGUAGUGGGGUUUUAGUGCAGGGGUUACAUUUCAGUUGGAAAGAUCCACCGUUCUUCUGUUCCUGCUCACAGAUGAUCCAUAAUGAAUCAGUGCACACAUGCACACAAAACUUGAAUUAAGUGGUGGCCCUGACCAAAAGUUCCUGGAGUUGCAAAGUACCAAAAAGAGUUCCCUGUGAGAUUUAUUCUGUGAGCCUGAGAAUGCUCAACACAUUGAAUAGAGAAUAUUAAUAGUACAUUCAAAACAUUUCCCAUCUCAACAGAGAAAACAGGAAAGCCCCUGUAACAUGGAUUUUAAUUGUUCUUUCAAACCCUAGUUUAUAUCAGAGCCACAAUAUCAAGGCAGCAUUUAAGGUUAUUUUAUAAGCAAUAUAUUAUUUCCUCAUGUUCCUUUUAUGAGAAACCAAUAUUUUAGCUACAUGGUAUGUUUAAUUUAGUUGAAAUAAAUUUUCGUUUUAAUAUCCUAAGAUGUCUUUAUACAGUGGCUCGCAUUUAAAAAUAAAAAAGAGCUUUUCAUUCAUUGACAGUUCCGUUCUGUUCUCUUUUGCCUUUUGUCCUUAGACUGAAUACGCACGGUUUGAGAAUGGCCGGUUUGUGUUUAGAAUAAACCGCUCUCCAAUGUGUGAAUAUAUGAUCAAUUUCAUCCACAAGCUCAAGCAUUUACCAGAAAAAUAUAUGAUGAACAGCGUGUUGGAAAACUUUACAAUUUUAUUGGUAACGUUUCUCUCUUUCACUUUUUCUGGCGGUUUUCUGCAGUUCUUUAGGAGCAGGCAGAUUUUUAUUUGGUUCCUUUUGCAAGGAUUAGAAAUUCCAUGCCCUUAAGUACAAUGUUACUGCCAAAUGUAGGUGCUGUGCUUUAAUCUUGGCUUGCAGAACCUCCAGGCUUGCUACUAAACCUACACAGCGGUCCAAACACCCUGUGCUAGGCAGCUUUAUGAGUUACUGAUCCGAUAUAGGAGGCAGCCAUGGAGAUGUGGCUUUUCUGCAGCAAAUCCACCAAAGACAAUUUAUAAACUGGACCUCUGUGGUGGAGAAUUGGAUGCAUUUAUAUAUCUAGUUGGCCACUCAUUAGCCUCUUUGCCUUGACCCUGGACCUAGAACCCAGCAGGGGAAGGAGGCUGAAAUCUAGCUGUAGUAAAUAAUAUUUCUACUUCUAGAAUGCAUCCACUGCUCAUUUAGCAAUAGAGUUUGCAGUAACUGGGUGGCACUAAUCUUUUCCUUGGUCUGGGUGAGUUUUGGGCCUGGUGUCCACAUUGGCUGUCCCGCCAUAGCGCUGAUUGGAGACAUGGAAGUUGUGGUAAAUUCACUUCCUAGUUGGUUCAGAGCGCCAAGAAAAUAGUAAUUCUCUGGGACACCUGGUAGUUUACUUUGUGAAACAACUCGUUUCAAGCUAUGUUCAAUGUUAACCACCUGUUUUGAAUGGAUCUAUCACAGUAGCUUUUGAAUACCCUAAGAACAUUUUGGGCUCUGGAAAACUGGGAUCCCUCUUUGUUGUUUGCCCCACCCCUCUCACCUUUAUAUUUCCUUCUUUUCAUCCUCCCUCCUCUCUCCUAGCUUCUGAAUUCCUACCCACUACCCUUCUUCCAAGCCCUUAAAGAUUGGGUUACGCAGCUCCGAUUACAGAGCUCCAUCGUAGCCUUGUGUUCUUUUUCUUGCUUGGCCUUAAAUUCAGGGAUAAGUGGAACAGAACAUUUUGGCUCAUGGUGGCUUUUCGCUUCUAGAUCGGUUCUGCUCUUAUCGAUGUACUGCUGUGCAGUUUUGCACAUUCUCAAAGAGGAGAAAGGAGAUUCCUGAAAACUGUUCCUUUAAAAUCUUAGCAGCUUGGUUUUCCCGGGAAGUAUUCCAAAAAUAUGCCUCUGGAAGCUUCCCAAAAAGCAGAUCCUGCCUUGCCAGAUUCUUUUCCAGAAACUCUGUCAGAAAUAUGGAACUGCAGAACCUAGGUCAGAAUCCAGUUGAGAUGGUUUCCAUUAGAAGUCCUACUCAAUAUGUUGUAGACUACAUAGUGCUGGAGAUAAGGGAGAUAGGAUUAUGCACUCUAGUAAAAUAUGGUUUCUUAAUAAUAAUAAUAAUAAUAAUAAUAAUAAUAUCUAUCUCUCAUACCCGCAGAAUACUCUUUAAUGUCUAUAUGCAUUGAGUCAAAAGUCAGCAUUAGAGAGGCAUUAACCAAGAAACCUUGACAGAUGAGAGGUGUAUGUCUCUUCAGAUAUGAGAGUGAAAUUGUGUGUGUGUGUGUGUGUGUGUGUGUGUGUGUAUCUCCAGUGAUUACAAUUACAUAUUUUGCUUUUGUUCCUGUGGUAGCAAAUGACCCAGUUUCUAAUGCCUUGUCUUUUUUCCUUUUCUUUAUAUGUAUAAAAACACAAACAGGUUGUAACGAACAGGGACACGCAAGAAACCCUACUUUGCAUGGCUUGUGUAUUUGAAGUUUCAAACAGCGAACAUGGUGCACAGCAUCACAUCUACAGGCUUGUAAAGGACUGA